AUGUUAAUCUAUGUUCAGUCUGAUGUGCAAGCCAUCUCACCACGCUAUAACAUGGAGACCCUGCCAUCGGUAAGAAAAAAAACUAUUCUAUUUUAUAUAUAUUUAGAGAUUUUGUGUUAUAUCUAUUUACUAUGAUGCCAUAGGUAAAUUAAUGUGUUGUUUGUAUAUCCGCUGAUUUGGCCUGAAUUUUGCCUUUCAGGUCUAAUUCAGUAAAAUUCUAUGUUUAGUAAAUAAUCCCUUAAAGUGUGGAUUGUUGGGAAUUCAAGGUGAAUUCAGACACAGUUAAUCACUAAUAUUCACUUUAAAUAUAUCACUAAACUGAAUAUUGCAAAAUAUUAAUCUGAAUCACAAAAUUUAGUCUACAAUAGCUGAUCUAGAAUAAUCAUCCAAUUCAGCCAUAGCCACAUUCAGGCUGAUUUAGCCUAAAGUUUGCUAUUAAUUCAAAGUUUAGUAAAUACAGUGAAUAUCAAAUUUUAGACUAAAAUAGUCAAACUGAAAAUAUGGCUGAUUUUGGCUAAAUUUACCUAAAAUUCACUUUAAAUUUCCAACAAUUUUAAGCUUUAAUUUAUCAAUGUGUCAACGUGUUUAUUUACUAAAGAGUGAAAUAAUGCAAUGGAAUUGCAACAUUCAGUCAAAACAGCCCGCUAAAUGUGUAAAUGUAACUCAGUUUAGUGAAUAUAUGUUAGUAUUCUGAACCAAUUGUCUGCCCACUUUAUAAGUAACUCAUUUGGUGUUAAAAGCAUUGAAAAAGAAACUUAUCUAGAAUUAUGAAAUGUGUUCUUAAAUGAGAUUGCCAUUAAGAUUUUUAUAUGACCAGCACUGAAAGUGUUCAGAAUGUAAUCUGCACAAAGCAUUGAUUAUCAUUUGGAAACUGAAGUGUGUGUGUGGUUCAUUUCUCUACUGUUUCAGUACUAAACCACACACUAAAAGGCACACUAAAAUCCAAUUAAAAAUAAAUAAAUGAUAGCAGAUGUUAUGAGUAUGGGGCUUAUGUAUAAAAAGUUUUGUGCUCAUUUUUAGGCUUGUUUACUUGUGUCUGUUUAUUCCCUUAUAUAUACUAAAAUAUUUAAUUUUGUUUUGUUUUCGUUUUUUAUUUAUUUUUUUCUCCACAAAUUUGUAAUCAAUUUAAAAACAAGGUUCAAAAGUGUGCCUUUUUCUGACAAUUUUUUUCACCACUGUAAGAGUUUUUCUCUGAUAACUUUUAUUGUCUUCCUAUUGUUUAAAAAAAAAAACUGUUAAAGCACAUGUGACAAUUUUUUUUUUUUACAUGAGACCCAUUGUCUCUUUAUUAAAGGCUAAAUAUGUUAAAUUAAAUCGCAUGCCUGCCACCAGCAAUCAGUAUAUAAAGAAUACAAUGUGGUAAUGUAAGAAUGGAGACAGGUAAGUUGCUUAGUCAUCCUUGGACACAAGCAUCUUUUGUUAGAAAGGGAUGAACGCUAUGUAUAUUCUUGAAUGCAACAUUAAAGGAACAAUAGCGUUGGAAAUACAAAACUGUAUUCCUAACUGCAUAGUGUCCCCGUGCAGUAAACUAUGAGAUAAAGUGGUCUGGGUGGCUAUAGUGUCCCUUUAAUUCCUUGGGGGUUACUCCCUUCGAAUUUAUAUAUAGGAUUUACCACACUUCAGCUUCAGGACCUGCAUAGACACGUUGGGGUAGUAAAUUCAUGUUCACUGGGUUUGAGAAGGAAGGUGUUCAGGAUCUUUUUAACUCCUUAAAGGGAACUAUAGUCACCAGAACCGCUACAGCUUAAUGUAGUAGUUCUGGUGUCUAUAGCAUGCCCCUGCAGACUUUUCAAUGUAAAUGAUGCCUUUUCAGAGUAAAAGUACGUACAUUGAUGCCUAGUAACGCCUCUAGUGCAGCUUCUGUAUGAGGCGAUCCUGAUUGGCUCAGCGUCUUUUGCUGCGCAUGCACAUAGCCUCCCAAUGCUUCUUAUAGGAAAGCAUUGGAUUGGCCGAGGUAGUCAAGACUGAUCUCAGCUGUGGUGAGGGAGAUUUUGGGGAGAUUUCACUGCAUUCUGAGGGAAGGAUGGGGAAGACAUCUAAACAGCAUUAGAGUGUUAGGAAUACAUGUUAGUAUACCUAAGGCAACAUUACAACUUGUUUUAAAUUAAGUUGUUAUGGUACUAGGAGAUCACCGGUGCUUCCUUACCUUUCUCAAGUUGUUUUUAUGUGAACAGGAGACAGAGAUAAACAGUGCUGCAGAGUAGACAAGGAAGCGCCAUGGACCUCCUAGCACCAUAACAACUUAUUUUCAAUGAAAUAGGCAUGCAGAGGCAGCUCUGCUGGCACGCAAGGCAGCAGAGUACUCAGGGCUGGUGCUACUGUAAGGAGGCCCAGGUGGCCACCCUAGGGUUCACUGGCAGGGGGUUGCAGCGUGUGAGCCUACUGCUGCCCCUCCCUCCCCCCCCCAUCAAAAGAGCUGUUUUUAUAUAAUGCUUCCAGAUCAUCAAUAUAUUCAAUUUUAAAAAAUGAUUCCCUAAAGAGAUGAGUUAAACACCUUUUGCCUCUGCUUGGAACAGAUCAUAUUAAUCACUCCUUCAUGGUUCCAGCACUUAGUGAGGGAGACAGAGAGCAGCCACCAGGAUUCCUAGCCUGUGCUCUGACUUUCUCAUUGAGCAUUGGAGAGGAAGGAGUAAGUAUUGUGGUCUGCACCAGGUAGAGGCGCAGACCAUACAUGCCACCACCACCAUCAGGACCAUCGGGGAUCUAUUAUUAACCCCACUAGACCAUGUUUAGUUUUUUACUUUGCUAGCUUAGUUAAUUUAAAAUAAAUACCCACCGCACACAGCCUGACCUCCAUUUUCAUGUUUACUUGCAGUGUUGUCACUUUAAGAUAAAUUGGUUUUGAGUUGGAGUUUAGGCCCUCGGGCUCAAAGGUUCACAAUUACUGACUUUGUAUUUAGAUUUUAAUACAGGAAUCUGUCUCUGUACCUUGUUGCAUUAUGCAUGAAGUGUUAUAUUAGUAUAUAUUAUAUCUAUGUUGACAAUAUUGUACGGAGAUGUGUAGACUUUGUAGCUCAGCUAGGAUUGCGAGAUCCAUGUUGUGUUCUUAGAUAUCAUAAUGUUAACUACUUUAUUUUAAAACGCAUGGCCUUGUGGUAUAGAGCAUUAAUGUGUUAAAGGAAGUAAACCAAUUCGUUAAUCAAAAAAGGAGCCCCAAGGUUUUUUUAGUCACAGGAACACUAACACAAAAUGUGUUCCUGACACUCUAGUGUUUCACUAUUUCAGGUCUGUGGCGACCCCUAGAUCACAGUAAAAAGGUGUUUUUGCUCCCCUUUUUUCCACAUCGUGCCGGUCCCUCCACGACUGGCCACGCCUUUUAAGGCUGAGAAGGCAGAAAGCAUUGGGAGGCUUUGGCUCAUGUGUGUCAAGACGUCACUUUGAGCCAACAAGCAGCUCCUCAUGAAGCAAUAAAUCUCUAUGGGGAACAUUCAGUUUCUCCAUGCAGAACAUGGAAAUGGCGAAUGCCUGUGCAGCACUGGACUAGGAAGCACUUCUAGUGGCCGUCUGAAUGACUGCAGAUAGGGGUGUUACUAGGUAGCAAUUUAAACAUUGCCUUUUACUUGAAGAGCCUGCAGGGGCAGACUAUAUACACCAGACCCACUAAAUUAAGAUGUAGUUGUUCUGCUGAAUCUAGUGUCACUUGUGGGUUAUCUUGACUGUGGGAGAGAAGCUUUUGGGAGACCUUGUGUGAUGUGUUUUGGUUGAGUUGUAACGAAAUCCCAACACAAUAUCUAUUAAUUUUUUAUAGAGAUUAUACUUUCAAAAACAAAGUGCAGUAACAGUGAGGUUUUAAGUUUUCACCUCUAGUAUGAUUGCUUUAUACUAAUGUGCAGCACUUUUCAUGCAUAGCCCAUCAGCUUGUACGAGUGAUUUGUGCCCAAUUGACCUAGUGAGUGACAGCCCUAGGGCUAACUAACUAUUCCUCAUUUUGAACAUUAAGGAGCACUCGUCUCCAUAGUAUCAUUAUAUAAAAUCAUGGCAGCAUCUGCUGUAUUACAGUAAAUCUGUCUGAGGACGGGCUAGAACUAAUUACUUUCCUGCUUGUGGGCAUAGUCCUUAUUGCACUGUCAUCUGAUGCAGUCCUAAAUUAUCCGUAUAGCAAGCUUUAUGCCAUCUGUCACUGCCCUCUCUCUAUCCUGACAGAAUUGCCUGGGUUAAUCCCCUCUUACAUAGACACUGAUUUUUAAUUAUUUUUUUAGUUUCUACAGAUUCUCUCAGAUUCUGUUUUCUGGCAAUCUGGAAAAUUCAAUUCAGAAACCGUUCAUCAAGGCUGCAUAUACUUUUCUAAAUACAUCUAGUUAGUCGUUCUCCCAGUUCUUGACUUGUGGGUUGUUCAUAAUAAUGCUCUCAAUCCAAACGCUACAAAAUUAUCUGCCAUAUCUGGCUUUAUACGCAUUCCAUUUUAUAUUUGAUAGAUUUAUACUGCUCAACUCUUACAUAAGAUGUUUUAAUCAGUUGGAACUUGCCUGCGAUAUAUGAAAUCCUGUAUGUUUCUCUCAAUCUGUCUUUCUUUUUCCUGCUUUUAUCAUUAUGUUCCGUCACAAUAAAGAAUUUAAUAAAAACUGUGCAGUAAAUGUUUAACAAAGUUUUUAAUUGUGGAAAAAAUACAAAACACAAACAUAAAAGUGGAAAAGAAGACCUAUUAAGUGGUUAGAAAUGGCUUACCCUCUUUAUUAAUCUUUCUCAAUGUGCAGACAAAAGUGACGGAAAGCGACAGCAAUAUGUACACAGAGCUCCUACAAACUGUCAGUGUAUUGCAGUGGAUCCUAUGCUUCUUACUGCUUGGUAAGAGUGUUCAUUUUCAUAGAAUCAGUUGUGUUUCUCCAGUGACACUGGGAGCUUGGUUUACGAGAACAACUAGACUCUGAUUUGGACUUCUUAAAAAUGAGAUUUUGGAGGAGGUAUACGAAGCCCUUGCAAAAUUUAUAUCUUCCAAAUGGCCACUUGCCAGCUUAUUAUACAUUUUUGAGGUUCUUCUUCAUUGUCUUCUAUAUGGCUUGCCUCGUAAGCUAUUUCCCCUGAGAGAUAUCUUUGUGAUGACGCAAGUGACAUCCUGUCAUCACAAUAUUGACUUUGAAUUGUAGAUCUGUAUGUAUGAGCAAAGUUGGUUACAUGCUGUGGACAGCAAAGACUUAUUGAGGGUCAGAUUGAGAUUCUCAGUAUUUUUAUACAUUUUCACAGUUCCAUUGAUUCCAUCUGUCGUCAUUGUCAUCAGACAUGCUUUUUCAACAAAUUCAUCCAGGUACAGUAGCCUACACUAACAUAAUAUCACCUUCUACGUAAAGUUAUCCACAAUGUGUAGAGGGGUACUAACCCUGUUAUACAAUAACCCAAAAAGAAGCACACUCAUUUUAUUCAAGGACCCAGAGGGUCAUAUUCUGCUUAAUCUCUUUCUUUAUUCCUCUGCAGCAAAGAAAGGAUAUUGUAGAUAUUCAAAGACAAACAAAACCGCAUGUACCCUAAAGGGUUAACCACGUAUUAAAUGUUUUUCAAUAAGAAUGUUCCUAGCACAAUAAUGCCCAAUGUGACCUUAAGCCACUCCUCUUUCUUUGCUGCUGCCUCCUCAGCUAAGUAAAUUUUUUUCAUAUCUCUGACUUAAUUUGGGUAAUUUUAAUUACUGUAUUUGUCUAGUAUAUUGCUGUCUUCUUUGCACAAUUUUUAAUUUUUUUUGCCCAUUUUAUUUUUAUAGGAGCAUUAUAUUGUUGGAACCUUAUAUUGUUGCUCCUUUUGUUUAUCCUUCCCUGCAACCUCCUCUAACUCCCACCCCCCACCCCACCCCUACCCUUAGUCAUCUGGUCACUUUAUUUUCCGACCAUUCCUGUUGCUCCUUCCUUCUACAGGGUACCGUUGUGGUGCCACUCACGCAAGCGUACAUCGCAAGUGCUCAUUGUGGUAGCCAUCUUGGGGUUGGCGGUUUUGCCGCGCUUUUUAUUGCGGAAUUAAGCUGUUUGGAUGGCUGGGUUGCUGUGCAGCUUACCGGUGGUCCACAGAAGUUCAUUCCUAAGGGAACACUCUGUGAGCUUGCUUGGUUUUUACACUGUGCCUUCAUUUUAUUGUAUAAAUAUGUGCUGGUAUACUUCUCCUUUCCACUGCACUCCUCAGUUUCUGUUACUGUGUAGAUUCUUCCUGUUCUGUGACCCUUAUAGUGCCUGACCCUCCUAUAGGCUAGUUUUUUUUCUGUCACACUUGUGGGAAGGAAUUACUGUGCCAUGCAGUCAGGUAAACAGGUGUAAGCUUCUGCUACCAGCUCUUCCUCAAGUGCCACCAAAACCCUUGCACCCCUAACAGUGUCUAGGCCACCCACAUUAGAUGAAGCGUCACAGAAGGAAAUGAACUCUGAGGAGUUCCAUUCGCUCCUAGACGCUACUAUGGCCAAGUCUGUGACGCAAGCCAUCUUUACCGCUAUGGUCAUGUCAGAUAAUCUGUCCCACUCGAUUACUCAGACACUGAUGACCAUGCAGCGACCAUCUACUCUCGUUUCUAACCCCUAGAGAGUAAACCGGUGGCCCCCAGUGGGUGUAAAUCCGCCAACAAAUCUCGCAAUUUGGACGAGGAUGCCUCCAAAAACUUACUGAUGGACAGGGUAUGUCCUGUCACAGAGGAUGUGGUUGCAGCACAACUAAGAGCCCACACUAAGCAAAAUCGGUGAGGAACUGGAAGAAGGCAAAAACCCUAAUUGAUUCUUCCGAAUCUGAAUCGGAACAAAAGGAGGCACUGAUCGAGUCCGAUGAGGACUCUUAUGACUCCAGUGUUUAUUUUACUGGGCCCGUACCUGGAGAGGACACCAAAGAUGGAGUAGAUGGCUCCACCCUUUUUGACCCUCAGGGCGAAGCGCUCUUUGACCGGAUACCUUGCAGCAUCCGAGAUCCUUAAGAUUGUUACCCCCUAGAUCACAUGGCAAAAUACAUUGCCUCCCGUAUUAGGAAACUGCUUGACAAGGUGGCACAGAACAAUGCCCACGCCCACAAUUCCUGAUAUGGACCGCAUUAACCCUGACGUGGACUCAAAAAUUGCCAAUGGGCAAAUCAGGUUGGAAGGCCAAGAAAGGCCUGGAUUUUGCUUUGCGGAACUGCCAGGAUAAAAUCCUAGAUGUCCUUGGACCGAGUGCAAAAAUAUUCGACAUGUUCGAAACCACACUGGCAGGUGGUACACCUGCAGAAUUGUUAGUCAUCAAGGGGUGGAUCCCGUGAUCCGUAUGUUUGCAGGGCAACACCGAUACUGCAGUAGCCACUGAAAGACGCAAGGAAAUUCUAAUAAAAAUAGAGCCUAAGCUGUAAACCUAGCUAUCUCCGAGCCUGGGCCACAGGCAAAAGGCAUUCUGUUUGGAGAUAACUUUGUGAAAGAGUUGGGCACAUAUGUAGGUACCUUAACAGCACUUGACAAGGCACAAGCCAGCAUGAAACGAGUGUUCUCCCAGAGAGUUUUUGACGGGGCUGGCAAAUAUCUGUGCCAUCUGCCCAGCCGUUCAUACCGGGCUUCUCGAGGCUCCAUCAACUCUGGGUUUCCAGCGCCUGAGUCCAAGUUCACCCCACCAUUCUUCCCAGUUAGGGGCAGGCCUUGGCAGUUUUGUGGAUCCAGAGGUUCUUCCUAUGUCUGACUGCCUUAUGGUAAGUUUAAUUACAUAUCACCGGUCUUCAAUAACAAUAGUGGGGGGCAGACUGUGUCAUUUUGUCGAUCCCUGGUGCAGGCUCACUUCAGAUGCUUGGGUCCUCCAGACUGUCCGGGGUUACUCUAUAGAUUUUGUGCAACACCCCGUUCAAACGCAGUUCCCCAAGCGUAUUGUGUUCUCCACACACGUUCAGUACCUUGUGACAAAGGAAAUACAGUCCUUAGCCUUUGAGGGUGCAAUCUCAGUAAUUCAUCCUUGCACUCCAGGUUUCCUAAGCAACCUCUUUCUGGUCCCCAAGGUGGAGGCGUUCGACUAAAUGUUUUUGUCACAUACCACCAUUUCAAGAUGGAAGGUAUACACUCUUUGGGACUUCCUGCUUUCAGGGCACUGGAUGGUCAAACUCGACCUGAGGGACUCAUACCUCACCGUUCCGAUGGCCGAAGAUUGCCAAGAAUUCCUACAAUUGCUGUGGGAGGAGACCAUGUGGCGAUUCAAAUGCCUUCCGGUCGGUCUCUCUUCGGCACUUGGUGCUUUACAAAACUCAUGAAACCAGUGGUUGCCCUUCUACACAGCAAAAGAGCUCAACUUAUAAUAUACUUUGAUAUCCUCAUAAUGGCACAGGAUCAUCCCCUGCUCCGCGAACACCUGUCUCGAAUGAAGACUAUGCUGGACAACCUAGGCUUCCUAAUCGAUUGGAAAAAGCCGUUUUAUCGAACCCUCUUAAUCAAUAGAAUUUCUAGGAUUCACCAUAUAUUCCAUGGGCGGAGCACUCCUACAACCAACAUCCAAAGUCAAGUACAUCAAAAAGGAAAUCCACCGGACGUUAGCAGGUCCUGUUCUUACCCUGAGGCAGUUGGCCAGGAUUAUCGGCCUUCUCUCAGCAUCGAUCCAAACCAUAUUUCCUGGCCCACUGCAUUACAGAUCACUUCAACGUCUGAAGGCCAAGUACCUUCGCUUGAGUCACUCUUAUUCAGACUCUAUUCCUCUCGACUGCACAGCCAAAGAAGAACUCAUGGGGUGGUUACAACACAUGGAGGCAUGAAACAGGCGAGUGAUCUUCGGAACCACUCUGGACUUCGUAGUAGAAUCCGAUGCAAAUAUGCUCAGCUGGGGCGUGUGCUGUUGGCCUACCACCACCGGGGAAAAUGGUCUCUGGAGGAACAGGGACUACACAUCAGUUGCCCCGAACUGCUAGCAGGCUCGUUUGCCCUAUGGAGCCUCUUGGGUGUAUCUGCUCCAUCUUGUUACACAUGGACAAUGUAUCAGCGGUUCCUUAUAUCAACUGUCUCUGGGGCACGAAGUCAACAGUCUUAGCGGAUAUGGCGAAGGAAUUCUGUCAAUCCUGCCUGGAUCGCAAUAUUUUUGUACCGGCAGAGUACAUUCCGGGGAUGUCCAACAUAGUGGCAAAUUCGAAAUCCAUACACCUACAAGAUACCAGCGAUUGGCGACUGAAUCCUUCCACCGUCAGCCAUUUACAGUCACAUUUGGGCCCUUUAGAUAUCGACCUGUUCGCAUCAUGAUUUAACUCCCAACUGUCAAAGUUCUUCAGCUGGAGGCCACCUCUAGAAGCUCCAGCGGCAAAUGAUUUUCUUCACCUGUUUCCGAAUACUCGCCUUUCCCCCUUUCUCUCUCUCAUCGCUCGGACUCCAUUACAUAUCAGGCGCUACCUCACCUUCUUGAUCCCCAUAUCUCCUUUCUGGAGGACUCACCCAUGGUUCCCUACACUCAUGGAAAUGUCCAUAGACUUCCCGAGGUUACUACCGGUAUUUUCCGACCUCUUACUAGACCCCAGCGGGAACAUGCAUCCCCUUCUACUCCAGGGACAUCUCAAGCUAUUGGCAUGGCCCCUCUAUGGGGACUCUGCUUCAUCCCAAAUGUUCUACAAGCAACUCUGGACCUCCUGGCGGGAGCUUGGCCUCCAGGAACAAGAAAGUCCUACCUACAUGCCUGGAAAUCAUGGAUUGUGUUGGUGCAUUGAACAACACGUGGAUCCCAUAUCUGCACCUGUGAGUCAUGUUUUGAGGUUCCUUACUUCACAUUUUGACCAUGACCUAGCCUAUCGUACAAUACAUUUUAUAUAGAUCAGUUAUCUUGGCAUGUCACCAAGGCUGGAACAGACUUCAAGCAGGUAAACAUCCAUUGGUGUGUUGACUCCUGCGUGGCAUCAGAUUUGCACAUCCACCAUGUCCUAAAUAUUCCUCCUUAUGGGCUAUUGGCCUCGUUCUCCGACUUCUUGAAAAUUGGCCAAAGAAUGAGGACCUUUUGAUCUAGCAACUCACUGGUUAUGCUGUUUUGUCUAAUCUCCUGUAAACGUGUCGUGCACUGGACUCUACGGCCCGCUCAUUUACGCCGGAGGGCGUUUCUUUCCAUAUAUCGAGACGUACGAAGACAUCCAUUACAUCGUUGUGUUUUUUUGGUUUUUUAUUCAGCCUUUCCACAUAAUGUUAACCUAUGUCCAGUGGCCUGUCUCAAUGAAUAUGAAGCAAGGACCUCUUUAGUUUGAGAUCCCAGGUAUCCAGAUUUGUUUCUAGUGAUUCAACAUCCACAUCAUCCGGUUUCUACACUUACCUUAUCUUGUUGGGGUAAAUGGAUCAUGACGUCAGCUGACAUCGACACUUCCACGUACGGAGCACAUUCUGCUAGGGGUGCUAUGGCAUCCAAAGCUUUCUCAUUGGAAUGCAGACUGGAAGACCUUCUCCGUGCUGCUGAUUGGUCCCGUGACAUUUCAGAUUUUACUAAUUUCAUGACAUAAAGUCAUAAUUUUAUUAAGGACACUAAGGCGAGUAUUAUUCCACCCGAUCCAGGUAUGUUGCACCCUACCUAUGGGUAUAUUUGCAUGUAAUGGGUGUACAGUCCUCAUGGUAAUGUUGUUCAUUCACCUGGCUGACUAUUACUGUUGAUAUUAUUGAUGUUUUGUCUAAUUGGACAUAUUGUUAUAGUUACUAAUACACUGUGAAUGUGGAAUUUAAUAUCCAGGAACAUAUUUUACCACUUAUUUCUCUGUCUCGGUUAUUUCUCGGUUCAUACCAAGUUCAAGCGGAUGAUUGCCAGUUUCUUCGGAGUUCCGUUGUUGUGUUUUCCCGGAGUCGUUGCUCUGCACAUCUAAUUGGUCAUACUGUAUGUUCUUCAGUCUGUUGGGAUGUUCGUCGGCACCAUCAAGAAAGAGGAGUGGCUUAAGGUCACAUGGGGCAUUAUUGUGCUAGGAACAUUCUCAUUGGAUAACAUGUUAUAUGUGGUUAACCCUUUAGGGUACAUGCUGUUUUGUUUUUCUUUGAAUAUCUACAUUAUCCUUUCUUUGCUGCUGAGGAAUAAAGAAAGGGAUUAAGCAUGAUACUCCGUGUCCUUAAUAAAAUCAUGACUUUACGUCAUUUAAUUAGUAAAAAUCUGGUAAUUACCUUUUCAUAUAGUCAUUUAAACCACACCAAGAGUGUACACACAAUUAUUCAGUAUACAUUAAAAAAAAAAAAAAAAGCCCAGAUUUUCUCACUACUGAUUUUGGAGUUGCAGAUUCGAGAGUUCAGCCACAGGUUCGCUUAGCCUCACUUUCGCUUUAACCCCUUAAGGACACAUGGCGGAAAUAUUCCGUCAUGAUUCCCUUUUAUUCCAGAAGUGUCCUUAAGGGGUUAAUAUUUCAUUGGUGUUAAAAGAUGACUUAUGCAUACGUGUAGAAUAUUAAAAGCUAGCCUUUCCUCUGCCUUACACAAACAAAUGCUUGUUUAGGAAUAUUGUAUUGUUUGUACAAAUCUAAAUAAAAGUAAAAAAUAAAAAUAACAAUGUUCAAUAUUUAGCUUGUUCGGUUUUGUAAAGUAUUAAGAUUUUUUUAUUUAUUUGUUAGGUCUAGAUUGCCCAAUCCAACAGGACGGUACAUACUGAUUUUUGAUGUCUUCCUCUCAGGUCCAGGCUGUUUUUUCCUGAUCACGUUGCUUGCGUGCAGCUCGCUAUGGCCGUUGCUUGUUAUGUACAUGGUAUGGUUCAUGUAUGAUUGGAGUACACCAGAAAGAGGUACAGAAUAGUGACAUGUUAUAAAAUCUAAUGUGGAGACUUAAAUGUAAAGGCAUGCCUAUAAAAGUAUAUGUAAUGUGGAGUAACCGAAAUAAAUUUGCCAAUUAUACCAUAAUUAACUUAUCUAUAACCUGUUAUAAAGACCCUUUCUUUACCCUUACAAAAUCUGCUAGAAAAGUAUCAUGGCUAUAUCAUUAUCUUUAUUUUGCUGAUUUUUAUGAAUAUAUGAUUUGAAAAUUAUAUUUUGUUUCUCUAAUCAUAGUCUGCUUUGGAAUUUUAACUUGAGUUUCAUAUGUUUUUAAUGUAUUGACGUAUAAUGCUCAUGUUCUUAAAGUAUAAAGCGCAUCACUGUCCAUUUUUAAACAUCUAAGCUACCCUGAUCUUAUCCUACAAUACCUUAUUUUAUUCUUGAAAUGGAUUAUAUCUUCUGAAACCCUAAACUGUCAUAUUUCAUCAUUUAAGUUUUAUCAUCCACGUAACACCAUAUCAACACAUGAAGGAGUAUAUCGCCAACAAUAUUUGUUCUAUUCUUUGUCUUAUUCUGAGCCCUAUCUGCUUUUACAGGGGGUAGGAAAUCUAUGUGGAUGAAUCAGUGGACUGUGUGGAAGCAUUUUAAAGAUUAUUUUCCCAUAACGGUAAGUAAGAUAAGUCCAAAUGUACUUCCUACAUUUUUAUACAUUGCAAAUCUUAUGAUUUCAUGGCAAGCCCAACAUGCAUGUUGUAAGAUUGGAGAACCUGUAUAAAGGUAUUAGUGGCAAUACAAUCUAAUCCAUAGGUAUUUGGGUAGCAGCACUAAAGUGUAUGGCUGUGUACUCCAGGACUUUCCAUUGUAAUGGAAACUUUAGCUGACUGUAUAAAAUUAUGUAUUUAAGCUUUAAUUUAUGCAAAUAAUUGCUGCAAAAAACGUUCAGAUAACUUGUGACUGGAUGACUCGAGACAAGGUGCUACAGCAGUUAAAGAAAUUUAAUGUAAAUAAAACUCUGGGGCCUGAUGGUAUUCACCCACGAGUACUUAAGGAGCUAAGUGGGGAAAUAAGUGAACCUCUGUUUUUAAUCUAUCAAGAUUCCUUUGUUUCAGGUAUUGUACCAGAGGAUUGGAGAAAGGCAGAUGUCGUUCCUAUAUUUAAAAAGGUUUCAAAAUCCUUGCCUGGAAAUUAUAGACCUGUGAGCUUAACUUCUGUGGCUGGGAAAAUAUUUGAAGGGCUAUUAAGGGAUAAUAUUCAGGAAUUCAUUGGCAAGAACUUUGUUAUUAGCAAUAAUCAGCAUAGUUUUAUGAAACAUAGGUCAUGUCAAACUAACCUAAUUGCAUUCUACGAAGAAGAAAGUAGAAGUAUAGAUCAGAGUGUUGAAGUGCAUAUGUUCUUCUUGGAUUUUGCCAAGGCAUUUGAUACGGUUCCUCACAAUAGGUUAGUCUUCAAACUAAAAGAAAUUGGUCUAGAUUAAUAUUCUUGUUCUUGCGUUAAAGAUAGAUUACAUAGAGUUGUCAUUAAUGGUAAAUUUUCAGGCUGGACAAAAGUGUGAAGUGGUGUCCCACAGGGUUCUGUUUUGGGACCGCUUCUAUUUAACAUAUUUAUAAAUGCUCUUGAAAUAGGCAUGUUUCAGUGUUUGCAGAUGACACAAAACUUUGUAAAGUAAUAAAAUGUGAGCCGGAUACUGCUUUGCUGUAGAGGGAUUUAGAUAGAUUGGGGGACUGGGCACUAAAAUGGCAGAAGAAAUUUAAUGUAGGGAAAUGCAAAAUUAUGCACAUAGGGGUCAAGAAUGCACAAGCAACUUACACCCUAAAUGGUAGUGAAUUAUGGAUAACCACACACGAGAAGGAUUUGGGAAUUGUUAUAGACCACAAAUUAGGCAGCAAUAUGCAAUGUCAAUCUGCAGUUGCUAAGGCCAGUAAGGUUUUGUCAUUUAUAAAUACUCUGGGUGAAAAUAUAAUAUUGCCUCUUUAUAAAUCACUGGUAAGACCACACCUUGAAUAUGCUGUGCAAUGUUGGGCACCUAAAGAGAAACAGAUAUCAGAAAACCCCAAGGGUACAUAAAUGCAACCGGUACACCAAUGGGUAUCUGAUAUUAAAAUAAAGCAACCCCUAAUCUAUUAAAAUAUAACUUUUAAUAUAGAUACAAAAUAAAAAAGCACAGUGGCUCCUUAGUAAAAAAAAAAAAAUAUCCUAUCUAAAGUUGGUGUAACUAGUAAAAGAAGAAAGGAGGCUGAGUGUAAAUAGGCAUCAAGAAUCAGAAAUGUCACAGUAUCUGAUUCAUAGCACAGAUAUAAGUAAGGCAGAGAGGGUAAUUAGUGUACUGAAAUCAAUUGCCCACUUCCCUCCCUGCUAUCUCUCAAUCCCUUGAUAUCGAGCCCUCCAAAUUUCCUGCACUAGUCUAAUAACCAACUAGAAAAACUAAAAGUACAUCUAAAACUCAAUAGAGUGUAAAGAAUAAACGUAAGUGGAGGGUGGCUAGGUACUGAGCUAGCUAAUGGUCACAGAUACGUCGUCCCUGUCUGUCUCAACCACCAAUCACACUGAAGCGUCAGUGUGUUAAAAGUUAUAUUUUAAUAGAUUAGGGGUUGCUUUAUUUUAAUCUCAGAUACCCAUUGGUGUACCGGUUGCAUUUAUGUACCCUUGGGGUUUUCUGAUAUCUGUUUCUCUUUUGUUGUUUCAAUAGCUAGGGGUUACCCCCCAUUUCUUCAAGCAACCUGACACACACUCUCUACCUUAUCUCUUAUAACUAUUAAUUUUGGGUACCUGUUCUAAAGAAGGAUAUCAUGGCACUAGGAAAAGUGCAGAGACGAGCUACAAAAUUGAUAAAAGGAAUGGAGCACUUUAGUUACAAAGAAAGGUUAAAAAAUUUAAAUCUAUUUAGUUUGGAAAAAUGGUGCUUGAGAGGGGAUAUGAUAACAUUAUACAAAUAUAUUUGUGGCCAGUACAAACCAUUACCUGAAAAUCUGUUUAUAAACAUGGCUAUACAUAGAACACAAGGUCACGCAUUUAGGCUGGAAGAAAGGAGAUUUCAUCUAAGGCAAAGAAAAGUUUUUUUUGUUUUGUUUUUUACAGUUAGAGCAAUAAGGGUAUGGGAUUCUCUGCCUGAAUAGGUGGUUUUAUCAGAGUCCAUACAAAUGUUUAAACUGAAAUUGGAUAAAUACUUGCAAAAACAUAACAUACAGGGAUAUAAUUUCUCAUUUUGUGGUAAUAGCUGCUUGAUCCAAGGAGAUAUCCGACUGUUUUUUUUGGGGUCAAGAAGGAAUUUUUUCCUAGUUUAUUGCAAAAUUGGAAGAGCUUCACACUGGGUUUUUUGCCUUCUUUUGGAUCAACCGCAAAAACAUAUAUGUGAAGAAGGCUGAACUUGAUAGACGCAAGUUUCUUUUCAGCUAUGUAACUAUGGCUAUUUAUAAGUAAAAACCAGUCGUAACUAGAAAUUAUCAUACCCUGAUGCCAAAAUUGCCCAUCCAUGUGCCUCAUUAUCUCCACCUUACCACAAGCCCAUCCUUUUGUCCCAUUCCCCCCACCCCCAAGCCAGGUGUUGAGUUACUUUCCUAGUGAUUCUCAUUCUGGGCUGUACUGCAAGCCAUCUUAAGUUCAGUCUGUUUAUUUUGGAAAUGAAUGUAUGCCCAUUGGGUUCAGAUUGAGUGGUGGACCUGGAGAGUUAAAAAUAAAAACAAACACAAGUUUUUGAGAGAAUGUUGUUUUUUUUAUUAUUUUUUUAUUUUUUAUUAAAUCCAAAACAGAGGCAUAGAACAGAGAAACACUGAUAUUGGUUAUGGUGCUAACACUUAAACAGCAUGACUGGAGUUGCUAAGGUGGAAUUUAUUUGUUCUGUUCUGAAAGUGGUGUAGUCCCACUGGAAACCAGUGAAACCAGACCCCAUUCAGUUCGUGACUGCUCCCCUUUUACAUUUUUGCACAUCUUUUUAGAACAGAACACAUUCAUCUUCCCCAAUGUCUUGCCCUAGUGUGAUCUGAGCGGAUGCCAAGUCUUGUUAUAGAGUGAUCUGAGCGGAAGCCAGGUCUUUGAUGUCUUUGUUAAUAGUACAUCUACAUCAGACUAGUUCCAGUAGCAGAUUUCUCUAUUCAUUGUUUAUUGGUGAUAGUUUUAUGAUUUUUAAUGUAUUCUCUAUUGUAUUAAUUGUGCUGUCCGUUAUUUUUUUUUUUUUUACAUUAUGUAUUUGAACACUGCACACGUAAUAUAAAUCUAUUGUAUAGUUUUUUUGUUUUGUGUUUUUUUUUUUUUUUUAUAAAGGGAUACUAUAGGCACCCAACGACUUUAGCUUAAUGAAGCCAUUUUGGUGUAUAGAUAAUGCCCCUGCAAUCUGACUGCUAAAAUCUGUUAUUUAGGAAUUAAAUCACUUUGUUUAUGACGUCCCAGCCACACCUCCCCUGGCUGUGACUCUUACAGCCCUCAUGAAAAAAUGGUUUCAUUUUUUAAUCAGAUGUUGCUUUUAGAAAUAUGUAUAUCCUGCUCUGUAAACUGAACUUUAGUCACACACAUGAGGGUCCUGGGGGUCUCUAGUAGACUAACACAGAAGGAAUAAAGUGAUUUUAAAGGAUCACUAUAGUGUCAGGAAAACAAAUCGGUUUUCCUAGCACUAUAGUAACCUGAGGGUGCCCCCACCCUCAGGGUCCCCCUCCCGUGGCGCUGAACGGGUUAAAACCUCUUCAGUUACUCACCUUCUUCCACCACCGGGCUCCCUUACCUCUCCUCCCCCGCCGUCAGCGGAGUGGAAUGCUUUCUCAAUGCUUUCCUGUGGAUGCUCUGCGUGAUGAAGGCAUAAUAUGCCUCCAGCGUUGCAGAUGCACCUCUAGUGGCUGUCCGGAAGAGAGCCACUAGAGGCUGGCUUAACCCUGCAAUGUAAACAUAGCAGUUUCUCUAGUUAAAACUAGAGGGACCUGGCACCCAGACCACUUCAUUGAGCUGACGUGGUCUGGGUGCCUAUAGUGUCCCUUUAACUCCUAAAUGGCAAAGAAUUGAGCAGUGAGACUGUAGGGGUAUGAUCUAUACACUAGAACUGUUCAAGAUAAAGUUGUUUCAGUGCCUAUAGUAUCCCUUUAAGAUAGCACAGUUUAUAUAUAUAUAUAUAUAUAUAUAUAUUUUUUUUUUUUUAUAUAUAUUUUAUUUGGUGUUUUUAAAUUACAUAUUAUGUAUCCGUACACAAAGUGAGGUACACUGACUUGGUAUGUUCUGGGUUUACAAUUUUGCCUUAGUAGAAUAGUUGUGCUAUUGCAUUAUUGUUACUUAUUGAGAUCCUGAGAUCCCUACUGAAAGCUUUGAAACUUGACACGCAGCAUUCAUAUUGUCAAAGUCAUUGUCAUCUGGCAAAGUUACCAUCAUUAUUGAGUUCCAAGGUCAGCUGCUCUAUAAAGCAAACAAUACAAGUCCUCUUAAUUGGCAAUAUGCCACAUUACCACUCCCGAUGGCAUGACUUUAUGAGCUCAACUGUCUGCAAAGUGACUUGUUGGAGAAAUUACACAUUAAAAUAACCUCAGGGCAAAAUAUGUUUUCCAUAUAUUAAGAUAUGAUAAAUGAGCAAGCCUGUUUAAUUUCAAUUAGGUAAAUUUCACUUUUUAUGUUUUUUUUUUUUUCAUUUUUCAUGAUCUUACACAAUUUCUCAUUCUUAAAAAGCAACUAAAAGCAGUGAUUUUGAGUAGUUGAUAUAUUAUGUAUAUCUCAGCAGCCACCUUUGCUGCAUUGCCAUUGUGACUGCUACUGGAAAGCUGUUUGGUUUAAAACACUACUUUGUUUUCUUAUUAUGGUGGCAUAUGCCCACCUUGUCUAUAAUACAAAGUGAUAAGCUAUUGCCUUAUUCCACCAGCUCCAUAAAACUGUGGAUCUGGAUCCAAAUCAAAACUACAUCUUUGGAUAUCACCCACACGGGAUCUUGAGCAUCGGAGCCUUCUGCAAUUUUGCUACUGAUAGUACUGGGUUCUCUCGUUUAUUCCCCAAAAUGAAGCCAUGUGUGACUACUUUGGCAGGAAAUUUCAAGUUGCCUAUAUUCAGAGAGUAUAUUUUGGCAGCAGGUAAAUAUUCACCAUUAAUAUAAUGUCUAUGAAUUCAGAUUGUAUAAUCCAUUUAGAGAAACCUUGUAGAAUAUAUAUUAUUUUAAUCCAUUCCACAGGACCGAUGCACUGCCCAAUAACUAAUGUUUGGUGCUGGACAUCUGGUUCCUUCCAUUCUACAUGAGUUCUUAUUUGUUUGGGUCACAAGUCCUUAGUUUUCUCAAUGUGUGAAACAGUGCGUCUUCCCUUGGCCAGCAGGUUGGGGCUAUUACAUUAAAAAAAGUGGAGGGACAUGCUAGUGUCCCUUCCUGCCUCAAUUUUGGAGGCAAUUAAUAAACAAUGGAGGGACAUGGUGUUCACCCUGGCCCCACUUGUGGUCAGGAGGUGGUAGCUCUAAUAAAAAUAACAGGUAGGACAGAUCUAAUGACCUAGUGCUCUCAAUUACUGCCCAAAGCCACUUUCUGCUCGCUUUUUAGCAUACAUGCCCCCUCUUGCAGCACGGUGAGUGGAGGCAUGGAGGAGAUUUAAAACGUCCCUUGUACCAAUAUUGGGGUCCCAGUGACUCCAUAGGCUUUUAUUUCAUUUUUUUUUUUAAAUGACUAACUGGAAAAAAAGGCUGAUAAAUAUGUUUCUGAACAAUAUCUAUCGAGCAGCUUGGUUGGCAUUAAAUCCAGUCGAAAUUGAAUUGAACAGUCGUCUGGAACCAGGAUAUAUUUAUUAACCUUUUUUGUCUGAUAGCAUGGAAUCGAGGUCAUAGCUGGAUCCUUUAAAGGAAAAGUGUAGGCACCAGAACUACCAUAACCACUGCCUGGAUUCUGCUGGCAACUGGUCACACAUCAAUACUAAAUGGUUUACUCACAGUCUAGUAGAGAUUCUUGGUCCCUUAAAUCCCAGCCUACAGUGGAAAACAAGCAGAGUUGUGCUCUCCUUCAUGCAAUACCAGCAUCAGUGGUCAGUUACUGGCUGAGAACGCAGCAGAGUGCUCUUAAUCACUGCCCUAAUCGAAGGUAUGAAUUGGUAUGGUACGAGGAAGAGACAUAUAGCUCUGCCUCUGGCAUGUCGUCAUUGGCUUUAGGCUGCUGGAGACAGAGAAUUUCUACUAAAUGGUGAGUAAACCGUGCGGGACUUGGCCUCCAGGCACUAUAACAACUUCAGUACAAGUGAUUAUGGUACCCACAGAGUUCCUUUAAGUUAUAAUCAUACUGACUAAGUUAUGAGAAUCAGUGUUACUUUUUAAAUCUGCAGUGAAGAAACCAGCAGUGUAAAUAAUAGGUGUUGGUUAUGGAGAAUGUUACUCCUAUUUUCACAGUUCCAUUAUUGUAGACCAGAAUAAGAGACAAGCCCCACAUAUUGCAUAACACAGACUGAUCAGAAGCGAUGGACACAUAACUCUAUUGAAAGUUUGAAUAUAUAUAUAUAUAUAUACAACAUCAAAUCAAUAAAUUUAUAAAUGAACUAAAGUGGCUUGACCAACACCUACUAGCACUCUCUGAAAUGGACUGCAUAGAAACAGGAAGAAUUCAUGUGUAAUUGCCUGCUCCCAGUUUAUGAUGCUUGAAAGUCCAUGGUGUUUGAUUAAACUCGUUGUAUUGAACUGGCCAAUUGUGGCCAUAUUGUAAUCUAUUCCAGGAAUGUGCUCGGUCACCCACUCAUCAAUAGACUAUCUCUUAUCACACAAUGGCCCUGGUAAUGUAGUGGUCAUUGUAGUUGGAGGAGCGGCAGAAGCUUUGAACUGCACUAAGAAGCAACAUAAACUCACCUUGAAAAGACGAAAAGGGUUUGUUAGGAAGGCACUUGCUAAUGGGUAAGUAGUGGAGAGCUUUAAAAAGAUGGUCUGUCUCAUUUGCAACGAUUACGGUGUAGAUGCAGCGUGUGAAAUUGUGUUAUAUAUAUAUAUAUAUAUAUAUAUAUAUAUAUAUAUAUAUUUAUUUAUUUUCUGUUUGUCACGCUUCCUUUCAUUUCUAUAAUUAGGAGUAAUUAUAAUUAGGUUGGAGCUAUUACAUUAAAAAAGUGCAGGGACAUGCUAGUGUCUUCUCCUGACUCCAUUUUGUAGGCAAUUAACAAACAAUGGAGGGGCACCUAAUAAUGUAGGUGUAUAUGUUAUGUAUACAGCUCUCCCUUCUAUCCAUCCCCUGCAGCCUCAUUUCAGGCCACACACAUGGCAUUAACAAACACAUGUGAAGUAUGAACUGCACUGAGUAAUAAAAAGAUAUUCCACGCAGUUAUUCUACAGACUGCCCUAAAUUACAUUUAAAAACAGAUUUAGCAAAUCUGGAUCCUUUAAGACCACCGUACUCCAUAAAACAGCCAGCAAGAGUUUUUUUUAUAUCAAAUCUAACCAUUCUGGGUUCUAUAAUAUUAGGAAAUAAAUGCAAUGCCCACCCUGCUGACACUGAAAUAGUGAAACUUGGAGUCGGAGAGUGUCUUAUAUUUUCAGUAAAGCCAUCAAGUCCUCUCCAGCACCACUAAAAAUCCAUUAACAACCUAAAAUAACAUGUUAUCUUCAGUAGGUUAGCUCUGGUUUCAGUCAUCCUACACAUUUCCCGAAGCCCGAGUGUUAAUACAUCCCUUCCCCUGUACACUGCAAGUGGCUAGAAUUAAUGGUUUUACACAUUUUUCUGCAUUAUGUCCUUUGUAUGUUUUCACAAGUAAUUCACAUCCCACUCUGGCUGACCCACUGCAGCACAAUACACAAAGGAUCAUAUGCAUUUACAUUAUAUUAGAAGUAUUUUUAUGGCAGUUGAAAUGCUUUAGACUUAAUAAGGGGAGAAUCUCCCACAGUUGUGUCAUCCUUUUUUUCUUUUUUCUAAUUCUGUUAGAAGAAAAAAAAAUGUAAACUUGCUACGACCUUCCCGAAAUUACAUAAAACAACUUAUUGGGCUACGUGCGCAGUGCCGCAUUACACAGAGACUGGUUUGGGGUAACCAGAACAUAAAAUCAUAUAUUUAACACUAAUAAAAUCCACACAAAAAAGCAGCAUUUAAACUGUGCUUUUAUAUAACAAUAUCUGUUUCUUUCAGAUCACUGUAUUUAAUUAUAAUUACACAGGUCAUGCAUUGAACGUGGUGCUCAGGGCUGAUUUGUUGGCAAUGAUCUCAUAUCAGUGGAUGGAAAUACAGAUACAUAGAGCAGAUGUAUGCAUGACAUAGCCCUAGUGGUAUUUGUAUUCAAAUGUAGUAUUGGCUUACAUAGUCUCUGUAAUUUUCCUUUUUUAGAUCGUCCUUAGUUCCUGUGUAUUCUUUUGGGGAGAACGAGGUUCUACAGCAAUGCCAGUUUGAAGCUGGAAGUUGGAAGAAAAGCCUUCAAGAAUUAUUCCAGCAUUGGGUUGGAUUUGCUCCUUGCAUUUUCUUUGGACAAGGCAUUUUCUCCAGCAGUUCCACGGGAAUAAUGCCAUUCCGAAGACCCAUCAAUACAGUGGGUUAGUCCUAAGUCAUUGAGCACCUGCACAAAUGUAGUUGUGAUGUUAACAUCUAGAAACUGUGAAUUUGAUGGUGAAAAUUUAAUUUUAGUACAGACCUAGAGACAUUAAUAUGGUAAAAUAAUUUCAAAUGAGAAAGGUCUAUACAAUAAAGAAGACAUUAAAGAAAGAUGAGAAGUGAGUAAGCCUAAUCUAUUGUGGAUCCAUUGGGACAGACAUUUGAGUACUUGUCUUGUUUUUUGUUUUUCUCUCUUAUGAAACAUCUUCUAAAAGUCCAGUGCAAGCGCUUUAAUAAGCGCAUUCCUGAAUAAGUAAUGCUACUGCAAGUGCUUUCACAUUGUGGUGUUUAUCAGUGUAUUAUUUACUAAUCCAUACAACUUGGGCUAACAUAAAACCUUAUCUGUCACCUGUCCCUGACGUAGUCCUUCUUUUGUCAGAUGACCUCUUUAGUCUCAUUUUUAGAUCUCCUAUGCUAACUCACUCCUAACCUCCUGUGUUAUUGCCCAAUGCCUUACUCUAAGUAUCCAACCUGCAAUCAUUCUUAACAUUCUAAAACCUCCCCAUAUGCGUAUUGUGAAACUGGGGCUGUGAGGGUUAAAGGACCUCUCUAGGCACCCAGACCACUUCAGCUUAAUGAAGUGGUCUGGGUGCCAGGUCCAGCUAGGGUUAACCCAUUUUUUCAUAAACAUAGCAGUUUCAGAGAAACUGCUAUGUUUAUGAAUGGGUUAAGCCUUCCCCCUAAUCCUCUAGUGGCUGUCUCAUUGACAGCCACUAGAGGCGCUUGCGUGCUUCUCACUGUGAUUUUCACAGUGAGAGCACGCCAGCGUCCAUAGGAAAGCAUUAUGAAUGCUUUCCUAUGUGACCGGCUGAAUGCGCGCGCAGCUCUUGCCGCGCGUGCGCAUUCAGCCCAGGAGGAGGAACGGAGGAGGAGAGCUUCCCGCCCAGCGCUGGAAAAAGGUAAGUUUAACCCCUUUUCCCCUUUCCAGAGCCGGGCGGGAGGGGUACCCGGAGGGUGGGGGCACCCUCAGGGCACUAUAGUGCCAGGAAAACGAGUAUGUUUUCCUGGCACUAUAGUGGUCCUUUAAGCUGUGAAACUUGUACAGUGGCAUGUAACCUAAUUUUUCAAUUUUUGGCUUAAGUGACUCCUGAAUAACAUGGGCCUGGCGCUGCAUAAUUACCAAACACCAUUACAUAAUUAUUUAACUUGUUAAGCUUGGCAUUUAGUGGAAGCAAAAUUUAACAAUGAUAUGUAAAAGGCAAUGGGAAAGUUCAUAGGAGCUCAAAAAUAAUUAACAUAUAUACAUGCAUUCACAUUGAAAAGAGUAUAUACAACAUAUUGUAAAGAGCUCAUACUCCGAUCAGUAAAUAACCAAAACAAACUCUGUACUAUAGCUUGUUCAGGGUAAACACAAUUUUGUGUAAAAGGACGGCAAGACAAGUACGGGGGAAUAGAAUAUGCUAGUCCAGGCUUCCUGGUUAUUAUUACAUGCUAUUUAGGAGGUUGGACAGACUUGCCGUGAGCACCCUCACACCAUCUCUACCUUAGUGGCACACUGAUUGAAAUACAAAAUGCCGCAUGUGUUGAGAAAUCAGUCAGACAACAUCCAUUCUGAAUACAUUCUGAUUAAACUUCUGUUUUAUUUCAGUUGGAAAACCCAUCCCUGUCCCUAGGAUUGAGGAUCCCUCUGAGCAGGAGGUGGAUACUUACCAUUCUCUAUAUGUUGGCGCUCUGAAGGAACUGUUUAACACAAACAAGAUGUGUUUUGGUCUACAGCAAAGUGACAAUUUGAUACUGGUUUGAAACCUGUAAUACUGGACUAAUUAUGAAUGCAAUAUUGAGAUAAUAUAGCCUUUGCCAUUAACAGAAUAUGUGUGUACUCUUUAUCUCAUUGAACAGUACAUAGGCUGGGCGUUGAUGGAGAUAACACAUGCUUAUCUGAUGUCCUUUUUGAUACCGUUACCAGUUAUAAAGAAUGAUGAUAAAGUAACCUGUCCAUUUUUUUUUCUUUGCACUGCAAGUCUUCCAAAUGAUGGAAAAUAAUUAAAAAGACAAUUAUAUAGUUUGGCAGGAGGUGGGUUGGUAUUUGUUGAUCGAAUCAACACAACAGCAGGAACAACAUGUAUAAUAAAGAAACUUGUUUAUGUAUAUCAUUUAAUGUCUUCCUUUUGGAAAAUAUUGAUGCCAAAUGGUGGCCAACUGCUGCCUUAUUACACUAUGUAAGUGAAAUGUGUUAAAGAAGAAAAAAAAAAUUAUAAUAAAAAAAAUUAGGAUCUUGACAAUCCUUAUUUGCUUUAUAGACCAGUAGAGAUAAACAAAGUACAAUUUAGUGAUAUAUCUAUCAAUCCGUAAUAUUGUAUGUGUUAAUUCGGUAUCUGAGAAUAUCAAUCAAAUACAUCACAGUAGUGCGGUGUAGCCCACAAGCUGGGGGGGCGUCAGUUGGCAUUCACACUUAAGGCAAAGUGAUGGGUGUCUGAUCAGGGGCCGUAUAACAGCGUGUCUGGACCCCUGUCUCAACGGCAGCUUGCAGAAAGUUGAGACCAGCCCCAGACCCCAGCAGCCAGAUGCCACUGGAACCCAUGAAUUCCUUCCUCCUACCUAAAAUAUAUGGAAACAGGAGGAUGGCCAAACAUAUGUAAAUUCUGACUUCGGUAUGCAUGUGUAUCUGUAUGUGUAAAUACACAAAUCUGUGUUCAUUUCUACAUUGUGUCUAAAUAAUUAAUAUGUAUUCUAAAUGUUAAUGGAAGAUGUUUAGUUUGCACUUUAUUUGUAAACAUAACCAUAAUUAAAGUGUGGAGGAUAUAGGGAGCUAAUCUAAAGAUAUGGUGUUUAUUUUAGUCUUGUUCUGGAAGUCCCAACCUAGCAAAACAAUUUUAUAUUUUUGACAUGACCGAAUUGCUGCAUAGCAAACAUCUUUCCAAAACAACUGUCUAGUGUCUGUGGAAUAUCUAAAUAUAACCGUGAAGUGGAGCGCUAUAGUAUGUGCAAUGAUUCUCUAAAUAAACACACUUCUCUUACAGCAUGUCUCACAGUUACAUCUCUAAUUCAAACCUCCGUAAAAUAAAAUACACUAUACACACAAAUAUGUAAUAGGGUGCAUUGCACGCUCACAUAAAUGUGAGCUAAUAAGCUAGCUCUUGCUGUGUUUGCUUCUAGACUAGGUUAGGCAGCCUCUCUCCUCAAUGGACAGCAUAUCAACACCAAUAUUCCAGCCGUCUCUACAUCCACCUCUCAAAAAAAGGAUAAUGCGGCAAUAUAUUACACAAUAAAAUCAAUACACUCACAUUCAAUAGAGCCUAAACUAAUGGUUCGACAAGGUGGCAGUGUGUGUAUUCCCUCUGAGGACUUCUCUUCAAAGCAGAUACUAUGUAGUAUAUUCGAAUAAGGCUUUAUUCAGUAAACCACUAUAUAAACAAAAUAAACACAAAUGUGUUUCACCUAUACAGGCUUCUUCAGUCAAGUAAGUCAUCCUCCUCUAGUUACCUUUGUAUACUCCGACAUCCCCUUUACUUGGAAUAUCUUCCUGGCAACAAACCAACAACCCCAGGGCGUUUAGGAGCAAAGUCAUUAGGGUUAAUAGGAAAAACUAUGCUGCAGAAUAUGUUUUAUAUCUGAAAAUCAACAAUUGUUACUGAAAGGAAAAUGUGAUACUCUCAUUAAUGAGAACAAUACAGAAUCUAUGUGUUUAGAUGUAUUGCACGCAUUAACAGUUGGAAGAGUACAUCUGUAAGCUACCGAUAUAACCAAAGUAUAUUCAAUGAUCAUAGUAACAUUCUGACCGUAAUGAGACUGACACUAUACAAGCUCUGUUACUUAUGUCAAAUUGUCAACCGUAACACGGCGAAAUGAAUGCUAACUAAAACCAGACUUGAAAAAGCUUCCUUAAUGUCCAGCUUGUGUGAGUUCUAACAGCCUUGAUAAGUAUGUUUAGCAAACACGGGUAGUGCACUGUUUAAUUUUGACCUUCUAAAUGUCACAGGAUUCUGGUUCAUCUUGUUAUUCUACUUAAAAUACAUACUCGUUUUCCUGGCACUCUAGUGCCUCCCCUCCCGCCGGGCUCUAGGUGGUGGAAGGGGUUAAAUUUACCUCUUUCUCCAGCGCCGGGCGGGGGACUCUCAUCCUCCUCCUCGUCUGAAUGCGCAUGCGCGGCGCGAGCUGCGUUUGCAUUCAGCCAGUCCAUAGGAAAGCAUUCACAAUGCUUUCCUAUGGACGCUGUCGUCUUCUCACUGUGAAAAUCACAGUGAGAAGCACAGAAGCGCCUCUAGCGGCUGUCAAUGAGACAGCCACUAGAGGCUGGAUUAACACUAUUAUAAACAUAGCAGUUUCUCUGAAACUGCUAUGUUUAUAGAAAAAAGGGUUAAACCUAGCUGGACCUGGCACCCAGACCACUUCAUUAAGCUGAAGUGGUCUGGGUGCCUAUAGUGGUCCUUUAAACUUGGCAGAGCUUUACAGAGCUAGGUGUGAACUAACAUUUUCUUUCAUUUGGAAAUAUAAAAAAAUUAUAAAUAAUUAAAUAUGCAUGAGUAUACCAUUUAUUUGUAGAAAUCAAUCUGAAUAUGCAUGCAGACAUGCAUACCUUAAUCACAUGCGAAUUAUUAAGCAAAUAUCACAUCAGUUAUUGUAUGCAAUGCAAAAUAAGUAUACUAAGUGGAUGAAGAGAACAAAACAGAAAUAUUUACUGAAACAUAAUUGUAAGCUGGACAUUCUGUGUAGAAUUAACUUCCAGUGGAGUUUCCAACGUGAUAAGUUGUCACUUACAACGUAUCGUAUUUUUCCGUGUAUAAGAUACCUCCAUGUAUAAGACUACCCAUAUUUCUUGAGCCCAAAAUUAAGAAAUUAACAUUUUAAACAUCAUAUAGGACAACUUUGAUAUUUUAGACGUGACUUCUGAGGAGAACAACACACCUCUGAUUCUCAUGCCUCCCCUGUGCUACUCUGUGAAGUUGAUGGCUCUAUAGUGCAUGCUGGAAGACUACAGCUCCCACAAUACAGCAGGUGGUGUGAGGGAAUGCUUGAAUGCUCUGCUCCCUGAUCCCCAUUUCCUCCCCCAUAAAUAUAAAUCAGUGAGCAAGACCUACUUGAGAUGGAGCAAACCUUAAUAUGGCUUCUCCUUUUAUGGUGUGGCAUGUCUCUGGUGCUCUGCUUGUGGUAAGUGCUGAUGUCUGCUCCAGCUUGCACUAGGGUUGCCAUCUUUCUUGGGAAAAAAAUGCUGCCCAUACUAAUUUGCAUUAUUAAUUAUGCAUGCGUGUCAUCACAAGAUGAAAAUCACAAGGAGUGACAUAACAGAAAAUUCUAUAAAAUUACCAAAAAAACUACUUAGUUGGAUUCUGCCGUAUAGAGGGAUUGCUUCCACUGUUUCCCUGUCUCACAUCGCUGUGUUCCCAUUUUUCUCAGUGUCCACUAAUGUCUCCCAGUGUCCCCUAGUGUCUCAGUAUCCUCAUGUCACUCUUAGUGUCUCCAUGUCUUCCAGUGUUCCCUAGUGUCUUAGUGGUGUCUCCAUGUCUCCCAGUGUCCCCAUGUCUCCCCUAGUGUCAGUGUACCGUAGUUUACCCAUGUCUCCUAAUGUUUCAGUGUCCCUAUGUCUCCCAGUGUUUCAGUGUCCCCAUGUCUCCCAGUGUCUCAGGGUCCCCUAGAGUCACCAUGUCUCCCAGUGUCCCAAUGUCUUCCAGUGUCCCCAUGUCUCCCCUAUUGUCUGGGCCCCCAUUUAUCCCAGUAUCUCCAUGUCUCCCAGUUUCCCCUAGUGUGUUUGUCCCCCUGUCUCACAGUUUCUCAUAGUGUCUCAGUGUCCCUAGUGUCUCUGUCCCCAUGUCCCCCCUAGUGUCUCAUUGUCCCUAUGUCUCUUUGUGCCCCUAGUGUCCCCAUGUCUCUGUGUCCCCCACAGCUUCAAGUGAGUAAGCGCUCCUGCAGAGAGUAUAGCUGAUCAACCCAAACACUAGCUCAGACUGAGUGAAGGGUUUAAAGGAACUGGUUUAUUAUGGCCAAGUUGCCUGCUUAUAUACACAAGCCCAAGAAGGGGAUCUCCACACAAUACAAUGCAAACCCCUCCCAGAGAUCUCUGUGCCUGAGCAAUAAUUGCAUUAAAGACUGGUAAGCUAAUUAUCUACCAGAAACAGAGAGGCAAACACAAAAACAUAAAAAUACCCCAAAACAUCAUAAAAAUAUACAAUAACCCCACAAAUAAUACAUCCCCAAAUAGCCCUGAUCCGAGCGCUCAAGUUCUCCAAAUAGCCCUCAGAUCCAUGCAGUGUAGGGGAAAUGCCACUGUGUUAAAGUUCUGACCGGCUGCACACGUGGUGUACAAAAAUCUUAUGCCCCAAAUAGUUCCAGGGCGUUUGGUGCUUUUACCGGUCAACAUUCGGGAGCUCCUGCGGCUGCAAUACGGCGUGCUCCACCUGACUCUCAAGUAGCGUUUGUUCCCCUUAGUCUCAGGCACCUUCCCUCCAGAAAGAACCAAGUUGUCCAGGAACCGCACAGUCACUUCAUGCCGAAAACAGUUCCAUAACAUUCACAGCUAAGUACUGCUGAGGUGACCGGGGACCCACGAAGUCCUCAUGCUGAAAUUAGUUCCACAGUGAUCGUUGCUAAGUACCGCUGAGGACCACUCGUGGGUUUGGUUCAUGUGAACGGCUGCCAGGGAGCUAGCGUUCAGUUCUAUUCAAAUGAAGGGAAAGUGAUGAACCAAAGGCAUCCAGGGAGGGCUGCUAAUGGCUGCUGUGUAGGGUAACCUUUAAAUGGGAUCUCCGACCUGGACCAUAGUCGGUGGGGCAUGAGGCCAGCUUCCACACUCCUCCAUGAGUUCAUGGCAAACGUCCGAGGAAAAGAGUGUUUGUCACCCCCUUGUCCAAUUUAAACCCUUGCAAUAGUGUUACAGGGAUUUGCUCUGCUUAUGUCACCACAGGGAUUGCUUUGCUGAUACUAAUCCUAACCCUUAACCUAUAGGAACACUAUAGGGACAGGAACACAAACAUGUAUUUGAUCCUACAGUUUUAAAAUCACUAUCUAACCCACUGCUCUGCUAAAUAAAGUAAAAUCUUACCUUUAUUACAGUCUGCUUGUGAUGGCUCUGCCCCUGAUCUGCCUGCUUGGCUGACUUCAUUAGAAGUGAUGAUCUGAGCCAAUCUCAAUGCUUUCCCAUAGGAAAGUAUUCGAUUGGCUGAGCUUGUCAAGGAGGUGGGGAAGCGGGCAUACCCAGAUGCCACUCUAGUCAGUCAGCAUCUCCUCGUAGAGAUGUAUUGAAUCAAUGCAUCUCUAUGAGAAAAGUUCAGUGUCUCAAUGCAGAGGGUGGAGACACUGAAUGACACUGUGCAGCACUGAUCCUGGAAGCUCCUCUAGUAGCUAUCUGAGAAGUGGCCAGUGGAGGUGUCCCAAGGCUGUAAUGUAAACCCUGCAUUUUCUCUGAAAAGACAGUGUUUACUGCAAAAAAACUGAAGUAUUUUCUACUCACCAGAACAAAUACAAUAGGCUGUAGUUAUUUUGGUGACUAUAGUGUCCCUUUAACCCUAAUUCAAAGAACAGUUUUAGUGGAAUUUCUACUGUGGAUGUCAGAAGAGGGAAUCCCUUGCUGAUAUCCGCACAGGACAUCUCUCAUAAAGUAGUGUGCUUUACAAAUGCAGCAUGGAAGGGAUUAUUUCCCACUCUGCUGUUAAAUCAUAUUGUGACAAAAUGUUACAAUUUUAUUGAAUGCCUCCUUGCAGUAGGAAUCACAGUGAUCAGCAAUGGGCAGCCUGCUUGGUGAUUGCCCUGCUGGAGGCUUUCAGGGAGACCCAAUCGGAACCUGCGCAUCUACCCUUUUAAAGAAAAUCCCUGGUGACAUAAAAUAUUAUAUCACUGGGACCAUGCCUGAGUCCGUUAGUUCAGCCAUGGUAAUUUAAAGAGCACUGGAUACAGCUCAUCUGUCAGCAUUGGGCUAGCCCCAGCUAACAGACAGGAGCCUCAGGUAUUGAGUGAUAGCUAGGGUUCUCCAGUUACCAGCAGGGAAACAGCCCAUGCUGGUAAAUAUUGCACAACAAAAUUAUUCUCUUAUGGGCCUUUACAAGAAGGACAUUCAUGACAGAAUAAUUCUGUCAUCGGUCCUUAAGGCGUUAAUAUCAAACUGCAACCUUAACAUGCAAGAUUUUCGCACAACCAAGGAGCCUAUGAAAAGUUAGCCAUUGGGUGUGGUAUAUAUUUUUUUCAAUAUAAAUUAUAACGCAUUCUUAUUCUAGCCAUUUAUAUGCCAUGCUGGCAAACAGGGUAUGUCAAGUAAAUGAAAUUAACCUUGCAGUGCUGUACACAUGGUACAUGCCCGUGUAUGGCACUGCUGAAGGAAUGGAAGAGAGCACAUGCGCUCAUGAGGCAUUUCCGCAUAGAUACAAUGAGCAUUUUCAAGGCUUGAUGAGUUGUCCACAAUGCGGAUAUGCUGCAUACGCUUUUUUACAUACCUCCACAAUGUUAUUAACCCUGGUAUAUACUGCAAUAAUGUAUGUAGACAAAUGAGAGCUACCCCUUAAAUUACACUCUUUUCUUUAUUACGGAGGUUUCCAUUGCAUUGGGGAAGGCAAUGCUACUAUUUAUUUAUUAUUGCUAUUUAUAAAGCGUCAACAGAUUCCGCAGCGUUGUACAAUUAGUGGAGAACAUACAAUAUACACAGACAAAUACAAGAGGUAGAGAGAACCCUGCCCAUACGCUACUACAGUAAACAAUCCACAGUACAAAUCAAACAAAUAGAGGCUGCGCAAAAUGUUGCUAUGUGCACAAACAAAGUGCAACCAAAAUUUAUUGGAGGACAAAAUAAUAAACAAACAUUUCGGGUACAACCCUUUUUCAAUGCACCAUGUCCCUUUUUGCAUUUAAAAAGGGUUGUACCCAAAACGUUUGUUUAUUAUUCAUUAAAUUUAGAAUUCUGGAGAAUUGUUAGAAUUUAGAAUUGUGGAGCCAAAUUGUUAACAUUCUCCAUCUCAGCUAUUUUAUCUUUAAAUUCCCCUUACAGCUUCGCUGCUAUUUCUGGCCUUGUGGAAGCCAUGUGAGUAAAGACCUCUUUUCAUUAGUAUACCGGUAAUUUGCAUUACAUUGGGACAAGUGGCCGCUGGACAACCACAAGAGCAAUUUAUUCCACAUUCCUCAAUGUGACCUGGAGUAACCCUGUCCCCGCCCCAUUCCUAAGCCACACCCCCGUCUCCCAACGCGCCACUACAGCCUGGCCAAUCGCGAUCGACCUCUCAGUCGGCCUCAAUGACAGCAGGAGAAUGGGCCUGGGCUCGUUGGCCUGUCACACCUCUUCAGAGGCGCGCGCUGAUUGGCUGGGGGGAGGUGUGGCUCUGACGUCGGGCAGAAACCGUGCGUGUUCACGGCCAGUGUCACCGGCGAGCAUCUUGUGCGUGAGUGUGCUGCGUCCGUCAUCGUAGCCGCCAUCAUCAGCCGGGGCACCGUGCCCUCCCUCCCUCCAUCCCUCUCUCCUGGCGGUAAGUUGCCCUCUGGCUCACAGGGGACCUACCUGCCCCUUCCUGUUUGCAGGUAAUUGCUCCCUGUUGUCCCCAGUGCCCUCUGGUUCUAUAAUGGCCGGUGUCUGGCAGAAUACCGAGACCUAAUGUCAACUUUCCAACAGACAGCAUGUUUAUUAUUUACAUUAUUCAUUCAGUAAAUGGAGGACCUCAUUAUUACUAACCUGUAACCAUCAGCAGGUCCAUUCCAUCUAAUGAGGCUGGGCUAUAUAACAAUAUUAUACAUACAUAUAUAUCAUAUUGGGUUAUAUAACUAUUAUAUACUGUAUCCUAUUAAUAUUAUACACCCCUUGCAGGGAUUAUUUAUUGCCCUGUAUUUGAUCAAUUUAGUUUUUUUGUUAGAUGGGGAUUCCCCUUUGUUUGAUGCCUCCAAUGUCUAGCCCAUGGGUCCUCAAACUCCAGCCCCCCCCCAGAUGUUGCUGAACUACAACUCCCAUGAAUCUGUAAAUUACAUAGCCAGAGAAUCAUGGGAGUAGUAGUUCAGCAACAUCUGGGGGGGGCCGGAGUUUGAGGACCCAUGCCCAAUAAUGCCCUCAGAUACCCAUUCACCCAGUCAUUGUAGGUCUUUGUGUGCUGGUUAAUGAAUACUACUAACAGGGUUAUUCACUAAAGGAUUGAUUGUCUGAGAUCAAAUAGAAUAUCAUCAUAUUUUAGGCCAAAAUGGGGGGGAAAUAUCACCAAGGCAGAUAUGUUUUCAGUUUAGCUAUUUAGGCCUUAAAUGUUUAAUUUCACUUUAAUUCCGUACAAUUUAUAAUUUAGACUAAAAUAAUCCUCUAUAUAGUUACACUGAAGGUCAUGAACUUGCAGACCCCCCCUUUUUUAUUUUUUUGCUUCACUUAUAUAUUUCAUUAUUAGGAGUUUUUUUUGGAUUGUAGGAAAGCACAAGAAUUCAAUACGGUAAAAUUUGGUUUUUCAAGCAGUUUUUAUUUUUAUUAUUAUUGGUAAGCUAUAUGUAUGUUUGUCUCUUGUUACAUAAAUUAAGCUUAGACUUGGCAAUGUACAAUGCUGAUCUACGUGUACAGGAUAAAAUUACUAAUCUAAAAUACAUCUGUAUGCCAAUUUAAAUGCCGUAGUCUGGGUUAAUUGGUAUCUUGUGCUUUUAGAUUUGGGACUUAACUUGAAUAGUCGACUAAAAUCCAAAAUACUGUGUAAUAUGAUUGUGGAGAAGAAUGAGGCAUUUUACUUUUUAAAUAAGUGUGCUAUGUUGAACUUGGCAUGUAUUUCUUGGAUAUUAAAUGACAAAAUUGGUUUAUGCAAAAACGUGGCAAAUAGGUGCUGUGGUGUAUUGAGGGUAGUUUGUAAAAAUUCUCCAAUUCCUGUUUUGGUUCCUGUCUCAGCUAUUUUGGAUGAUCUAUUUUCAUUGGUUAGCCAGUGUAUUUACGUUCUGUUUUCUUCCUUCUGACUGUUUCUCUUUAACGCUAUAGGAAGAAUGCAAAUAUAGAUGGAAAUCCCAGAGUAUUGAAGCAUGUCUAUGUUUGCCUAUAAUUGGUCCAAUACAUAAGAAUCUUGUGACAGCCCUCAUGUGUUUUUAAUUAGUUUUUAUCUACAAGAUUCUUCUUUUCCUCAUUUUGGAACCAGCACCGAUGUCUACAGCAGCUGCUCUGGAACCUACUUCAAAUAAGCCCAAAUGAAUAUUUCAGUACUUGAGAGUUCUGUAUGCUUUGUACCUCUAAUAUCCUACUACUUACAGCAGUAAAGAAGCAAUUUUUCAGUUAUGUACAUAAAUGCGAUUGCCAUGGUGAUCCAAUAAUCACAUUUUCUGGAUAUGUUACAAGUAACCUAAUUUCAGUUGGAAGUAAGCCAUGCAGCGAUUGUAUAUUAAAGGAACACUCCAAGCACCAUAACCCCUACAGUAUGUUGUAGUAGUUAUGGAUUAAAGCGUGCCCUGCAUGCCACCAUUGGGUGUCUGUAACCAACAAGCUAUGCGUGCUAAGAGAUGUCCAAAAUGCUCAGAAUUAGCAGUAGCCAGCCCAGAACUCUUGAUCUGGUCUUGGUAAUAAAGCUGGCAGAUGUGGUGUUACACUUUUAUCUGCAAAGGUCUUUUAAAUGAACACUGUAUUCCUAGAGCUACAGCCCUAAUGCCCCUUCUCAAUUACAGUAGUUCCUUCCCAGGGUAAAAUAAAAAGAACAAAAUAUAAAAAAAAUAUUCCCCCUUUUCUCCAGUGCUGAGUCUACCUUGGGUUGCGUCAUCCUAGCAUGAUGGGCCAAUCCAACUCUCCUUAUAGAAGCACAUUGGGGAACUCAGGUGCAUACGUGGUGCUUGCCGGUAUGCACCUACAAUUUCGUCAUAGAAAAUCAUUGUAUUCAAUGAUUCUCGAUGUCCAACCGUGACGGUACUGCACAUGCACGCUUGCCAUCACAGUAUGCUGUGUUAUUGUGUUAUUUUCUAUGCCUCAGAGCUCAGUGGCUUACUAAAAUGGAUUAAUACUACAUACAUGGCCUAUUCUCCAUAUUUCUUUUUAGUAUGAUGUGUUAUGAGAGCCAAGAAGUAGGAUUCCUGGCCCACAUACCUAGAGGACUUGGAGGUGUGGCUUGAAGCUGCACUUGCAAGCCUUCUAAUUCGUGAAAUAAGGAUCUUUGGGGGAUCAGAGGGGGCGUGACUGCAGGCACCAUAACAACAUCAUCUUAUUGAUGAUGUUAAAGUGCCUACAGUGUUCCUUUAAAAAAAAAAAAAAAAAGCUACUCCAGCCAUCUUCACUUCACUUCAGUCUGCUGCAGUGGUUAGGAUGUAAGAGGUACCCUGGCCCUGUUACCAUGUAAUGAGGCAAGCCCCGUUACCCAGUGGGUUCCAAGCAUCCUCUCUGGCCAAAGUUGUGCUUUGUCGAUGCCAUUAGUUGUGUGAAAGCAUCAGCUGCCCAUUAUCAGAAAAUAAAUACAACUGUGUGCAUCUACCCCGUAUGUGCAUCUUUUGCUGCACAUACCCCACUGCUGCACAUACAGACUCCAGGCACCAUGACCACUUCAAUUCACAUAUUGUGUUUUUAGAUUCUGUUGAAAUUGAAGCAUGUUUGUAAAACAAACCUGAUCUAAUUGUGUUUUCAGGAGCCAUCAAUUAGGUGCAUCUGAACAGUUUUCCUUAAAAUUACCAGUCAGGAGCAUUUUGCUAGCUUUGGUUCCUGGAUUUUCUCCUUGAACUUUUGUACAUCAAUGUUCACAAAAAUAAAAUUACAUAUGUUUCUCUUUUGUUUGUCUAUGUUACAGAUUGUAGUAGAGCAACAUCUUUCUAUGACUUAUACAAUAGUAUCUGUAGUUUAAAUGUGCAGCCUGCUUGCAGACAUUUGUAGGCAAAAAGUAAGGAUGUAGGGACAAACAAAACUCCAAAUGUGCCUCCUACUUUACAAGUUUUUGUAGUACUCAUAAAAACAGAUUGUCUCUAAAAGUUUGGUGUACAAUUUCUCUGAUAUGUCCAAUUUUAGAUUUGCUAGUAAGAUGAUAUGAUCAUAUUGGAUGCAGUUCCCUGAAUUAACUUCUGAACUGCUUUUAGUAAAUAUUCAGAUUGCAAUCCUUGGGGAAAAUGUUGCAAUUUUCACAAAUUUUGCAAAUGUACAGUAUAUUUGGAGGUUUGUAAAUAACACUGUUUUACUAUGGAGAAAAUAUAGGAUUUCUUUCAUUUUCAGGUAUAUCAUUCUGCCUAUGUGUUAACGUGAUUCCAAAUGUGUUUUUGCAAAGACCUCUUGAGCCAUAGUUUCACAUUGUAGUCUUCCAUUUCAAGACUGUCUUCAGAGAUUUAGCAGGGAUGUGCUAUUCCUGUUAAAACUCUUCUUAUUGAAGACAGCAAGAACUGCAAAGAUGUUGUAUAGAUCUGCUUCUGAAGGGAAGCCACUGAGCUAAAGCCGAUGAAUCGUGGGCAAGUGUUUCUCAUUAAUUAAUCCCCUCUCCAUUUCAGUGACACUGUUGAGAAUGCAUUUUUUUCUUCAUUGACUUCAAUGAGAAAUGAGUAAACAUGCAUUCAUGAUGUCAAAACAAGUGGAGACUUGAAUGAGAUUAUUAUAUGAUCCAGGCCUUGACAACCGAAUUUUAAAUUAACCAAAAUAUUUUUUUCUAGGUAGGAUAUUUUGGUCCAUAAUUUGUAGCAUCCUUGUGAAUUCUUGUUUUGUCGAUUUCCCUCUGUCAGUAAUCCUUUUUGUUUGGCAAGGCCUAAAUUGACAGAACAUUCUGUCCGAUUUCAUAAGCAGCUGAGGAAAAUCAAAGAUCAGGGAUUUGUUUUAAAAUGGCAAACUUUUAUUUAUUUAUUGUUUUCUUUCUUUUUAUGUGAAUUUUUCUAUUAACAUAGACUGAAAAUAUACAAUAGAUUGUCUUAUUAGAUUCCUGUUGUACUGUUUUUUUUUUCCUUUGUUGCCACCACACUUUGCACUAAUUAAUAACUAUAAAAUGCUGUAACCUCCGCUAUCUCUGCAGACAACCACAACUAAAAGGCAUGUAAACUUGCGCAAAACCACAAGUAUAUAUUGAGGCACUAGAUUUAAAGAUAAAUAAAAAUACUUUACUGUUCAGACUUAACUAGGUAUAUAAAAGCAUGGCCGCAAACCUUGAAUAAUUCGAUCUUUGUCUGUAGUCUCACAAUGUCUAAAACAAUUUGUGAUUUGAGGAGCAAACCUAUUAAUUUUAUUAUGUUUUUUUUAUGAUUAUUGAGCCAUGGAAGACGUGCAGCUGUUGUGAAUUUAUGAAUUAAUAUAUUUGGUAAACUGUCUCAUUUCUGUACUUAGGUAUAGACCAUGUUAGGUACUCCGAUACAUGUUUGAGCCUUAUUUCAAUGGUUGCUAAUCAUAAUUCUGAAGAUGUUUGCCAAAUGCAUUCCCCAUGACGAUCAGCUAGUUAAGAUAGUGACAUUGAUCGUGGCUGAGGGCGGCUUGGGCAUGUGGGAAAUGUAGUUGGCAAACUUGAGCUGUGCCCAGUAAAUCAUCACUUAUCAAUUUUGUAUUUGGCUUCAGAACAAACCAAUGCCACGAGGCUUAGUUUAUUCCAGCUUUAUAUUUGUACAUUUGCACAAAGAUGUAUUUUAAUAUUUGUUUGUUGUAUGUACUCAUGUAAACUCAACCAGGUGGUGCGCUGCUAUAAGAUGCUAAUCAGGUUUUGUAAUUUGAUUGUAAAGUAUAAGAAAUUAUACUAUGUUUGAUUAUAGGUGUAUUUUUAUUUAUUUAUUUUUCCAGACGCGUACCUGCCUUAUGUAAGUUUGAUGAUACUUAUAUGAUUCAGGCCUUGGUACUGUCUUCAUCAAUAUCAUAAAUAUUUCUUGCAAUUCUUGAAAUCUUACUAAACACUCCCUCACGGAUCUCCUCAUUUCCCUAUUAAUUAGUUCCUAAUAUAGGUUUUUAGCUAUUUACUUUAUUCAUCUGGUUUUGGAGAGAGAGAGAACCUCUUAUAAUAUAUAGUCUCGAUAUUUGUUGUUCUCCUUUUCUGCCUGUUUUGGGGUUCUAUUCUUUUGAUUAUAGGUGUAUUUUUAAAGGGUAGCUGUUUUUAAAGGCAUUUUUUUUAUGAUGGGUAUACAUUUGUGUGUGUGUAAACACAUACACACAUCAGGCAAGCCAUAAGACUUGCUUUUACUACAGAAAAAGCUGCCCCUCUGAAAGUGCCGCCCAAAGCAAAUGCCUUGUCAGCCUCGCGGUAAAUACACCGCUGGGCAUAAGACAAGAUAGAUUACUUUGUCUUGUGGACUAUCCAGUUCAUAGCAGAAUGUGCUGAAAAGUGAAGCUGCAUACUACUUUUAUUGCAACUUCUUGUUCUUUUUCAUGAGAUGUCACUCAUCCUCAAGGAGGGAGAGUUUCAAGUAAGUAUAUCUCCCCUCUCCAGGUGCUAUUGUGGAAGCAGGCCUGUUACCAUGGCAGUAUAUAUUUUGUUUGUUUUGUUUUUUUUGAAAAAUACAAAAUGCCACCACUGACAAUGCGGCUUUAAGUUUGUGCUCUCUGUAUUCCUUUUUUGUCAUGGUUCUGUUUUGACUCCAGUCACUAAAUACGUUAAGUCAGUUGGCACACCUUGUUGUACGAAUACGUUGCUCUGUUAACAAAGGUCGAAACAUAGUAACACAAAUUCUUUUUACAUAAUUUACUCUGAACUGUAAAAUAACACUUAUGUUUGCAUAGAAUAAUUAUCGAAGAACUAACACGGAAUAUUGCAUUAAAGAUGCAUUGUAUACACUAUGUCGGUUUAUUACAGGGCUUGACAUUUGCUUACAAUCUAGGAGCCAGCUAAAAAAAUUCUGAGCUAGGUUUUUUUGGGGGGAGAGUACAACUAAAUUUAUUCCUGCCACACAUCUUUUAUGCAUUGCACCUAGUAUGGGGUUUCUCAGUCAAAAUUACAAGGGUUUCUUUACCAAGAGCCCCCCGACCACCAAGACGAACAAUGAGCUAGGUUUUUAAAUGUCAGAAAUACAAUUCUUGAAGGGACAUUAUAGUCACAGGAGCCUUUACAGCUUAAUAUUGUUGUUCUAUAUCCUGUCCCUGGACACUUUUCAAUGUAAACAUUGCCUUUUCAGACGAAAGGCAGUGUUUGCAUUGCUGCCUAGUGUCUCCUUUAGUGACAAUCAGAUGGCCUCUAGAGGUGCUUCCUUGCUGCACAGUGUGCAGCACCUAUGUUAAUGCUCCCCAUAGGGAUGCAUUGAUUCAAGUUGAUUGGCGUGGUGUUUUGCCACGCAUGCGCAAUAGUCUCCCAAUGCUUUGCUAUGGAGAAGCAUUGGAUUGGCUGAGAUUGUUAAGAUUGAUGAUCUCAGCCAUGGAGGUUUGAAAAGUGACGGUAUCACCACCAUGGUGUAGGAAAAAGGUGAGUAAAAACACCUUUCCCAUGUAAUUGGAGGAGGCAUGGUCAACACCUCUCCCCCUCUAAAACACUCACAAAUGAUUUGUUUUGUUUUAAUGUGUCCACACAACUUAUCUAAGUUUGGGAGAGCUGAAGUGUAUCAGUUUCCCUUGGGUCCAGUGUGGCUUCUGUCCUUUCCCUUUUGGAUAUUUAGUGAUGUGGUGCCGGACUAACGUCAUAUUCUGGUUCCCGGCAUCACUGUAGGGCGUGCGAGGGAGCAGAGCAGGGAAAUGACUGCUCCCUCACCGCCUCUGCGCUCAUUCGACCACCCGCCAGCCUGCUUCCCUCAGCUCUCCUUAAGCCCAGCCCAGCCUGCUUCCAGCCCAUAGCUCUCCAUGAACCGCGCCUGCCUCUGUUCUCAGGCAGCCGGUCAACUAGGGGCCUGAAUGGGCUCACAAAUCCCUUGGGUGUCUGGGAUUUGUCAAGCCCUGGUUUAUUAGAUGCUCUAACCAUUCUGUGAAUGGGCCUGUGAACCUCAUUUGCCCAACCAUGCAUGUGGACUGUAGUCUCUCUCCCAGAGCUGGCUCAUGAAGUGGAAAUUUGAAAAGCAUUUCUCAGUCAUGCCUGUGUUUGGCAACAACAACAACUAGAGGUUUAUGGCUGGGGGCACUCUAGCGGUAGGAAUACACUUUUGUAUACCCAACGCUUUAGUGUUCCUUUCAAUUCUCAUUUUCGUAAAUAAUCCUGUUAGUAAUUUCUCAUUUGACUGAUAGCCAAUGUCUGUCUAAUUGCUGCUUGUGUUUUCUCAUUCACAUGAUUGGGAACUGCUCAAGCAAGGCCUUCUUUGAAUUCACCGUUACUGCGGCUUUCUUUUUGUUUUGCUGAGGCUCACAUAAGAUUCUCUGUUUGUUUAUUCUUUAGGACAAUAUAGAGAAUCCCUUUUGUGUAACUUUUUUUUUUUAUUUUCCUCUGUUUUUUUUUUUGUUUUGCCUCUUUUUGAGAAUUUCUCUUUGCUUUUUAAGACCUGGUCUUUUGCAGGGACAAUGACUCUUUUUGUAUAUAGAAAGGAUGCUUCUUUUAUAUAGGCCUGCAAGUUAAAUGAAACAAAAGGUUCAGAAGGCCACCUGUUUGAAUUGUAGAAUGAACUUAAUGGGAUGUAUUGUUACUUAAUAUUCAUAUCAAUAAAACGUAUGAUUCAAUCUGGGUUUAUUUAUAUAUGGCUUGUGAUGAAAAUGCUGAAAGAUGGACGACGUUAUCCCAAGAGUUCAUGGUCACAUUGCAGUGUAGUGGUUAUGGUGCCAGGAGUGUCUUAGUGCUCCCCUAUUGUAAGUAGUCAAACACUUUUAGAAUGACUUGAAUUUCCUUCUUGAGGUCAACCAUCUGCUAGGACUUGGCUCUUUGGCUGACAGUGAUCAGUGCACACCCUCUGCCAAUGAGUUAUCCCCGUUGCACGGCAAAGCUCAUCAUUGAUAAUGUAAACUCCUGCUUAGGACUUUCCUGCUAUCUAUCAGAAGUCGUGGUUGUGAGGAGCGGUGCCUGACGGUCCAUAGUUGAGCAGUUAAACCCACAGAGCUUUAACUACUUAUGGUUGUGGUGGUGCGGGGUGGAGUGAGUGUACUAAUUACUGUGCUUGGAGUAUUUGUUUAAUAAGAAUCCAUUAACUUUGGAACCAGCAAUGUUACGAACGCUUUGAGAGACAACUCCCCUCCCACACAUUUCACUGGUAGAAGGGCAAUUUGUCUUUUAUGCAUGGCUCUCACCUGCUGUGUAGCAAGCCAUUCGCAGUGUAUCAGUGAUCAAUUGGCAUGGCACUUCCUUCAUUAUCGACAAUCUAUCUGUUGGAGAGGCUGUAUUAGUUAUUGUUCCCAUUUCAGAUUAUAAUAAAUAUAUAAAAAUUUUUUGUUUUUUUUUGCUUAGACAUGGUUUAUUAUAAUAUGUCUGGGUGUCUAUCUAGUAGUCUGUCUGUUGUUGGGGAUGUCAGACUGAGCAUCCAGGGAUCCUUCAAUUUAGCCCAUUAUAUAUCUUUUUUUUUUUUUUUGGUUCCCUCUUGUGUUAAGUAUGCAGUAUGGGAAGAAGCGACCUCUCUUGGUUGGUGUCACAGCCUUCGAUCACCCAGCAGCAAGCGACAUGACUUUCCAUAAUGUUUGACAGGCAGAUGAAUGCUCUGCUUUUACUGUAGUGGCAAAGUGAUUCAAGAUGCCAUCUGUCUCAUAUUUGAGUCUGUAAGUCCACAGAAAGGAGACUAAAACAAGGAUAACUCUAGUGUUAGUGUGUGGGUUUUGAAAUCAUUUAUUUCUUGCUUUCACUUAUUCGAGGACUAAAAAUAUUUUACCUUCAUCCCUUUCAACUUUUGAUCCCUGAUGCUAAAUAAAAUAUUAUGCUGACUCCCUUAACUCCUCAUCUUUGUGAAUCACUGUCAUGUGUACUCAUCUGCUUAUCUAAUUAAAUUCCUUCUCACUUUCACACAUAUAUUACCUUUUUAUUUUCACUUGCAGAUCUAGAUCUCCCAUAUGUUGGCUUCUGGGAGAUUUAUGUUUCUUUAUUCUUUACCUAUAAUUACUUUUUUUGUAAUAACCUACAACAAAUUAGUGGCACUUUUUUUUUUUUUUUUUUAAAGCUGCCCUUCAAGAGAACUUGUCCACUUUCCGUCCACUUUUGUGUCAAAUCAUUUUCUACCAUGUUGUCAAAAACAUGUGGUUCUCCUGGCGCUUUAAUGGAGGCCCCACUGCUGAUGUAACAUUUGAAUUGGGCCACUGAUAGACUGAGAGAAGUGGUCUAAUCACCCCCCUCAACACACACCGUCCCUCCCACACAAAGCAGUGGUUCAUGCUUAGCAUGUCCCUUUAACAAGUUCUUAAAUAUUAAAAUGUUAAAGUGCUGAAGUGGUUAUAUGAUGCUAGGAGUACCUUGACUUGGGUCCCCAGUAAUGGGGAAAACCAUUUAGUAAUCAUGGUGCUUGGAAUAACCCUUAAGUAUACAACUUCCUAGCACAAUGUAUACCGAUAUCAUGUAUGUUUUAGUUUUUAAAUUUGCUUGUAAACUUUUUCAUCCAAAAUGGUUUAAAAAAUAAAUUUAUAAAAAUAGUUCUGCGCACCUGCUUUUGUGUGCUGAGAUACCAUCAUUGACUGUACUGCACUAACCAUUAGGUCAUUACAAAAUUCACAUACAUUUGCUUGGAACAUACUUAAAGCACAGUGUAGUCCAGCUUGUGUUUGGUGUGCUCAAUUUCAAUGGUGCAUAUAAAAAAAAAAAAUUAAAAAAAAUCCUCACUUUUUGACCAUUCCGAUUGUGCUGAAUCUUCCCAAAGAUGUAAUACAAAUGAACACCUAGUAUGCAUAAAUUCUGAUGUCAGUGAGUUCAUAUAUGCUGUGAUGCAGUUUCUCUCCUCCCCCCCCCACUAAUUAUAUAUAUAUAUAUAUAUAUAUACACACACACACACACACACACACACUCUGAAGAAGCCCACUUAACAUGCUAUCUGGGUGGCAGGAGAGGGUAGGGUCUGUGUUUUGAAAAGUUAGUGUGUCAGGGUGUUGGCUUUUUUUGGAUGAUCAUCCGCAGUACAUGUGUACACAUGAAAAAGGGAAGGAGAGACUUGCGUCGCUGCUACUAGGAAAUCUGUUUAGCUGGCCUGGAAAAUACAUUUUUGAUUUUGUAAGUAAAAGCCGCUCACUUACAUAAAAUGAGGCAUUCCUGUAGAGGACAAGCACAAUAAACUUUUUUUUAGAACUUUUUUUUUUUUGGUUCCUUCUCUAAGGGACUCGGGUCACUAGUUACACCUUGUUGUAUGUAACCAUCUGUGCAGCUUAUAAAUAGAUGAACAAUAUAACAGAAACACUUUGGCGCUAGACCAUUAUUGCAACCAUCCCUAUUGCCAAUGAUUACCCACCUAGGCUCACAUUUAAAGAAUAAAAUAGAGGGUGCAAUCACUGAGCAUAAAUAAAUAUCACCAUGAAAACAAACUGUGAUACUUAUACAGACAAAUUUAGAUUGAAAGCCGAUUAAACAUAACAGCUUGAAUCUGUAUAAGAAGCAUAAAAUCUAACACUCUCCAUGGUAUUUUCAGAUUUUCUGUGAUUAAUUAGAAAUGGCACAUAACUGCUCACAUUUCCCAGAGCCUCAUAUAGCAGGCUCUGGCUGAGAUCACAUUGUUUUUGGUCUUUUAUGUAGUCUCACCAACCUCUUCUGCCUCCACAGUCUGAACAAAAAGCAGGAACUCAGACUCAUAUAAACAGGUAGACUUUAAUCAUUUAAAAUCGUAGCAAGAUAAAAUAAAACGUAGCAUAUAAAAAGCUAGCAAGCACAACGUGUUUCGACAAAGUUAGUCUUUUAUCAGGUGCAUGUCAGUCCAUUCUAUUCCUCUGUAUCUAAGUAUGGCGUCUGAAAGUUAAAUAUUGCGCCAUUUUUGUUAUCCCCCAUUCGCACAUGCGCACAUACUUCAGAAUGCCGCCCUCUGAAGUCCUGAGCACACUACCGCGAGCUGAGCUGACUGACAGCUCAGCUCGCGGUCUUUGCCCGCCCCCUCCCCUCUGCUGACAGGCAGGAGAGAGAAGGCGCGCACACAGUGCCUUCUCUCUCCUGCACACGUCAGACGUAUCUUAAUAUGUCUGACGUGUACAAGGCUUUUUUAGGGCCCUACAUGAUAGGAAGUCCUUCUGGUGGCCGUCUGAGUGACGGCCACUGGAGGUAUUCCUAUCAAUCAAUGUAAACACUGUAUUUUCUCUGAAAAAUACAGUUUUUACACUAGAUUGCCUGCAGGGAGCUAUAGAUCUCACCUGAACAAAUACAUUAAGCUGUAGUUGUUCAGGUGACUAUAGUGUCCCUUUUAAAGAAAAAUAAUUAUUUUAGCUGCCCUCUACUAUUCUUUCUAACUGCCACACUUUUCUUUAAAUGCCUGAAGUUUUACUGCCACCUUGAUGUGUGUUUUGGGGUAUGAUGCAAAUUUGGGUAGUUGGGUAGCAUUUGAAUAGUUUCUGCCAUUUGUCUCUGUAUAUUCUCUCAAGCUUUGUCAGGUUAGUGAGUACAGUCUUUGGAGAGCAAUUUUUAGGUCUUUCGAGAGUUUCUCAAUUGGGUUAGGGUCCAGGCCAAGUUUCCAUUAAGGAUAUCUCAGUAUUUUGCGGUGUUCAACUUUUUCUCAGUCCUCCCAGUCCAUGCCACUUAAAAACAUCCCCAAAGCAAGAUGUUGUCACCAUCAGAAUUACAAUUGGGAUGAGAAAUGCUUGGUUUCCUUCAGACAACAGAACUUUAAACUGUUAAUCUUUUAAAUGUUUCAUCAGACCAGAUAAUCUUGUUUCUGAAAUUCUGAGAAUCCUAGUUGCUUUCAUGUGCCUUGCAGUGAGGAGAGGCUUGUGUCCGUCCAGUUUGCAAUAAUAAUUUUCCCAUCUCCACACAUGAGCUUAGACGCCUAUCCAGAUUCACCAUCAAGUUGUCGGUCACCUUUUACCAAGACCCUUCUCUCCUGACUGCUCAGUUUGGCCAGGUGACCAGCUGGUUGUCUCACAUCUUUUAAUAUUUAUGUAGGCCACUGCUCAUGGGAACCUUUUAAUGUGUGUGUGUGUGUGUGUGUGUGUAUAUAUGUGUGUGUGUGUGUGUGUGUGUGUGUAUAUAUAUAAAAUUUUUAAGCUGCUGUGUACUGUAAUCAUUGAUGCCGCCCAGGAGUAGUUUGAACGCAGGGCUUAAUUUUGUAUGUUUGUAGUGAGGUCAAUUUCCCAUCAGUCUAUUAUCACUAUCCCAAUCUCUGUAUUGUGUGUUACAACAUAAAAGGGUACCUAUAAUAAAAUAAAGUGUUCUGAAUGGGACCAAGCCUUUGUUUGCCUCUCCCCGUUCCCAUCCCAGGAAUCCUCCAAGAGAGAGGGAGGCUGGCCCUUCCUCCUGAAAAACCACUAAGGUCAUUCAAGUACAGUCAGAAGCAUGACAUGGCUAUAUCCUUGGCAGGGAGGAAAAAAUAAAAAUUUAGGAUGGGGGAAGAGAGGGGUAAGCUUCAGUGAUUGGGUCCCGCUUUCCCUCCACCUGCGCAAUGCAAACAAUAUCUCAUACUUGCCAAUUUGGAGAUGCUCUGACCCAGUCAUCUUGCCAUCACUAUCUGUCCUUUGAGAAAAUCACUCAGAUCUUUUCACUUGCCCAUUUUUCCCGCUUCCAACAUAUGAAAUUCAAGAACUGACUGUAUACUUGUUGCCUAAAAUAUAUCCCACCCCUAGAUCGGUUCCAUUGUAACUAUAUAAUCAGUUAUUCACUUCACCUGUUAGUGAUUUUAAUGUUGUGGCUGAUCAGUGUAUAUACAUAAUGUUAUCUUGCCGUCCAUAAUGCUCAAUAUGGAAUCAGAGUAGCCUCUCUCUGAAUUGGACAUUCGUUUUUAUAGAUUCUAUCGUCCUCCACCAGAUUAUUAGUUUAAGGGGAAUAGUUGAGGAUUUCUAUCGAGGGACUAAGAGGAAUAACAAUUAGAAUGUGGGUAAUCACUGCAGUUAAGUGUCUUAGAAUGUUUGAAGAGAUCACUUUGAAUAGUAUGGGAAGUUCUCAUGUGAAAUGUAAUUCUAGUGUUGAAGACUGCACUCUAACUAAACCAGCCAUCUAUUCCUGAAAGUGGGAAUUAGGUUAUUCCUUGGUACCGUGCACUUCUUUUUCCUAUGUGUCUGGUGCUGUCGGCUCAGCCUGUAUCUGAUUUUUAUGCUAACAGGAGACUGGGAAGGAAGUAAGAAGCUUUGUUGCUCCCAUCACUCAGUGACAGCCUGAGUAACAUCCUAUUACAUGACGUGCUUCCUCUCAUGCCUUGUGGAGGCAUAAUGUAAAGGAAUGAAAUCAAUUGCACUAUUCCUAUCUGUCUGCUGUUAAUAAAGUAAUAUCCAGCCUUAUUUAUUAAGCAGGAACAGUCACUAACUAGGGUUUUUAAUGUUUCUCUACUUAUUCCAUAUAUUUAACCCUUUAAAGGGAUACUAUAGUCACGAGAACCACUACAGCUUAAUGUAGUGGUUCUGUUGUCUAUAGCCUGUCCCUGCAGUGUUAGCACUGUAAACACUGCCUUGUCAGAAAAAGGGAAGUGUUUACAUUGAUGCUCAGUAACACAUCUUGUGGCAGUCACUCUGAAGGCUUUCGUUUAGCGUCUUCACGUUCUCCAAAGAGAUUCAAUGCAUCUCUAUGAGGGGAUGCUGAUUGGCCCAGCGGUUUGCUGGGAAAGCAUCGGGUGGGCUAAGAUCGUUAAGAUUGAGGAUCCCUGCCAUGAAGGAGGGGACAGCCACGGCGAGACUGGUGCGGCUGUGGAGAAAAGGUACGUUUGAACAUUUUCAUCUUCACUGGAAGAGGAGCAGGACACCUAAACAGUGAUUCUUGCACUAUGUAUUUACAUAUUUACCUAGUUUUCACUUAAUGUGCCACUGUCUUCUCCAUCUGAAAAAUUAGAUAAUCUUUAUGAAAUACUCAUAUUGACUGUGUUAGAAUUUCACUGAAAUUCAAACCCAGUCAAUAGAUAAACUGAGUGAAAGUAGUAUAUUUCCUAUGUUUGACAUUUCUAGACACUGGGUGGAGCUACCACCAACUAGAAGUGUCAAUCCCCCAACCCACACCAGUGGAUCCUCAGACUGAGUGCAUGCACAAGAAUUCAGCAGUGACACUUGUUCCGUGAGGAACAGGUUCGAAUAAUAUCUCACUUUUACCUGCCCCCUGACAUCUGCAAUAUCACGGUGACCGUACUGCUUUAAGGACCAAAGUAAUUUUUGUUGUGUGUGUUUAACUGCAAUUUCCAGCCUUUUCAUUUAUUACAUCACAUAUUAUAUGCCUGUUUUUAAAGGACAAAAAGGACUUUAAUUUGAUUUUCCAUAUACAUUCUCAUUUAUUAUUAAAAACAUUUUCUUUAAACAAUUUGGGGGAAAUACUCCCCGCCCCCUCCGCCUCCCCUCAUACAGGUUUAGCAAUACAAAUGUCUGCAUAAUUAGUGCAGCUUACUAAAAGUUAUUAGAAAUAAGUGAAUUUAUUUUAUGAUAUUCAGAGUACAUCAUAUGUGUAGGAUUUGUUUAUUUUUGGUUGUUACAGGUCACACAAUACAAGGAGUAAAAAACUAAAUUUCAACAUGGAGUGAUUUAAGAAUGUUGUAUGAUUGCCUUGUAAGUGUAAUAGUCAUCACAAGUAAUAAAAAAAUAAAAAUUUCAAAUUAAAAUUACAGUGGGGGGCGUGGGGGGAGAAGGAGAAUCUUUCUUCCCAGGAUGGGCACAUAAAAUAAUAUUUAUUGGUAACUGUGACACAACAAACACAUCUGUUUCGGCCAGUAGGACUAAUCAUGUAUGACGUUGACAACUUUCCCUUCCCCCCCCCCCCAGCUAUAGUUCCAUAGUUUUAAUUUUAAACAAUGUACUCGAAAGUUACAAUAUGUCAAUCAAAUCCCCAUUGUCCUCCUGGUGAGCAUGUCUGUAAUAUUAAAAAAAUAAAAAAUAAAAAAUUUUUUAUUAAAAAUAUUAAUCUGGAAAGCAAGUAAAAACAAGAUAAAUGUUCAAUUGGAGAUGCCAAAAGUAUAUCCAAUAUCUGCAGCUUGGUGAAAUUGGUAGCCAUAAUUCCUCAAUCAUCAGAAAGGGAAACUGUAGAGAAAGUGGUAACGUCCAUCUUGAGAGUUCUCUUACUGCACAUUAAAGGACUAUAGUUAUUUUGAAAGUAUUUUUCAAUAUAAUCAUUUUUUAUUUUUUUUUAUUAAGUUUUGAAAAGAAAUCGAUUAAGCAUAAGUGAACAUAACCCAUCCCUUCCUUUUAGUAUGCGAUGGAACCCUUCAUGGACCCUGGGUCCGUGUUUGAAAACCGUCUCUAUAGUCCUCCCUGCUUGGCCUAUGGAGACUGUCAGUUUUCAAACACUGUCGGACCCAAGGUGCUUGUAUAUGGAUGAAGGAUCCUGUCGUAUAAUUAAGGUAUGUGUGUUGUUGUUCUGUGUAGAACUAGUUUGUGCUCAAUCACCGGUCUCUUCCUUUGCAGUGUUCAGUUCAGGGAGGAGAAAGUGGAUCAAUAUGCUACUCUUGCACACAAACUCACCUUUCUAACAUUCUUCUUGGUGUCCUGAAUUAUUUUCUUUAGGAAACAGGUUGGAUUUCCAAAUAUAAAGUUUUGUACCCAAACUUUAUAUUUCACACCUCACAAAUACAUUUUUGUUUAAACACAGGGAUAAGUAAACACAAUAUUAAACAUAUUUGCAAGUGGUAUUUCACUUUAAGACUAUGAAAGUUAAAUAAAAUAAAAUCAGUUCAAGGUUUGCAAGUAGUUGUGAAACUCCUAACUGGUGUUCUGAUUCCUCUUUUAGACCACCAUAUAUUUUUUUCAUGUUCCCUCUUAUAAAACGCAGUUUAAAUCAAAUAUGUCAAUUUCUGGGCUUUUUACAUAUUUCGUAAAGACUCCUGAAAAGGGCAGAUCCAUUGUGGUUACAGUAAACGCAGGGUGCAGGUGAGGUACGUUUUACUUACACCAGGCCGUCCCUUGCGGUUGCCACCCUCUUCAUGCUGCAGGUCUCUUUUUUGGCUCCUGGCACUUCAGACUAGUAAACAGAAAGCUAAGCUAACCUAAAAGUAGAUCGCUUAAUUUCUGAAUUUCUGUCUGAUGCUCACGCUUUUGCUGAUAUACAUCCUGUGUGGUUUAAAAUCUUAAAAAUAUUAAGUAAGAAAAAGAUUCCAAUAGAUUAUGCUACUCUGCACAUGCAGAUGUUUGUUCCACAUCAUUUAGUGGUAGUAAGCCAAGCAAUGUGUAAGGUUUGUUUUGGAACAGACAGAACUUCAAUACACAGAAAACUGGAGAAUCCACAAUUACUCAUUUCCUUUUAAAGAGGACCUUUGACUGAAAAACUAGAAUUAUUUUAAUUUUUGAAUUAUUUAUUUUGUGCAUGCCUUUCCUAUGCUAUGUAAUGCAUGGACAAAAGUACCUCUCCUUGCAGUUAUUAUAGAAUUCUAGUCCUGUCUCUAGCAAAUGUUUUCUCUAGCAGGUUCAUGUAAUUCUGAUGAUGAUCUGCAAACGUUCCAAAAUUAGAGGAUAUCUGUGGCUGGCAUGACAGAAGUCAGUGUGUCACACCAAAAGGAGUUGUUUGCCACUAACCAAUUUUAGUUUACUAAUAUACAGCCUUUAUUGCUUUUUUACAUUUUUUUUUAAAAUUUUUUAUUCUUUAUUUUUGUUCUGUAUGUAGUUACAAACAGACUUGCAGAGCCUCGACAGCUAUAGCAAACAAUUCAAAAGGCAUAGUAAUACAAUUGUAUGGCAUAGCGUUAAUAAUGCACAUUUUUAAUAAUUAUGGCAAGAAAAGAGAAUACAGUACUUGGCGUUAAAACCCCAAAUAAAUGAACCAGGUUAAGCAUAUGCACGGAGUAGCUUAGAAACAACAUAAUGUACCACCAGAUAGGGUGGUUGUUAAAUUGCUAAAUGUAGUAAAGAAAACAAGCUAGGUUAGUCUUUAUCAGAGUAAUUUGCACAUAGAUUUUGCAUUGUGUACAUAAUGGAAGAAUAAACAAGCUGCAGCAAAAUGUCUAAGAUGCAGACAAAACAAUGCUAUGAAUCAAGCUAAAACAUUCUAGACAUGUAUAUAAUAUGUUGGAGAGAUAGGAACUCGAUGACUGCUGACCAGCCAGUAUCCCACCCCACAGGACCCCAUAGGUGAAUAAAGAUCCACAAUGCUCAGUAGUAAAUAGCCCACUGUGUUCUCUGCCAGGAAGUAAAAAACAUGUAUCAAGCACAGUAGAAAAUCGAGCGGCUAGACAAGCAAGGCCAUGUUUAGGCCAAAGUCAGCCAAUACCUGCGACAGGCAAGGUAGUGUCCCAUAAGUCAGCGUGGGUUUGUCAGUCCGGUAGUUUGAGAGCUGUGGGUGUGAAGUCAGGAAAACUGUGCAGCCUCUCUGGCUCCCUCUGUGCACCUAUUCUUCUGUCUGCUGCCCGCUUAAGAAUCUUAGGGCUUGCUCCCUGUAACCCUGGAGCAGGCCUGGUCACAGCCCGUCUCGAGUUCUGCAUUCUCCGCCUGAGGCGCAUUUUCCGUGAGUCGGUAGCCACAGGUUGAGCCCGAGGAUGACUAGUAGAUUUCCCCGGUGAGCGGGUUAGCAGGUUUUGUGGGGCGGUGUAGGUUCUGCCAGAAUGCUUCAAAAAUGCUGUCCAGUCUUGAGAGAGCUCUGGCCAGCACUCCUUGAAGAUCACUGUGACAUGUGGCGUCCGCCAUUGCUAGUGUGCCAUUGAAGGUGCCCUUGCUGGUCUCUGCAGGCUGAUUGCGGUGGAGGGCAUAUUGCUGGCAAUCAGUCACCGCAGCACAAAUAGAGUGUGCCAGGAUAACCCCCACCGGCAGGGGGGGGCAGAGAUGGAAGGAGAGACUGUACCCCCCCCCCCCGGUACUGUGAGUAGGCCUCACAUCUGCUCCCAAUAACAGCCACCGAUCUCGACUGCCGUGAUCGCCCUCUGUUUCCUGGAGAGGUCAAUAGUAGAAAUUCAGGCAUAAAACUAGUGAUUUAGGCUGCUUUAGCACUUUUUCCCUAGAUCCCACAAGAUAUGCGGCUGGUCUGCUUUGCUGUCAGGCUCCCCUUAUCCCCCAGCUUUUUCUAAAUCUUCAAUCUUAACCCUUUUGGAUUUAUCUUGAGCUCAUUUUGCAGGCCCCACUUCAGUCUUGUUCCUUGCCUAGAUGAGGUUAGCCUCUCAUCCUUUUGUAAGUUGCUGUUUACAGUGCAUCUGCAGGUACUUCUUUAGUGUGUAGGGGUAGUGUCUAGGGUAACCUGCUGUGAUUUGAUGGAUUGCACUAUUAACUGAGCCAAGUUAAUGAUGUAAAUCCUUGUGGUGUAGGUUCUCAAUUUAUGGCCAGCAUGUUUCUGGCCGCAAGAGACCAGGAAUAUAUCCGCGGAAGAGUGGCCAGUCUUCCUCCAGAGAUUGAUUGAUCCCGCCCCCCCCCUUUCUGUUACAUUUGUGUGACAUGAGGGAUGGGGUGUCAUUUAUUGCUGUGGGGGUGUAUUCCUGUGCAGUGUCAUUUGUGGUUAGUAGCUACCAUGUGUAGUACUGCCAUGCAUAUUGCCAGGAAAGUAAGCAUCAGGUACAAUCAAGUUUACGCUUUCCUUUUUGAAGAUUCAUGUAUCAAGUGUUUUUUGUUUGUUUAAUUGAUGAGUGGCUCAAAGAUGUAGCUUCUAGGUGGCUGGGAUAAGCCUAAAAUACACAUGUAUUGUUUUGGUGCUGCUGCAGUGCAAGUUUCCUCCUCCUGGUUAUUCAAAGUAAGGUGUAGUUGUGCAAAAGUCUGAGUUUACUCUGGGUCACUUCUCUGCAUCCUCUUCUGUCACGUGAAACAAGUUAUUCCCUCGUCACAAAAUUCUGACUUGUUUCUCUAGCCGUGGCUAAGGGGAGUUCUGUUUAAAAGCUGAUGCUAAUCUUUUCUUCUCCCACACUCUAUACCAUCAUACCUCUUCACACUAGUCCAAAUCUUGUGACAUACACAUGAUGUAUAAAUCUACUACAGUUUACUAUUGACUCUUACAGGUUUUCCUGCAUCAUCACAGGAGUCACCAUGUUAACAGGCUACACAGAGUUCAGAGGGAAACUUGUCAUAUGACCCCCUAACGAAUUAUAUAUAUAUAUAUAUAUAUAUAUAUACUUCUAACACCGCUUUUACACUAUAAGGUAGAGCCGGCACAGGAUACAAUCUGCACCAUAAACUUUUCAAUCAUUCUUCAGUGUUUACAUUCCUUAAAAGGUUACUCCAACUCAAAAAAAGUGUUUUUAAGAAAACACUUGCUUUGGUCAGAGUAACUCUUCCUAUUCUGGUCCCCCCCCAAAAAAAUAACGAGGAAAAAAUGACUAAAACACACCUCCAUUCCAGCACCAAGGCCACGUUCUCUCUUAGUCUGAGGUGAGGACCAGGCUGGCAUGGUGCAAGGAGCUGUGCAGCCAUGCGCUUUGUCGCCAGCAUGCUAUGGCUCCUGGCGACAGAUUCCAAACAUGUCCAAAAGUGCAUUAGCCACCAGGAAAAUGUGUUAAAUUCUGUACUCUUAGUGAAAUGCUGCACGCAUGGACUCCAGGCACCAUGGCCACUUACAAUAACUGAAGUGGUCAUGGUGCAUAGAGUAACCUUAUAAUUUGUGAGGGGAAAAAAUUCUUACCCCGAUGCACUGUUAAUAGCUUGCUAGACCUUUCAAGAGCUUCCUGUAUGUGUGAUUUUAAGAUUCAAUUUACAGAGCAUGAGAUAAAAACUUCAAAAAGUAAAAUCUAAAAUGGAAACAAAUAUUUUUUUUUCCCCCCCAAUGCAGGCUGCGUCAGUCACAGACAGGGGAGAUGUGGCUAGCGCUACAUAAACCGAAACAAAAGUGACUUAACUCCUAAAUGGCAGAAAAUUAAGCAGUGAAACCUCAGAGGCAUGGUCUAUACACACAAACUGCUUCAUUAAGCUAAAGUUGUUUUAGUGAUUAUAUUGUCCCUUUAACUUGAUAAAGUAGUUUUGCAGAUGGCCCCUGCCGCCUUAAUUCUCUGCCUUUUAGGAAUGAAAUCACCUUGUUUUAGCAGUUCUAUCUCACCUUCCUUGGGUUAGACCCACACAGUGCUUAAAAUAUCCCUGUAAAGGAGCACUUCGGUAACCAAAACAACUUCAUCUAAAUUAAGUUGUUGUGGUGCCAGGAGGUCUCCAGACACGCUCUUUAAUGCGUUAAAACAGUGGUAGGCAACCUUCAGAUGUUGUGGACUUAAUGUUCUUACAGGAAUAAUGAUGGCAAAGCAUUCAUGUGAGAUGUAGUCCACAUCAUCUGUGCCAAAAAUUGCCUACACCUGGGUUAAACCAUUCUUGAACGGUUUAACCCCAAAGGCAGCCUCCUUUAAUUAAGCUAUUUUGCGAUUACUGAAUUAUUUAUCCCAUAAAUUUCUACUUCCCAGUGGUUUAUGGGUUGUGCACAAAACUCCCAGUGAAAACACUGGGGUGAUGACGUCUGACUUGGAAAACUCUGCCACCUCCUGGUCUCUUUAGACAGAGUGGAUGUAUCGCACGUGGUAAAUGGAGCAUUUCAGAAGUAAAUAUAUUCUCUUUAUUCUGUAUCAUAACUUUUGUUUGUGACAGUUUUCACGGUCUCUCCUUUAACCACUUAAGGACAUGUGACAUGUCAUGAUUCCCUUUUAUUCCAGAAGUUUGGUCCUUAAGGGGUUAAGUGAGUAAUUAACAGUUGGACUGUUACAUUUAAAAACUUUGCUUUUCCUUGUCGGCUUAUGACAAAAUUUGGUUCCUAUAGGACUCCUAUAUAUUAUCACAGCUUGUGGAUGGUGUUUUUUUUUUUUGUGCCUCAAGGGGAUCCACUUUCGUGCCCAUCUACCUAUCUGCCUUUUACUUUUGUGAUGUAGUAACUAUUGGCUGAUUUUGGUUAAACUAUAGCUUUUUAAACAGGGUUCAAAUCUGAUGUGUUCGGUUUUGGUAACAUAAGUGUCAUUCUUUAAACUGAAGUUGAACUGUCUUCAGCUGUUUUUUCAAAAAAAGUUUAACAAGUAUGCUAAUAAUCGAUGGCAAUACAGUUUUGACAAUCCAAAAGCUCACAAAAAUCACGACUUUUGAGGGAUGAUUCUGUCUCGUUUCAGCUCCUUGUAUUAUUGUUCCUUAUCUAUUUAUUUUAGCAGUCUGGUUUCCAUGCUGGUACACACUUCUUCCAGCCAUGUUUACAGCAGAGCUAUGUUCAUGUAUUUUAGCGUGUUUACAGCAGAGCUCUGUUCAUGUAUUUUAGAGUGUUGGAUAUCGUCUAGAUUGUAAUAGGAAUAGUGUGUAUAUAUUAUUAUUUUUUUUUUAGGUUAAUACAUUGUUUUUUGAGGAAGACCCAAAUGGGUUGAAACGUAGAUCAGAUGGAUGUAAACUUUUAUAUGGAUUAAAGUACCACUUCACUUUAUAAAGACCACAGAGUGCAUCUCUUUUUUUCAAAUUUUAUAUAUAUUUUGGCACCCAUUUUACAUUGAGCAUUGCCACUUUACUUUGGUUCCUAAGUAAUAUGUCCGACAAAGCCAUACUCUGUACCGUAAAAUGAAAUAUUAGGGUUUAUAUAGCCCUCUUAAAGGGAUACUCUAGUGCCAGGAAUACAAAGCUGUAUUCCUGGCACUAUAGAUUCUGUGCCCCUCCUCCCCCCCUUAAAACUUACCUUAUCAGAGUGCUGAUUUCCUCGGCACUGGGUUAUGGCUCCACCUAUUUUAAUGUUACGGCCGAGGAGGCGCUAAUGCGCAUGCCUGGCGAGUAACACACACAUUAGGUCCGCCCCAUAGAAAAGCAUUAAAUCAAUGCAUCCCUAUGGGGAAAGGUCCGAAGCUGGACUCCAGAGCAAAGGAGUGAAAGUAUGCAGCUCAUCAUCGAUCUAAUGGAUGGUAAAGGACACAUGGCUUUCCAUGGUUGCUUUGGAUUACACUUAUAUUUUUUUUUUUUUUUUCAUGUAUAGCAGAGGGUCACUGCAUUCCUAGUGACAAACUAUGUAGUGCUUUACAUUUACUGAUUAGUAGGUACAUGUCUGUUCGAAUAGUUGUAUGAUGCAUGUUUUUUUUUUUUUCUUUUCUUGUUUUUUCUCCAGGUAUCUUUCUGUUUACACCAUCUCCGUUUUUGACUUGUCUUGAACCAAAACGUUUUAGAAUGCAGAUAAAGGAAGAUAUAAAUCCGAUUCUUCUCUACCUCUUGCACUUCUUUAUGUGGCUGUAUGGCGUUAUCACAUUCGUGCCCUGGUUCCUGAUUUCUGGUGCAAGAGAGCGUCAGAAGCGUGCAAAGCGAAUAAAAGCCAAACCUCUAGCAGAACAUCCUGGCAGUCCGUACAGAUCUGUUGACAGUUUCCAUACUUUGGCAUCCUCCAUUUACCCAGGCUGCGAUACUCUGGACAAGGUCUUCAAACAAGCUACGGACAAUUUUAAAACCAAUCAUUGUCUAGGAACUAGAGAGGUACUGAAUGAGGAGGAUGAAGUCCAGCCUAAUGGGAAGGUGUUUAAAAAGGUGGGUGAACUGCUUUCAGUAGUAGACAGAUGUGUGAGUGUAUGUAUGUACUGAACAAAACUAUAAAGGCAACACUUGUUUUUGCCCCCAUUUUUCAUGAGCUGAACUCAAAGAUUCAAGACUUUUUCUAUGUACACAAAAGGCCUAAUUCUCUCAAAUAUUGUUCCUUUGUCGAGAUAAUCCAUUCACCUCACAGGUGUGAAAUAUCAAGAUGCUGGUUAGACAGCAUGAUUAUUGCAAAGGUUUGCCUUGUGCUGGCCACAAUAAAAGCAAGCCUACUCUAAUAUGUGAAGUGUUACUGUAUUGGAGGGAUCUGGGGGGUUCAAAAACCAGUCCGUAUCUGGUGUGACCAUUUGCCUCACGCAGUGCAACACAUCUCCUUCGCAUAGAGUUGGAUCAGGUUCUUGAUUGUGGUCUGUGGAAUGUCGGUCCACUGCUCUUCAAUGGCUGUGUGAAGUUGCUGGAUAUUGGCAGGACCUGGAACACACUGAUGUAUACGCCGAUCCAGAGCAUCCCAAACAUGCUCAAUGGGUGACGUGUCCGGUGAGUAUACUGGCCAUGCAAUUCCUGCUUCCAGGAAUUGUGUACAGAUCCUUGCAACAGGGGGCCGUGCAUUAUCAUGCUGCAACAUGAGUUGAUGGUUGUCGUGAAUGAAUGGCACAACAAUGGGCCUCAGAAUCUCAUCACAUCUCUGUGCAUUCAAAAUGCCAUCAAUAAAAUGCACCUGUGUUCGUUGUCCAUACCAUAACCCCACCACCACCAUAGACCACUCGAUCCACAACGUUGACAUCAGCAAACUGCCAUACAUGCUAUCUGCCCUGGACAGUGAAAACCAGGAUUCAUCCAUAAAGAGAACACCUCUCCAAAGUGCCAGACGCCAUCGAAUGUGAGCAUUUACCCACUCAUCCGGCUGGAUGUACUGCCAAAUUCUCUGAAACGCCAUUGGAGACUGCUUAUGGUAGAGAAACUUAGAAACAUAGAAUGUGACGGCAGAUAAGAACCAUUCGGCCCAUCUAGUCUGCCCAAUUUUGUAAAUACUUUAAUUAGUCCCUGGCCUUAUCUUAUAGUUAGGAUAGCCUUAUGCCUAUCCCACGCAUGCUUAAACUCCUUUACUGUGUUAACCUCUACCACUUCAGCUGGAAGGCUAUUCCAUGCAUCCACUACCCUCUCAGUAAAGUAAUACUUCCUGAUAUUAUUUUUAAACCUUUUGUCCCUCUAAUUUAAGACUGUCCUCUUGUUCACAGGCAACAGCUCUGGUGGACAUUCCUGCAUUCCGCAUGCCAAUUGCAUGCUCCCUCAAAACUUGCAACCUCUUUGGCAUUGUGCUGUGUGAUAAAACUGCACAUUUUAGAGUGGACUUUUAUUGUGACAAGCCUAAGGCACACUUUUGCAAUAAUCAUGCUGUCUAAUCAGCAUCUUGAUAUUUCACACCUGUGAGGUGGAUGGAUUAUCUCGGCAAAGGAAAUGCUCACUAACACAGAUUUAGAAAGAGAUGUGAACAAUAUUUGAGAUAAAUAGGCCUUUUGUGUACAUAGCAAAAGUCUUAGAGCUUUAAAUUCAGCUCUGGAAAAAUAUAGGCAAAAACAAGUGUUCCGUUUUUAUAAUUUUGUUCAGUGUAUAUUCAUUUUAAAUACCCAUUGUCUGUUCUUUAGGUGUAGCAACUGCGGACGAAGUUUAGCAGCCAUACCUUAUACACCAUCCUUUUGUGGGUGAUAGAGCAUCACCUGAUCGUUUGUGUCAACUAUUUUGUAUUUGUGGAGGCUUUGAAGCCUGUAGUUUGAGCAAAGAAUACAUACUAUAGACAAGGACAUGUAUUCUAUAUUUAGUCCCAUAUUAAGGCUUCUGUGUCCCUAUUUAUCUGUUUCAGGUCUUCUUAAGAGUGCUAUAGCAUAUUGCACUGUUUUGUUAUAGUCUAGCUCUAGAACAACCUGAUAGCACUCUUUUCUGGAAGUUUUAGUCCAUUGGGAUCAAAAAUAAUCAAAAUGACUGUGAUUGACACUCGUCUUGUUAAUGACAUUUCCAAUGUUCAGCUGUAGUGCCAAAGGUUUGCAAACACAAUCCUUGAGAACUACAUAUCCCAUAAUGCUACCAAAUCCUCAAGAGAGAUGCAGUCACAACAUCCGGAGUGCCAAAGGUUGCCUACCUCUGCAGCUUUGAGUAUUCUUGCUUUAUGAAUCAGAGGUAUCAAAUAUCUUCUAUGGAUGCUAUUAUCAUCAUUAUUAUUGCCAUUUAUAUAGUGCCAACAGAUUCCGUAGUGCUUUACAAUAUUAUUAAGGGGGGAUUUAACUAUAAAUAGGACAAUUACUAGAAAACUUAAAGAAACGAUAGGUUGAAGAGGGCCCUGCUCAAACGAGCUUACAGUCUAUAGGAGGUGGAGUAUAAAACACAUUAGGUGGAAGUGAAGAAGAGCUGGAGGAGAGAGUAGAGUGCUGCCCUUUAGGAGAGCGCAAGAGACAUGUAUGUGAGGUAGAGUUUAGGCAGUAGGCUUUCCUAAAGAAAUGUGUUUUUAAGGCACUUCUUAAAUGAUUGAAGACUAGGGAGGCUAUUACAUAGGAAGGGGAGCCAAGCGCGAGUUGGCCGUACGGGUGCGAGCAGCGGACAGAAGAAGGUUACGGGCAGAGCGGAGAGACCGAGAAGGGGCAUACCUAUGGAUCUGUGAGAUUUAAGAGGGGCUAAGAUUAUUCAGUGCUUUAUAGGUAUGGGUUAGCACUUUGAAUUGACUCCUAUAGUAUACAGGAAGCCAAUGUAAUGACUGACAGAGAGGUGAGGUGUGAGAGGACCGACUAGAGAGGAAAAUUUUAGUCUGGCGGCAGCAUUCAUUACAGACUGUAGCGGGGCAAAAUGGCUAUUGGGAAGACCAAUUAGGAGAGAGUUAAAAUAGUCCAUGCAAGAGAUUACUAGAGCACGGACAAGCUCUUUAGUAGCAUCUUGUGUAAGAAAGGGGCAAAUGCGGGCGAUGUUUUUGAGGUGGAAUUGGCAUGAUUUGACAACAGAUCGGAUGUGAGGUUCAAAGGUGAGGCCAGAAUCAAACAGAACAACAAGACCACAUGCUUGUAAGGAUGGGCUGAUAUGGGUACCACCAAUCUGAAGGAAGAGCGAGAGAGGGGGAUUAGUAUUAGGAGGAGGAAAGACAAGAAGUUCUAUUUUUGGAAAGAUUCAAUUUCAGAAAACGGGAGGACAUCCAAUCAGAGAUAGAAGAAAGGCGAGAGGUGGCACGUUGCAGGACAUCAGGGGAGAGGUCCAGGGAGAUCAUCUAUAUCUGGGUGUUAUCAGCGUACAGGUGGUAUUGGAAUCCAAAAGAGGUAAUAAGUUUGCCAAGAAAGGCAGUAUAAAGAGAAAAUAGACCAAGGACAGAGCCUUGGGGACUCAAACUGAGACAAGACGAAUGGUGGAGGUAUCAUUAGAAAAGAAGACACUGAAUGAGCGUUGGGAGAGAUGAGAGGAAAACCACGAGAGGAAAGAGUCACAGAGACCGAGUGAUUGAAGAGUUUUGAGAAGGAGAACAUGAUCAACAGUGUAAAAAGCAGCAGAGAGGUCAAGAAGAAUUAGUAUGGAGUAGUGACCUUUGGAUUUAGCUGUGAUAAUGUCGUUCGUAACUUUGAUAAGGGCAGUCUCAGUAGAAUGGAGGGGGCGGAAGCUGGGCUGAAGAGGGUCAAGUAGAGAGUUGGUGUUGAGGAAGCAGGCCAGACGGGUGAAGACUAGUCUUUCAAGAAGCUUUGAGGAAAAAGGGAGCAGGGAAAUAGGACGAUAGAGGGGGAGGAUGGGUCGAGACAUGGUUUCUUUAAGGUACUACAGUAGCAUGUUUAAGGACAACAGGAACAGUGCCAGAAGAAAGAGAGCAGUUGAAUAUGUGUGAGGGCACAAGACAAGAAGAGAGAGAUCUGAUAAUGUGAGAUGGAGCAGGAUCAAGCGGGCAAUUGGUGGGCCGAGAGGAAAGGAUAAGCGCAGCCACCUCUUGUUUAGUAGCCUUGGAGAAAGUCGGAAGGGUUGGAGAGGCAUGAUCCAGGUGAGGUUGAGAAAGUGAGGGGUAGAGUGGUGAGAAUUCUUUCCUUGGCUGUUCAAUCUUGUCAGUAAAGUAGCAUGCAAAACUAUCAGCUGUAAGGUUAGUUUUGGGGGUGGCCGCAGCAGGGCAAAGAAGAGAGUUAAAGGUAUUAAAGGACCACUCUAGGCACCCAGACCACUUCAGCUUAAUGAAGUGGUCUGGGUGCCAGGUCCAGCUACGGUUAACCCAUUUUAUUUAUAAACAUAGCAGUUUCCGAGAAACUGCUAUGUUUAUGAAUGGGUUAAGCCUUCCCCCAAAGCCUCUAGCGGCUGUCUCAUUGACAGCCGCUAGAGGCGUUUGCGUGCUGCUCACUGUGAUUUUCACAGUGAGAGCACGCAAGCGUCCAUAGGAAAGCAUUGUAAAUGGGGACUCAAACUGCAGCUCCUGCCGCGCGUGCACAUUCAGCCGACGAGGAGGAUUGGGGGCGGAGAGCUCCUCGCCCAGCGCUGGAAAAAGGUAAGUUUUAACCCCUUUCCCCCUUCCAGAGCCGGGCGGGAGGGGGACCCUGAGGGUAGGGGCACCCUCAGGGCACUAUAGUGCCAGGAAAACAAGUGUGUUUUCCUGGCACUAUAGUGGUCCUUUAAAGAGACUCCUGGGAUUGCGAGAGCAUGAGCGAAUAAGAGAAGAAAAGUAUGACUGUUUGGCAAGGGCUAUGCUGUAGGAACGCAAUAUGAAUUUGUAGUGUAGAAAGUCUGACUCUGUGUGAGACUUCCUCCAGCAACGUUCAGCAGAAUGGGAACAUCUCUGCAGGUAGCGUGUUGAUUUAGUGUGCCCCGGUUGGGGACAUAUUCUCCUCAAGGUGCGUAUUUGGAGGGGGGGCUGCAGUGUCCAAGGCUGAGGUGAGGGUAGAGUUAUAUGAGGAGAUAGCCAGUGAGGGACAUGAGUAAGCAGGAAUGGAUAAUAGUUGGGAAUCGAUAUCAGCUGACAGCUGCUGGAGGUUUAUAGAAUGCAGAUUCCUUCUGAGUUAAAGGGGGCUAUUGAGAGCAAAUGGUAGGAAAUUAUAAUCUGAGAGAGGAAAUGGAGUGUUGCAGAUGUUAAAGACUGGACAUUCAUGAGUGAAAAUAAGGUCUAGAGUAUUGCCUGCUAUAUGCGUGGGGGAAUUAGCCCACUGUGAUAGCCCAAGGGAGGAGGUAAUAGAAAGUAGUUUUGAGGUUGCUGGGUUAAUGGGAAUGUUGAAGUCUCUGAGAAUUACAGAUGGAAUGUUAGAGGAGAGGAAGUAAGGAAGCCAGGCAGCAAAGUGGUCAAGGAAGAGAUGUGGGGAACAAGGGGGACGAUGGAUAACAGCAAUGCUGGCAGAGAUGGGUUUGAAAAGGCUGAUUGAAUGAAUCUCAAAUGAUGCGAAAGAGAGGGAAGAGGGUGUGGGUAGAGGUUUGAAGGAGCAGUGAGGUGAGAGCAGAAACCCUACACCACCACCUUUUAUUUUCAGUUUCUUAGGUUGUGGGAAAAUUGAAGACCACCAAAGUCUUUAUCCUCUGUCCAUCAUAGUCUCUAUUUACACGAAGGGCAAAUGUGUUUUUUAUUUUUUUAUUUUUUUUUUAAAGGUGUGUUCUUUAGUAUUACAACAAAGAUGUUCUAAAUACAAUAUUUUGUCAUCUGUGGUAAAAUGCCCUCUGAAUGAUCAUAUCUGUAGUUUUAUUUCUUGUCACUAGAGGGUAGUAGUGUCCUUUUUGAGUUUUUCUCCUGCUGUUCAUUUCUGUGAGUGAAAGGUCAAAUGCAUUACUGAGACAGGCUCCAGACUAUCACACAUAUAUAUAAAGUGUAUUUUAGGGUAUAGCCCUUUUAGCUAGAAAAUGUCUUGUUGGCUUUAGUGUCAGUCUGAAAAAUUUAAUUUUCAGCUACAUUCUUGUAGAAAAAAACCUUUUAUUUAUUUUGUGUACCACAGCCGAAUGAUUGUAUGGGGGCAGGCGACUGGUCUAUUUCAACCUACAGGAACUAGAGUACGCGGAAUAGAAAGGAUAAAUGACUGUUCGUGCAAAAAUGAAUUAUUAGUAUAAAUAAUUUAUUAAUCAUUGAGGUUCAUUUACUAAAGUGAAUGCUAUGUGGAUUUAAAAGAUUAGGGCCAAAAAAGACAAACUGAAAUCACAGGUGACUUGGCAAUUUAAUUUUUUUUUAUCUGAAUUUGUUUUAAUUUAAAUUAGAAUAGAUGUAUACCCUUUUUUGUGCACAUUCUAAUAUUUGUCAUGCAAUUGUCUGAAAAAUGGUAUCCAAAUGGUUUUAAUUAUUUGUUAGCUACAUUUUCUGUCCUUUGUAUUAUUUAGAGGGCAUUUAUUUGAUUGACAAUCAACAAGUAACGAGCAGCUAUUUUUAAUACCGAUGGUCUUUGUUCUGACACCAAUAUUAUAUACCUCAUCAAAAGGUUUUUUUUUUUGUUUUGUUUUUUUUAAUUUAAUAUUUUCAAAGUUAUUAUGAUACAUUUCCAAAAGAAAGCAUUAGCCAACCCUGAACAAAGUUCUGGGAUGGCUUGUCAAUUCUGUGCACAACUUGCUUCUGACACCACGUACAACAAACCUAUAUGCCUGACUGACAGUGUUACACUAACUAUUUAGGUACCCAGCACAACUUGCCUCUUAAUAAAAAGGUGUUUCAACUUCCCCUUUUGUCCAUAGAUGGUGCCAGUCUUGCCACAGCUGGUACCACUUCUUUGGCUGAGGUCAUCAGUCUUGAUGCUCUUAGCCAAUCCAAUGCUUUUCCAUAGGACAGCGUAGGGAGGCUAUUGCACAUGCAUUGCACCAAUCAGUAUCUCCUUGUAGAGAUGCAUUAAAGCAAUGCAUCUCUAUGGGGAGUGUUCAGCGUCUCCAUGCAGAGUUUGGAGAUGCUGAUUGUAGGUGCUGCACACUAUGCAGCACUGAGAUAGGUGUAGCACCUUUUAGUGGCCAUUUUAGUGACUGCUUUUAGAGGUGUUACUAGGAUGAAAUGUAAACAUUGCCUUUCUGGCAGUUUGCUGAUAAGUGGUGGCGAUAUUCUGUACAUUUAAAGUGUAAAAAAAAAAGUAACACUAUUUCUUAACCAACCUGGCAUUAACUGAACAUGCUGAUGGCAAUCACACUCCUAUCAGCCAGUACAUGCUGUGAUCAGGGAGAUCCCAGCUUAUGCAGUGUUGCUACUGAUAGGAGUGUGAUUGCUGACAGCCAGUCCAGUACAUUACGAUAGAUUAUUCACCCUAUCACCUCCCUGCCUUCAGCUGAGUUCCGCAUGAGGGAAUUUACAGAGGUCACCACGUGACGCUUUAUUGCCUGGCAGCUACGGUUUCCAGAUGCAGAAGAUGGCGUGUGGUGACUGGGAGAAGCGAGUAAGUUAUUGGUGUGACGGAGCUCCUGUACUCCGACAAAGUAUCCGCUUCCUAGCCGUAUGGAAAGGAGCCUGGAGCGCUUAAACUCCUGCCAACUGGUGUCUCUCUGGAGCUUUUCCACCUGACCAGGCUGGCAUCGCCCCAUCUGCCUGUUCCACUGCAGCACUUCUUCCAGGUAGGUAUCCACCUCUGCUUGCAUUGUGGUUGCUAUUGCCUUUACAAAGGCACUUGCAGCUCUCAGGUCUAGUUCUCUUGAUUUAUCCCAGGGCUAAAGCAUCAGCAUCAGGUCUGAAGACUGUUACUGGGAUCCCUAAAAAAUCCUCACAAAACACCGUUCCAAAAGUAACGAUGCACCGCUUUGUUUAUUUUUAUAUGGGACUAGCCCAUAUGCUUAUUACAUCAAGCUUGCUAUGACAAACUUGGUAAAAUACAAAUAACCAAAACUUGUCUGAAAACAUACAAGAAAUGUAUAACAUAUUUAUAAAGGGGUUGGGAACACAAUAUUUAACACAAGAUCUCUGUCUUGCCUGCAGAUUUAGCAGUAUGCAAAUCUACCUGAAUAUGUAAGUUAACAAGCCUUGCUAUUCAGGUAGUGCUUAUAGCUGUUGCUACCAACAGAGCCAUACAGGCUCCAGAGACAAAUCUAUUUAGUUGACCGCAAGACAUGAGAGCACACAAAACAUUUAACCAUAUUAUAAUGGGUACAGGGUGACUAAAACACAAGAACAAAUAAGUAAAGUGUCCUUCUGCUCCUCGUCACACAGUGUAAUUCAGGGUAAGCAAGAAGCCUGGCCCAGGCCCAUAGUAGGUGAAAUGUCUGUUGCUUGUUUAACAACAAUGGUGGCAUCACAGGACGUAUUACUGUGUGUUGGGGAACGUGGGAUAUUUACACGUUUUCUAUAAUUGUUAAAAAAAAAAUAAAAUAAAAAAUUAAAUCUGUACUUUUUACUAUGGUGUCUUUUUUUUUUUUUUUUGGUCUUUUUGUUUUCUUUACUUUGUGGUCCUUUAUCUGGUUUUGACAUGCAUGGUUACAGUUGCAUACAUUGGGGACACCCUAUUUACAGCUACAUGUUAACUAGCACUCAGUGUUCGUAAUCUAUACUCAUUGUUUACGUUUCACCAGGUGAUCUUGGGGAAUUACAAUUGGUUGACAUUUGAAGAGGUCUACUCGUUGGCUGCUCAGUUCGGAAAUGGUCUCGCUCAACUUGGUCAGAAACCAAAGUCUAACAUUGCCAUAUUCUGUGAGACACGAGCAGAGUGGAUCAUCACAGCCCAGGCAUGCUUCAUGCACAACUUCCCUUGUGAGUAUGUUUCAAUCAUUAGAAAGGUGUGAUAGAUGGGAGACACCAGUGUCCUAGGUUUAUGUUCUAAAAGGCAGUUUUGAUACCCAGUUGUGGAAGACAAUUAAUCGGCUUGAAAAUAUUCUGUAACUUUCAUAUAAUUGUCGUACGAGAUCUGAUCUUUGUCACUAGAACAGAGCAACAAAUCACCAUUAAAUUCCCCACCCUAGCUGUGCUCUUUGUUUAUAUAUUUAUUUGAAACAUUUACAUAGUUACAUAGCUGAAAAGAGUCUUGCGUCCAUCAAGUUCAGCCUACCUCACAUUUGUUUUUUGCUGUUGAUCCAAAACCCAGUUUGAAGCACAAUUUUGCAACAAGCUAGGAAAAAAAAUCCUUCUUGACCCCAGAAUGGCAGUCAGAUUUAUCCUUGGAUCAAGCAGUUAUUACCCUUCAUUGAAAGAUUAUAUCCUUGAAUAUUCGUGUCUUGCAAGUAUGCAUCUAGUAGCUGUUUGAACAUCUGUAUGGACUCUGAUAAAACCACUUCUUCAGGCAGAGAAUUCCACAUCCUUAUUGUUCUAACAGUAAAAAAACCUUUCCUUUGCCUUAGACGAAAUCUUCUUUCUUCCAGUCUAAACGCAUGGCCUCGUGUCCUAUGUAAAGUCCGUUUGUGACUAGAUUUUCACACAAUGGUUUGUAUUGGCCCCGAAUAUAUUUGUAUAAUGUUAUCAUAUCCCCUCUCAGGCGACGUUUUUCUAAACUAAAUAGGUUUAAAUUUGUUAACCUUUCUUCAUAGCCCAUAUGUUCCAUUCCUUUUUAUUAAUUUUGUAGCCCGCCUCUGCACUUUUUCUAGUGCCAUAAUAUCCUUCUUUAGAACAGCAUAUUCAAAAUUGCACAGCAUAUUCAAUAUGGGGUCUUACCAGUGAUUUAUAAAGAGGCAAAAUGAUAUUCUUGUCCCGAGAAUGACUGUCCUUUUUCAUGCAUGACAAUACCUUACUGGCCUUGGCCACUGCUGAUUGACAUUGCACAUUGUUGCAUAGUUUGUUGUCUAUAACAAUUCCCAAGUCCUUUUCGUGUGUUGUUAUCCCUAAUUCGCUUCCAUUAAGGGUAUACGUUGCAUGUGUAUUCUUUACGCCGAAGUGCAUAACUUUUUCAACAUUAAAUUUCAUCUGCCAUUUGAGUGCCCAGUCCCCCAGUCUAUCUAAAUCCCUCUGCAGCAAAGUAAUAUCUUGCUCACAUUGUAUUGUUUUACAAAGUUUUGUGUAAUCUGCAAACACUGAAAUGACUUUCAAUGCGGUCUUUAAGAUCAUUUAUAAUCAUGUUAAAUAGAAGGGGUCCCAGAACAGACCCCUGAGGGACACCACUUGCCACCUCUGUACAGCUUGAAAAUUUACCAUUAAUGACAACUCUUUGUACUUUGUUUUUAAACCAAUGUUCUACCCAAGAACAAGCAUUUUCAUCUAGACCGAUUUCCUUGAGUUUGAACACUAAUCUAUUGUGUGGAACUGUAUCAAAUGCCUUGGCAAAAGCCAAAUAGAUCACAUCCAUGGCAACACCCUGAUCUAUACUUCUACUUACUUCUUUGUAGAACGCAAUCAAGUUAGUUUGACAUGACCUGUUUAGAUAUCAGACACGGCAUAUAAUAAAUAUAUAUUGCUGUAAGCAUAAAUAGUUGAUCUAAAGCUUGGAAUAAAUGUGUUCUAUAUUUUAUAAUGUUGAUGUUCUUUUAAUUGUUCAUAAUCUGAUCUGGGUCAUCCGUGAUGCCCCUUAAAAUCUCCAGUUCUCAGUUUAAUUUUAUUCCUUUCCUAGUUUCAUUCUUCAUCUUCUGCGUGUUACUAUUCUUUAUUUUUAUUUUUUUAAUCAUUUAUAAAGCGCCAACAAAUUCCUUGGAGCUGUACAAUGGGUGGACAAACAGACAUGUACCAUACAUACUCAAGUAUAAGCCGACCCAAAUAUAAGCCCAGACCCCUAAUUUUACCACAAAAAACUGGGAAAACUUAUUGACUCGAGUAUAAGCCUAGGGUGGGAAAUGCAGCAGCUACUGGUAAAUUUUUAAAUAAAAUUAGAUCCCAAUAAAAUUAUAUUAAUUGAAUAUUUAUUUACAGUGUGUAUAUAAUGAAUGCAGUGUGUGUUUCUGUGUAUAUAAUGAAUGCAGUGUGGUUGUGUGUGUAUGUGUGUGUGUGUGUGUGUGUGUGUGUGUGUGUGUAUAUAAUGAAUGCAGUGUGUGUUCUUGUGUGUGUAUAUAAUGAAUGCAGUGUGUUCUUGUGUGUGUGUAUAUAAUGAAUGCAGUGUGUGUUCUUGUGUGUGUAUAUAAUGAAUGCAGAGUGUGUGUUUCUGUGUAUAUAAUGAAUGCAGUGUGUGUGUUUGUGGUGUGUGUGUGUGUAUAAUGAAUGCAGUGUGUGUAAAUUGGGUGAGGGGAGGGCAUUUUUUUUUUUUAAUUAUUUUAAUAUUUUUUUUUAAUCUAUGUGCUGAAAAACUCGGCUUAUACUAGGGUAUAUACGGUAAUUGUAACCAGACAAGUUGGAUGCACAGGAACAGAGGGGUUGAGGGCCCUGCUCAAAUGAGCGUGCAUGCUAGAGGAUAUUAUAAGCUUAUAUAGAUGACAACAUUCUGUAAAAAUGGCAGGCAAUCCUCUCCAUAAAUUCUAAACUAUUUCCUUCAAAUCUCUUAUAUUUAUAUGUGCUCUAUUUUUAAUAAACAAAUGCUGCUCUGUAUUUAAAGAUUUUCCUUAUAAAAUAAAUUGUCUAAAAUCCCUGUACUAGCCUAGUCCUCAAUUUGACCUACAAUAAGCGGAUCCCAGAAUGAUGCAACAACUUGUCACAGGCUUUCAUGUCACAUUACUUCCCAUCACCCUGCCUCUUCCUCCUCCUUAUGCAAUGAUCGCCCCUACCAACGGCUAAACUUUUAAAAUUCCACGUUUACAGAAAACCUGAGCUUUCUCCAUCCCCCUCAUCCUCUCUGAAAUUAAGGAGCUUUAUUAUCUAAUAUAAUAAACACUCUCCAGUCCCCUUUUCACCCCUGCUCUGGUUUUCCCAUCAAGCUGAUACCCUGCAGCAGGAUGUGAGGGGGAGAACAGUGUACUCAGGACAUGAGCCUGCUCUGGCUUUUUGAAACGUGCUGUGUCUCACUGCUGGACUUUCACCCAACACACCAACUGCUAUUCUUGCACUUUAUACACUGAGCCCGGAGACUCGUUAGAAAGAUUAAUGUGUUUUACUGACAUCUUCGUGUAUGAAUGUGUGUGUGUGUAUUAUGUAUCUUUUAAAUAAUUGUGUGUUUUGGAAAGUUAGCGUGGGCACGAGUAUGUUACAUAUACAGGGUGAAAGAUGGAUCACCUGAGAGAGUUAUAACCUUUGUCUUUUACUCUGUGAACUUCAGCGAACAUGAACACGUGGAGAGGCUGAGAUCUCUCAGCUUAUCCUGGUCCUCCUGUUAUUUUAAAGGGCAGCAUCUGCUUUAGGCUCUCUCAUAGCUUUGAGACUGUGACUGUAACCGCAAAAUUAAGGCUGGGCGAGACACAGGAGCUAUAUAACAUAACAAUUUCAUGUUAAACAUCUAAUACUAUCCUUACCUUUUUGUGUAAUUUUACACCACUCCCUCUAGCAUGUAAGCUCAUUGAGCAAGGCCCUCAACCCCUCUGUUCCUGUGUGUCCAACUUGUCUGGUUACAACUACAUGUCUGUUCAUCCACCCAUUGUAAAGCGCUGCGGAAUUUGACGGCGCUCUAGAAAUAUCAUAAUAAUAAUUGAAAGAACACUUUAAUGUUAAAGGGACACUAUAGGCACUCAUACCACUUAAGCUCAUUGAAGUGGUUUGGGUGCACUGUCCCUCUUAGUGUUGCAAUGUUAAACUUUGCAGUUCCAGCAAACUGUAAUGUUUACAUUGCCUCACUAAAUCUGCCUCCACUGACUGUCUACCAGAAAUUGACCGGGGGUGCUUCCUGGAUCCUAAUGGACCUUUGGUCUGGUAUUGGACGCUCGACGUCUUCGUGCUCUGCAUAUGGACAUCCAAUGUCAUGCUUUUUACCCAUAGGAAAACAUUGAUUCCUAUGUACUGGCAGAGGGGACAUCGGCGCUGGGAUAUGUUAAGUAAAUAAUGAGUUUUUAACACGGAGGGGGAGUGAUGGUGUCAGGAAUACAGCUAUAGUAUCCCUUUAAAGAUACACAUAGGUAUUUAUAAUGUUGGCAGGCCCAUAUUGAGAUCCCUUAUAAAUGUAAGUAAAUAAAAUUAGACUUGCCUUUCUUCUUACAGUGACUUCUCUUCCUUCAUGUGAACUAAGCCAAUCAAAUGCUUAUCUAUAGAGCAGCAUUAGGGGCAGUACUGCGCAUUUGUACUGCUCCAGUAAGUGUCUCCUCGUGGAGGAGCAGUAUGAGAAGCCUUUAAAGGGACACUAUAGUCACCAAAACGACUUUAGCUUAAUGAAGCAGUUUUGGUGUAUAAAUAAUGCCUCUGAAGUUUUCAUGCUCAAGUCACAGCCAUUUAGGAAUAAAAUCCCUUUUUGUCGAUGCAGCCCCAGCCACACCUCACCUCGUCGUGACUGACACAGCCUGCAUUAAAAAAGAAAAUAGAUUUUACUUUCAAUCUCGUGUAACUUACUUUAAAGGUUUUUAACUCAUGCUCUGUAAAUUGGGCUUUAAUGACAUACAUGAGGCUCCUGCAGAGUCUAGCAAGCUAUUACAUUAAACAGGAUUUGCAAUAAAGGAAGUGUACACAUUAGAUGACUCUUUACAGGAAGUGUUCAGGAAGGCUGUGUAAGUCGCAUCCACAGAGGGCUAUAUAAACAAAGUGAUUUUACUCCUAAAUGGCAGAGAGUUGAGCUGUAAGACUGUAAUCAUGGACAUGAUCUAUACACCAAAACUGCUUCAUUAAUCUAAAGUUGUUUUGGUGACUAUAGUGUCCCUGUGACUGUGUUCUGCAUUCUUGUGACUCCAAAUGUGAAGAUUGCCUUAUUAGUGGUUUAUUCUAAAAAUAAAUACAAUUAACUCUCCCUAGAAACUACUGAAAGAGGCUGCAAUGUCUCAUCCAAUCCCUUUUCUCAAUAUUUUGACAGAGUACUUUACUUAUCCUUUAAAAUCCUGCCCAAAUGGGUUUAUAGGAAAUAUGGUUCAGUAAGCUGCUGCUGGUUUGUUCCAUAGCUUUGUGAGGGAAACUAGUUACGUUCACAAGGGAACAUGUAUUUUCUGAGUAAGCCUGUUGUGAGUGACGGGAGGGUUAUAUUUGCAGACCUUUUUAAUUGAAUCUCUGCAAUUUAAAAAAAUUAAUUAAAUUUGUAUUUUAUUGGAUUUUCCAUUUCCAAAAGCAUCUGUAUCACGUUAUAAAGGUGUAAUGGCAAUUCUCAACAGGCAUACAAGAAAGUAUAUGUGGGUAUCGACAAGCGUGGAAACACGCAUCCUUGGGUGGGUGUCCCAGCCUCUAAGUAUACAAUUGGUUUUAUAGGCAGUAGAAUGUACACCAGGAGAAGAUUAAAAAAAAAAAAGUGAGAACGCACUGUCAGUGUAAAAAUAAUAAAAAUAAAAAAAAAACAGCAUGCUUUCCCUUUACUCACUUUUUCUUUUUUCACUAGGGACUUGCACUGAUAGAAUGAUUAUUUAGACCAAGUUUUAUUUAUUUUUUUGUUUACUUCUAGCUAGUUGGGGUUUGGAAGUAGUAGAUAGUGGGCGAUACCUCAUAGAGUGAGUACUAGAUUAGAACACCCAUGAAGGUGUUUAUAGGAGCCUAGGGAUUCAUUUUGAGGUUGCUAUAUAGAUUGUAUCAGAUAUCCAGAUUUCUUUACCUAGUGGUUUAGCACCUCCAAGACAAAAAGGGAGGGGACUUUCACUAUCAUUCUGGGCAAGUUUGCCUGGGGUAUCCAUAAUAUUUGGUCUUAUUAACGGAUUUAUAUUAACUGUUUCUCUGCCUCUCUAUCCCUACCUCUACUUAUCCUAGGUAUCAUUGCUCAUUGUAACUCUAUUAUAAGGUAUUAGCCCUACUGUUUUGUCUUCAUUAUUUUUUAGUCCCACUGACUACACAAGAUAAUUGGACUAUUAUAAAUCUAGACUAUACCAUUAUCUUUACCUCCACACUAGUCUUUUAUUUAGGGGAUCCAGUACAGUGUCCUUCUGGGUUUUUUUUUUUUUGGUUAUCUUAAUUGAAAGAUUCAAUAAAGGUUUUUGUUUAUUAUUAUUAUUAUUUUUUCCUAUUCAGCCUGCUAACAAGGACGCCAGAGGGUAUUUUUGGAACUCAUACAUUAAAUGUUCCUUUUUCCUUUUCCCCUAAAUUAGCUCUCCAUACUAGCUAGUUCAAUUUAUAUACUGUUAUUCAAUGUUGUCCAUUUAUUAUUUAUGUCAGCAUCCCUAGAUCUCCCUAGCUGGAGAUCAUCUUUUAUUAUUUUUCAAAAAAAAAAAAUAACUUAACUAAGGCAGUAUCCUGCGCUAUUCUCCAGUUAUAUUAACUCUACAUAUCUAGACAAUGCCCAUUGAAACUAUAAUAUUGUACAAGAGCCCUAUCUAUAUGUUGGGGCUAUAUAAAGUAUUCAAUAUUAGUGGCUUAAGUCGGGGUACCUGGUAUUUGAGCCUCGGGCAGGUGCAGUCUGUUAAUCUCUGCAAUUUUAAGCUGCAAACAUGAAUUCAAGGAUAUUACCUAUAGGAGUACUGUGUAGUAAUAAUAAAAAGUCCAAGUGUGUUUGGGAGAUAAAUAUCUCAUUAAUCCCUUAUUAUUCCAUCACAUGGUCUCCCAGAAUGCCUUUUGUUUUGUAAAAUUUUGUUAAAAAAAAGUUUUUUUAAACAAAUUACUCUUUAGCUUCUUCUCCGUACAUUUAUGCUACUCUGAGAAUUGUCAGACGCUGCUGGUAUCUAUGUAGCUUGCUUGUUUAUCCCAUAGGGGGAGAAAAGGUCCCAUGCAUGCGCUCCCACACGAACGCUAUCCCUGAGAAUACAAAGCUAUCUGCACCUCAGCUGAGAGACACGGGAUCAGCCGAUUGCAGUGUGCAGUGCUGUAGCAAACAGCUGCUUCCUCUCCUGGCUCAUCAACUCUCUGACGUCAAUGUAGUGAUUUUUGGCAAGUCCAUGAGCAUGUCAGGCUGGUUAACCUCACCGGUGCUGAAGUGACCGGCAAAUCAGUUUUUACAGUAUUGGCCGUGUUUGUUUUUGUGUAUACGUUUGUAUUUAAAUGUUUUCUAAUCCUUCUUAAGGUUUAUUUACCAAGUUGUAAAUUGUGGAGAACUGACGACCACUGAACCACAUUUAACAUUUUUAGACUAAAAUUACCAAACUGUAUCAGUUCUCAACUUGGUUUUGUUUCCAGCUGUUACAGAAAUUACAUUUUGCCACAUAGUUGUCCCAAUUUAAUAAUAUCGGUUGGCUGCUUUAUUUUUUUUUUUUUUUUUUUCUCCCUUGCUCUGCUUGCAAUUCUAUGGAGUAGUUAAUUGCAUGAGCUGGGGAAAGCCUGGACCAAGGCUUGUUUAUGUAACUGAGGUCAGAGGAGAGAGUAGAGCCAGCUUGUGGGAACCGGCCCAGACACUUGCUCGAUCCCAUCAGCUGAAGUAAAAUGAGUUAGGCAUGACUGUGCAUGUGUGUCGGCCUAAUGUUUCCAUCUUAACUGGCCCACACUGAUGGACUUACAGUAUAAAUAAAAGUGAAGUUUCUGGCGGAGUUAGACUUGAUUUCCAGAGCUCUGUUAUAUUUCUACAUUAGGCAUUGCCGACCUUCUUUUGUUACACACUGCGUGCAAGAAACGAAGCCUCUUGUUUGGUAAUGCCAACUGUUACUGUUUGUCUUAACUGUCACUGAAAUAGAUAUGAUUAGAAAUGUCACAAAAGAGGAUUGACUUGUAAAGGAGGCCACAUCCCGUGAUUUUAAUAUUUUCUUUCUCACACAGCUUCCUGUGUCUCCAGGCUGUAAAGAUGGGAUUUUAUAUCACUUUGAGUUCUGUCUGAAUGCAUUGUAGUACAUCUGACUCUGUCUGCAGAGACACCACGCAGAGACUGCCUGGUUCCUUGCAGUCUAUAAAAGGAUGGUUUGGAGAGAUCCUUUGAUUGGCUUUGACCGCCAUGGAGUGACCUUUUUAUGAAUAUGAACACAUAGUCUCAGAUACAGUGAUGUUUACAAUUUGUCAGACUACAAGGGCAGGGUCUAUACACCAACAUCACUACAUUACAAUGAAUGAUUUUGGCACUUGGUGUCUCUUUUAAAUAGGAGUAAAUCAUGUUGAGCCUGCUUUUUGCAGGUACACAUUGCCUUGCCGUUAUGAAAAAGGGACAUUUUAGACUAUUCUGCAUGGAAUGUCCACUCCUGUAGGAACAGCAGUCUUCUAUGGACCGGCUUACGUUAAUCAAGUAGUACAUUGCAGGUUAUAAUGACAGUGUAGAAUGUUCUUAAAGGGACACUAUGGUCACCAGAACCACUACUGUUUAAUGUAAUGUUCUGAUGUGUAUAGUAGGUCCCGAAGGCCCUUUUUUUUUUCAUGUAAGCAUUGUCUUUUUAGAGCGAACACCGCAUUUACAUUACUGCCUAUUAACACUUCUAGUGACAGUCACUCAGAAGGCCACCAAUGUGCAGCACUGAUGUUCAGCGUCUCCACACCCUGCAUGGAGGUAAACUCUCCCCAUAGAGAUGCAUUUAUUUAAUGCUUUCCUAUGGGAUCAUCAAUUUUGUUGAUAUCAGCCAAAUGGAAGGAACCAGACCUGGGGCAGGGGGGAGAGAACACCAUAUUGUCAGGAAUGCAAGUUUUGUAUUCCUCACACUUUAGUGUUCCUUUAGGUAACGUGGCAAUUUAUAGUUAAAAUAACUUUCAGUGUUUUUUUUUUUUUCCUUUCAUUGAACUUUGUGACAAAAAUCCAGAGAAUAUACUAUUAUUUGUAAAGUUAACUUGGUGAACGCCUCCUUUUUAAUUAAAACCCCAAGUAAUUCUACUGCCCUUUUUCCUCUCUCCUUUCCUCUGCUCCCAGGCAGCAGUCCCCUAAUGUAGCCCUCUCUGUGGGGAACAGGAAAGAAAUCUGGACUCCUUUUUAAUUGUCGAAAGAUCCAGAAGGCCUUCACUUUCAAGCAUCUGGUGUACAUUAACUCAGAUAUGUUCACCACUGCACUGAAACCAUGUCAGAAGUCUCUUUUCCCAAGGAUUUAUAAGACACGGUUAAAAUAGAACAUUUUAUGUCAUCUGUACUGCUUCUGAAAAUCUGUUAACCACAAAGCAUGUGCUUUGCAAACACUAAUGUUUUGUAGUUUUUGUUUUUCUCGGGUAAUGCUGUAGCCAAAAACGCCAAAGGCAGUCAGAGGGAGUAAGUCUGUGAUGUUCUGUUAGUGCCCACAUCUAUUCUUCCCUCACCCCCUCACUCAAUUCUGUGUACAUAUAACUUUUUUUGGGCAGUACACUAUCUUUAAAUAACAAAAACAGAUUUAAUAUUGUGCAAUUUAAAGUGUUAUGAUCUUCUUAUUUCACUAAGCUAGAUAGAAUUCUUGAUGUUCGAGAUGAAGCAAUGGCAGACAUACUCUAUACUUGUGUGUGGUGUGCGUUUGGAGUUGCUUGUAGAGGAGAGUUUGCUUAUGGGGGUUUAUGUCUGUCUUUGAGGCUGGUUCUAGUGUAGAGUGUUGGGGGGGUGAAAAGGGGUAGGAGCAGUAAAAAAAAGAGAGAGAGAGAAAACGGGGGAAAAAAGGUUUUAUUCCAACCCCCUCUCAGGUUUUUUUUUUUGUUUUUUUUUGGUCAGGAAGGGGUGAGAGGGAUAUCCAGAUCCCUGAUGGUUCAAUUCUUAUCUGCACAUCUGGUGGGUGCAGACUCUCAUUGAGGCUGGCGCUGGGAAAAGUAUCAGUGUUGCUGCGGCAACAUUUUGCUACACGAUCUAGAGUAGACAGCUUGGUCUGCACUGCGUGAAGUGAGGACCACCUUCUCUGCUCUGCCCCCUCCUGUAUUAAAGCGAGUUGGCUGUUUCUCCUCAUCACCCAUUUAGCUCACUUUCUGAGCCGGAGCUGAAGAAAGGUUGGCCCUGCAUGUGCUGGCCGGGGAGAUCCUUUGAUUUCCCCUGUUGGCUUAGUUAUGUGGCAAUCUCUGCCCACCAGACACUAAUCCGAUAGGCCCAAUGGCUGGACAUAUGGUAUUCAGUUUUCCAAUUUUGGUCUGUCCUCUGUCCUCGUUAUCUUAUUACAUACAAGUCAUAUUUAGUACCUUGUUCUAUUGUUCUAUUUCUAUUUCCAUAACACAAUCUUUUAGCCUUGUAGCAUUUUUUUGAAACAUUCAAAACUACAGUAUGAUUAAAAUAAUCUUUGUUUUCUGCUACUAUCCUAUUCCUCCUCCCUCCCAAUAUCCGCACCCUGAGAAGUGAAAACCAGUAAAGGGGGCAGGCCAGUGAGGCGCCCAUGUCCCUGGCUCUAUCCAAAGGGAGUGUCUCCGCCUGAAGUACUGGCAGGUCAGCCUACAUAAAUGCAUGCCAGUCUGCCUUUCAAUCUCCCAGGUCAGCCCACUGAGGGUAGACCAUGCAAGGAAUAUUGUUUCAGUUCUCUCUGCUGGGUCCUAGUGUUGCGCAUGUGCACCUUAUGAUAUACUUUUCUGGGGACUGUUCCGUGUUGUCCCCAACAGUGGAACACCAGGGAACAAAGUGGGAGUGAUAUGAACCGACUUAUUGGGACUGUCCUGCCAAAAUCCAGACGGUUGGGAGAUGUGUAUUAUGCCCCAUCACUUUUUAUAGUCCAUUUAUGGUAGGUAUUCCAGCUUGGCUCUAAAGUUUCCAUUUCUCUUAUCAAAUCCCUGCUAGUUCCUAGUUUAGUAAAUAAACUCCAGCAAUAACUAUCCUGACUGGUUGGAAAACUGUUGUUGUUGAAGUAUUUAUACUAAGGCCUUCUUCUGAAUGACGUAGAUUAACCUUCUGUGUUUUUGUUUUUUUCCCUCUUCCUCCUCUAUAGUGGUUACAAUUUACGCAACAUUGGGGGGUCCUGCAAUUGCACAUGGACUGGUGGAAACAGAGGUCACCCACAUAAUUACCAGCAAGGAGCUGCUGCAGACAAAACUCAAGGUAACAUACAUUUCUCUACAGUCCUUUCUAAAAAUUCAUAAUUGGUUUUGUGAUUGUGUUAGUCUCUUUAAAAUUGUGUUUGCAUCUCUUCAUUUACCCACGCCUUCUGGGCUCCUAUGACUGUAUGAAUGAAGCAAACUGCAAUGCACAAGUGUAAAUGUAUUUACUUUUAUUAACUGCAUAUUGCUAACUGUACAUUUAUGUAUUUAGUUAUUUUUGCUAACCAGUGAAAUAAUUGAUGUUGUAGAAAAGAAUAAGAUUCUAGGUGACCUGCACCUCUCAAGAACAACAGAGCAAAUCUUGUGAUUAAGAUCUGUAUAUUAUUAGUGUGUGUGUGUGUGUGUGUUUGUAUGUAUGUAUGUAUGUGUGUGUAUGUGUAUAUAGAGAGAGAGCGAGAGAGAAAAAAAAGAAAACUUGUCCAUGCCCUAGUAAUCUCUCGCAUGGACUAUUGUAACUCUCUCCUAAUUGGUCUUCCCAAUAGCCGUAUUGCCCCGCUACAAUCUGUAAGGAAUACUGCCGCCAGACUGAUUUUCCUCUCUAGUCGGUCCUCUCACCCCUCUGUCAGUCCUUACAUUGGCUUCCUGUAUCCUAUAGGAUUUCAAAGUGCUAACCCAUACCUAUAAAGCACUGAAUAAUCUUAGCCCCUCUUAUAUCUCCUCACAGAUCCAUAGGUAUGCCCCUUCUCGGUCUCUCUGCUCUGCCCAUGACCACCUCCUGUCCGCUGUCGGCACCUGUACGGCCAACUCGUGCUUGCAGGACUUCUCACAGGCGGCUCCCUUCCUAUGGAAUAGCCUGCCUACCGCCAUCAGACUCUUCCCUAGUCUUCAAUCGUUUAAGAAGCGCCUUAAAACUAAUUUCUUUCUUAGACUACCUGUCUCUUGCUCUCUCCUAAAGGGCAGCACUCUACUCUCUCCUCCAGCUCUGCUUCACUCCCACUUAUUUUGACUUCUAUUCCCUGUCCUAAUGUGUUUUAUACCCCACCUCCUAUAGACCCUUCGUUUCUGUGAGUUUUCUUGUAAUUGUCCGAUUUAUAGUCAAAUCCCCCCUCUAAUAAUAUUGUAAAGCGCUACGGAAUCUGUUGGCGCUAUAUAAAUCGAGAUAGAUAUAUAUAUAUAUAUAUAUAUAUUAUAUUAUACACAUGUGUGUGUAUUGCUUAUGAUCUGAAUAAAGAGCUGCAUUUGUACACUCAAUGAUUCUGUUAUUUUUUUUUAUUUUUUUCUCAGGGCAUCCUUCCUCAAGUCCCUCUUCUAAGACACAUCAUUCUUGUGGAUGGCACCAGCUCGCAGCCUGCAGACUUAACACAAAACAUUACUGUAAACAGUAUGGCUUCAGUACAAGCCCUGGGAGCAAAGAGAAGUAAGUCUAUCCUAUCCAAUUCUUCACUUUGUUGAGAAAACUCAACAUUUUGUGCAUGUCAGUUACACUCUGUUUGUAUAUGCAUGAUUGUGUUGAAUGCUAAAUAUUAGCCCAAAUAAAUACGGAGUAUAUGUUGAAUGGCUUCACUAAAACUAAUUUCAUAUUUAUUGUAUUUUGGAGCCAGCACACCAUCUAUCUUUUUACAUGUCCUGCUGUUAUGGUUUUGGUAUAUAAUGGCAGGAGGGGACAAGCAAUCUACAUUGUAUAGCGAUAGUACAAACAGAAUGGAAAAACACAAAUGCAACUCAUUUCUUUUUUCUUUUAUUCUUUUUUUCAUGUGCACAUGGUAACAUAACCAGCUUGACACGCCAUAACAUCAACUCCUUUUAAACUGCUAUAUCACUGUUUACAGAAUGUCUCAAUUAUAAAGUGAGACUGAAAGAAAAAACGCAAAGACAAAAAAAAGUGACUGACCUCUCAAAGUGAGGGUUUUGUGCCUAGAUGUUCCAGGAGAGGGUGAAAAGAGAUGUACUUGAAGCUCUCCAUUCCUUAGUCACCAUCUAGUUCAGCUGUCAGGAGCAAAGUGUGUACUCAAGCCAGUGCUCAAGAGAACGUGAUGGGGGUCUCUCUCUAUUCAUGCAGCAAUGAGAUGCUCUGGGCAUCUGUUCUACUUUAUCCAAGAAGAUGCCUGUUCCCAUCAAUUACCAGGUGACUGAUGAUGCAGGCCAGGAGAAAGCUUGUUGAAGUUCAACCUUUUGCCACAUUUUUCCAAAUCUCUUAUGACAAGACAAAAUGGUCUCUACUUUUUUCCAUGUUUUGCUUGAGUUGGAACUUCCGUAUACUUGCAGCUCGAUCUGUAGGGGUUUUUCGCAGGUUCUAUUUAAAAAACAAAAAAACAAAAAACUCAAAAGUGAGAGUGCAUGUUACUUUGAUUUAUUCCUUCCAAUUUACUCCAUCGGUGUUCUCUUCUCUGUCAGCCAACGUCACUAUAGGGUUAAUUUUCAAACUAUUAAAAAAACAGGAUAUCCCCAAUCUGAGCCUCCUCCUCCACAGCAGGAAAUCAAGAGUCCUUGGAGCAAAUGAUGAAUUGAAUACAUCCCACCCAUCCCCCCUUUAAUUUUUUUAAAUUGAUUUAGUUGUGUGUGUGUGUGUAAAGGAUUUCUUUCCAUGUGAACAGAUGCAGUAGAAGGAUGUCUGAGAGAUGCUUCAAUUUCAGGCCCAAUACAUCUGGUGCAAAUAACACGAACCUGAUGCUUUUGUUCCCACAGUAAACUGUUGCCUUACACACUUUCCAUACAUUGUCUAGCUCACCACUCUCGUUAUUGAAUGCUAGUUUCCUACAAGGAGCAUAUGUUGUACUGUAGGCUAUUUAUCACACACAUGGCAAAGCACAUGUGACCUUUUCUGUCGUCAAAAAAGGUGACCGAUCAGAGCCUUUUUGUCCAGGGCGGUGGGAAUGUUAACUCUUCCAGUUACAAAAUUUGUGACACUUGCACAAUGCAUUUGGCUUUAAUUAUUUAGCACAUAAUGAGUUAUUGGUAUUAUCGGAUGGUUCUUUCUUUCAAGGUUUAAUGCAACAGCUUUGGGAAUCAUGCUGUGGUGUGGAGCGAACACAACGUGUAGAGUUUAUGGAUAUUGAUUUAUAGACUACUGUGUAUUCAUAGAUUUGGUGUUAUAAUGUGAAUCAUAGAAGAUGUCAUUUAGGGUUGGACAUAGGGAAACGUUUUGGAAGAGACGUAAUUAUAUGUUGGAUGGCCCGUAACAUUUACUCUUUGAUUUCGGCCCCUGAUCUUUUUGCCACCUAAUAAAUGUGCCGGCUUAAAAGAGCCAGUCUUGGCAAUAUAACUGCUACAGCCACUGUAGUGGUUUUUGUUCUAGCAGGCUACUGGCAUCAUCCCCUGUCUCUGUGUCAAAAACUUUUUCGGGCAGGUAUAACAUAAACUGAGGGUCCCCCACGUGCCUAUUGCUCGAUCCCCUCCCUUGCUUUAUUUACAAUAUCAAGAGAGUGUCACAGAAACCUAGACUGUGACGGCAGAUGAUCAUUCGGCCCAUCAAGUCUGCCCAAUUUCCAGAGAUUUACUAGGAUCUCUGAUCUGUCACCUUUUUGGUGUCAGCUGGUAAACGGCUUUUACUUUUACCAGCAACUACGUGCGAUUUCUUCAGGCAGUCCUGUUGUUUUUAGUAGAUUUUUAUAGUUCAGCCAUUUUAAGUAGUUUCACUAAAGUACCUAAAUCACACAAAUGUGAAGGCUUGCGAGUUUACUGGUACGGGCCAGUUGCUGAAAUCAUUGUUGUGACUUUCAUGUCAUUUCGCCUCUGGAAAAUCACUAAAUUUGGCUUUAGCUCAUGUCUCCACUUAAACUUGUCAAGACCCUUCAUCAGUUUAUACCCUUUCCGAGUCUGUUCAGAAUACAUUGAAAAUGUUUAUUGUUCUCUGGCAGAAAACUAAUGCCAGCUCGGCUGCUUUGAGUAUGUUCAUGUUCAACUCCCUGUCAGGGUCUGUUUAAAACAAAUGAAAACUUGACUGCAUCUUAGCGAGAUAUGUAAAUCUAAGCAACCUGUUUGAAACUAAGGCCAACUUCGGACUAACUUAGAUUCUUGAUUUGUAUUCUCUAUUAGCGAACCAUUUCUAAUUGGAUGUUUUCUGUAUUUGGUUUUUGUAUAAACGUUAGGCACAAAUUAGGCCCAAAAGUGUAGAUUGGUUGUACGGUCUCUCUUUAAUACAUCGGUUAAUCUACCAUCACGCGGUUUUCUAAAUAUGUAAUUUUUAGGAUGUGUGUAUUGCUGGGGAAUAAUGUAAACCAAGGACUUGUUCAUUCACUUAUAACUUUAUUAUGUGGCAGUAAAUAAGUUUACUAAGAGAAUUUAUUAAAGUACUAAUUUCCGUCCAUUUGCCGGAAUCCAGUAUGCAGGCAUCAGCACUUCUAAGUUUUUCUUAAUUUCCAGGCACCCUAUAAGCACAGGGCGUGACCCACAGCUAACUGGAAAAAGGGCUUUAAUUUCGGUCAUUCCAAUUUGUCUUGGGAAAUUCCAUAAUUUAUAAACUUUGAAGACCUCGCUCUACCAGGCUUUUUAAAGUGUGAUGGUGAUUCAUAUUGUGAUUUAGUGUCUAAUUAAAUCAUAUGAGUUAUUUAAGGUCAGCAGGUGGUUAUGAAAAACCAUCUUGCACGCAAAUAGGGAUAGUCCACAAAUCUGAAAUUUGGGAAUGUUCUGUUUUGAUAGAUCUGUCAUCACGUUAAAGGGAAACUGUCAUUUUUUUUUAUGUUUUGAUAUAUAUUGUGUAUUAGUCUCUGUAAAUAAUAUUGAUGUAGAAUGGUUGUCAAAUAGAGACCAGAAACGUAAAUAGAAUUCAUUAAACUCUAGUGACAGAACCUGGUGGUAUUUUUCCUCUCGUGAAGUAAAAUUGUUUACUUUCCUGAUGAUCCCUACAAGCGAUUUCAGCUCUGUGAUCACAUCUUCACUGGGCCAUAAUUUGUUACUCUAUUAACAAAUUAUGCCCCAAAGGCAUUUGCCUGAGAUUGCGAUAUUGUGCAUUUUCUGUACGCGCUGAAUGCUAACAAACAGUACGCCUACAAGGGGAGGAUUUCCUCCCUCCGUUCAACAUUGGUGUUUUUUGUGUUUUUUCACUCUCCUUUCCCUCGUCAUCCCGCAGCGCGCACAUGUGCUCUGAGCCGUGUAAAAGGUCCCUUUAAAAGCUUCUCCAUGAAAAGCCUGUAAUCGGACCAUGCACGGCCACAGUGACAUGGUGUUUUACUACUUUUUCUACGAACUGAGGACCUUCUCCACAGUGCCCAUUACAUAUUACACCAGAAUGGUCCCCUUCUCAAUAGGAUCACAGUAACCCUUUAAAUUGUAUGGGUUUAAUACAGUCUUUGCGCUCUCUCUGUCUCCACAGCAAUUAAACCGCAGUCCGUUCCUGUGGCGCAUGACAUUGCUGUGAUCAUGUAUACAAGUGGUUCUACGGGCAUUCCAAAAGGUGUCAUGAUAUCUCACAGUAAUCUGAUCGCUGGCAUCACUGGCAUGGCACAAAGAAUACCCAAUCUGGGGUAGGUUAACACUUGGUUUGCAGAUCUUAAAACCUGUUCCUGUGUUUUGUGUUUGUUUUUUCUGGGUGCUGGAGCCACUGUUAUCACUGGGCGUGACCGUCAUGUGCAUGUUCACUCUGGUCUAUAGUUCAGUAAUUGUAUACAAUCGUCCACACAGGCCAAUGAGCACAAUAUCAAGGAACUAUUUGAUUUGUAUGUUAUGCCUUAACAAACUAGCCCUAAUCUUUUAAUCACUAAAAUCUGCCCAAUUUGCUCCUACAACUGGUUCAAUGUCUGUACUCUUCAGAGCCUCUGUCUUGCUCACAAUUGCAAUAAGAGGUUGAGAGCUGUGAUACCCAGUGUUUGCUAGUGCUGCUUGUCCAGCUAGUCUUAUCCUGCGCUUUAUUAGAUCACAUGUGAGGAGUUGGGAACAUGUGUAAACUGAUUUAAAUUGUUCCCCAAAGUGUGUUCUUUUUCUUUCAGGGACACUGAUACCUACAUUGGCUAUUUGCCAUUAGCCCAUGUUCUAGAGCUUAGUGCUGAAUUGGUUUGCCUUUCCCACGGUUGCCGCGUUGGCUACUCAUCACCUCAAACUCUAUCUGACCAGGUAAUAUAUGUUUGAAAAGAAAUGUCUGAUUGUUAUUAUGUUCAGUAACAGUGUAGAGUCAUGUUUAGAAUAAUUAUGUGAGAUGCUUUAUGUGCAGGCCCUCUGGACUGUUUUAUUUUUAUUUUUUUUAAAGUGUAUCAAGUUCUCUAUGGUAGAUACCAAAACAAGAACUUAGAUGGUACUCUCAGUGGACUCUGGGGCCGUGUUGAUAAUGAGGAAGGAAAUCUGCUUAUUACUACAAUAAACUACUUCCAACCUGUUAGUUUGUAUGAAAGUGGAGCAGAUUAAUGGGUUGUAAAAAAAGAUCUCCAUUGCACUGUACAAGUUGGUGGUAUCACGCAAAACUUCUUAUUUUGGUAGGUUGAACGAUUUCUGACGAACAAGAUGUGCCUCUUCUUAUAAAUGGUACCCAGUUAAAAUAGCAUGCAAACCAAAUGGCUAAGGACUGCUGAUUUUAGAUAUCUUGCAUACAGCAACCUAGAAAGCCCCCUCUAUAUGGCUGGGUUUUCUUUGUAUAAAGAGUCAUGCUGGGGCAAUGUGCUUGAAGUGGAAGCCAUUACUAUUACCUUGCCCAAAACCAUUUCAUUUUUUGCAAAAUAAGAUCUUAUAGUACAUAAUAUUAUGUGCUUGUAAUGUACUUUCCUUGUUCUCCUGACCUUUAGAUUGAGCAAUAAGGAGAGAAAUUCGAACCUACCAUAGCUGCACAGUUUGCUCUCUGUCCUUUAGAAUGUAUAGAAAAUAUUGGAACAUGGAGUUCUCUACAUUUUAUAAAUAGUCUUGUGCUUUACUAUUGUAAAUCUAGUCCUUGUGAGAUGAGUGCUGAGAGCUAGUAGGUCAGAAUGUAUAAUUUAACGGUGAGCUGUAUACGCACGCACAUGGUAUGCUUGGCUCUCUUUAGAAGAAGACAAAAAUCACUGUGUGAAGGUAAUCUCUCUGCUGCGUCAUCCCAAUGUUAUGUUCCAGCCACUAUCGUGUGUCUGAGCUCAUUCUCACAAGUCUACCAGCUAUAAACUGUUCAAUAUUUUUGUUUACUUUUUGAUUUAUCACACUUUUUUUUUUUCCUCUCUCCUGCUUGCAGUCCACAAAAAUCAAAAAAGGAAGUAAAGGUGAUGCAUCAGAACUUAAGCCGACCCUCAUGGCUGCGGUCCCGGUAAGUUUCUCUGACCUAGUGACCGCCUUGUGCUUUUUGUUACGGUAAAUGACUCCCCUGACGUUGGGCCAUCUUUUACUCACUGUUCCCAGUCUGUUCAGAGUGUGAAAAGAAGCAGGUAUAAAUAUUUACACUUGUAGCCUUCAAGUGGCAGAGACAAAGCCUCUUCCUGCCAUGCAUGCACUGGGUAGCUUUGCUGUACCCAUGUUUCAUUUUGCUUUUUCAUAAACCAAUUGCAGCAUAAAAAAAGAAGACCCAGUGGAAAGCAAUACUCUCUUUAUAACAUGCAUUGCAUAUAGACUGGAAACCAUAAAUACUGCAGAGCUAGGCAGCAACCCACGCUUUCCUCAGUGGAACUAUUUCUGUAGGUUGUGACAUUGUGAACCUCAGCCAGUUAGUAUUCACAAGUUCAUCUGGAAAACCUGUGUUGAGAAAAACCAGCAACCUUUGUGAAGCAAAUGGAAUGAGAGGAUAUUCCUUUUAUGAUGUAUAGAGGCAUUUUCUGAAUCGGCUUUAUUCUUUUAAGUUAGUUAUGUGCUGGUUUCACUAUUUCAUUCCUAGAGUGGGAUGUCAGACAUUUCACCAAAUAUGACUCGCUCUCAAACGUGGCUUGUAUUUAUUUUUUUUAAUUUAAUUUUUUUUAAUUUUAUUUAUUUUUGCUUAGUUUAACCCCUUAAGGGCCAAGCUUCAUUUGCCUCCUUCACUUAAGGGCCAAAGCGAUUUUUGCUAUGUGUGCGAUCAACCGCAGUAUCCAUCUUUUAAAUUUAUUGCACCAACACAUAUUCUAUAUCUUUUUUUUUUUUUUUUUUUAAAGAUACAGAAAGGGCUUUAAUUUAAUGUCACAAAAUCCAAAUAAAAAAUCCAGAAUUACUGUUGAACUUCUAAAAUUAAAAAAUCCAGUGCGAAAAAAAAGAAUCUAUCUUCACCCAGCCAGGGCACCGUGCAGACUGUGCUCUGCAGGGCAGGAAAGGCUUAUACAGCCUCUCGAUGCCCCGCAAUUUGACUUGGAGCGCUCUGAUUGGUUCGGCCAGGGGAAUACAACAGGUUCCCCUCUCUCUUCCUCCCCCUGCCCCCCCUUGAUACUUUUGGCCACUACCCCGCCGAUCAUGGGUGAGGCAGUAUUCCCCCCCCCCCUUUUGUUUUAUAGGGUAUUUAGGGCCCCCACCCGCCGAUCUUAGUUUGGAGGGAUGACUGGUCCUGGUAUGUAUUAUCGGCAUCUCUAUUGGCCGAUACCGAUAAUUGCUGAAAAUACCGAUUAUCGGCCGAUAACAUCGGUAAAACCUAUAACCGGUCGAUCCCUAGAAAUUUCUAUUCAUUAAUUGAUUUUUUUCUGACGAAUGAAUGAAUAGACGAAAUUCCCAACGAAAUUUCAGACAAUCGCGAAUGCCCAAGUGUUUACUGGGCAUGCGCUGGAAUUUCACAACGCUAUCUAGUGUGGGCAGAUGACGUGUCCCACAGGGCUUUCAACUGUCCGCACAAAGCCUGCGUCACCUAGGUCUGGGCACAAUAUAAAGUAAAAAAAAAAAGGCAAUAUAGGGAACCUAGGGGCAUUUGGCGGUGACUAGUGGGGCAAUUAGAUGUAAUGGAGUCACGAGGGGGAUUAAAAAUAAAUAAAUUGAUGCGGCCAUAAUAGGGCCGCUUUAACUACAAAUAAACAACUUUAAAAUGUGUUUUAAAAAAAAAAAAAAAAAAAUAUAUAACCCUUAACUAACACUACAUUUUCCAAUUUUCCACUGACCUCCACCCAACUAAAUCACCAAUUUUAAAAUAAAUAAUUCUAACCCUUUAGGGUACAAAAAAACUACUAAAAUUACAGAUCACAGUAAAGUACUGUGAUCUGUCUUUUGAUCACUACCGUGAUCAAAGCUCGAUGAAAGCUACACACAAAGUAACUGUCUGAUCUGUCUCUUUCCACUUCACAACCCACAUGGUGGAGACAGAUGUAUCGCAUAUCCCAACAGCGCUGUGAUUCAUUGUCACAGCAUUCACAUUUGCUGGGACAGUGCGAUUUGCUUUUGUUGAUCUGCGUUAAUUGGUAGUUGGCAAAAUUAUUCCAUCAUUGGUCCUCUUGGCACAGACUGCCAUGACGGAAUAAUUCCAUCAUUAUUAUUAAGGGGUUAAUGUACACUACAUGGUUCCACAAUGUUACGUCGUCUUUACAGCAGAAAGAGAGACAAGCUAGGAAAUGGUUCCCCAAUGGUACCCUAAGCACGAUCUGUUUUUUGGCGACCCACUUCUGGAAACAUGCAAUGUUCCCAUAAAGAGCAGCAUUAUUUGUGGCUACCUACAGCUGCACAAGGCUAUGUCAAGACACUUCUGACUAAAUUAAGAGCUUCACCUGUGCUGUAAGUGUAUUCUCCAGAUUAGCUGUCUGGCACACAUGGGUACCAGAGAUACCAGACCUCCUUUAAAGCUUCACUUCACCAGUGUUGUUGAUAGGCACGAAGGCUCUCUGUAACUCAUUGUCUGGGUUUGCUUUUUCUCUCAUGCAGAGACAGCCGUCCUGAAUUUUGGUUCUGUUCUGCUCUUUUGGGUGGAAUCAGACUGAUAUGCGAACGAUGAGUUAAAACCAGCUUGAGAUCUGAGCAGGGACCUACCGAAGGGCAGGCUGUUUGAGCUGUUGUCUGUUCUCGGUAAUCUCUAGCACCUUGUUUUUUUUUUUUUUGCUCUCUGUGGCUAAUGCCCCAGAUUCAUACCACCCAGUUUUGGGAGGUAUGCCUCAAAGAAAACCAUUUCCUAUGUGAAAGAAAACUCACGGCUUUUGUUCCUGCGUUUUCCAGCUGAGGAUUGUGGUAUUCAUUCAAAAAUGAGUGUCUCAGACUCAGAAGUCUUUUAACUCAGAAAGUGCUUCUGUUUCUCCCCAACCCCUGAAUGGGAUGCGGUCCAGGAUCAAGUGCUGCAUUGACCUAUACAGCAAAGUCCGACUCAUCUUAUCACUGCUGUAUACAUCCCAUAAACCUCUGAUUAACACAGGAAUUUAUAGGAUAUGUACUUAGAAACAACAGAGUCUUCAGGAGCCGCUAUCAGGAGGUUAUUGCAGAACUCCAGAAAGGGUCCCUUACCUGAUUGCAUGGACAACACUGGGAUUAAGUGAGGUCAAAUCACUUCUUCCUAGAAUUCGUGGAAGCCAUGUGGGCAGUCAAAAGAGCAUCAAACAGCCCUCUACCAACCUGAUCCCCCUCUGGGCACCUGCCCUCCAGGUGUAAAGUGGCAACUAAAAAGGAGCAUUGCUAAAUUAAAUGUAUAUGUGUAGCAUAGAAGGUGUUUACCAAUGUGUAUGUAGCAAUAUGUGUGUGUAGAUGGUGUGCGUGACAAUGUGUCUGUAUGUGUGCCUGGCAAUGUCUCUAUAUGCCCAGAAGAGAUCAGGUUGGUAGAGGGCUGUUUGAUGCCCUUUUCACUGCCCACAUGGCUUCCACGAAUUCUAGGAAGAAGUGAUUUGACCUCACUUAAUCCCAGUGUUGCUGUACAGGUUUGAAAAGGAAGUUGUCCAUGCAAUCAGGUAAGGGACCCUUUCUGGAGUUCUGCAAUAACCUCCUGAUAGCGGCUCCUGAAGACUCUGUUGUUUCUAAGUAAAUAUCCUAUAAAUUCCUGUGUUAAUCAGAUGUUUAUAUAUAUAUAUAUAUAUCAGAGUGUCUAGCAGUAGUUUUGUAAGCCACCCCAAUAAAUCUGAUGGUGGUCCUGUUACAGAGCAACAGUUAAAUUGAAUUACAUGGUAACCACUGAGUGCAGCAUAUUUCAGAAGGUAAAUUCCCAUAUUAUGAAACUAUAGCAGUAACAUGAUAUCUGUACAUUGGUAAUUUGUUUUGACUUGUCAUUUCUCCUUUGUCUCUGACUCAUUAAAUUUUUUUUUUUUUUUCCCCUAGGAAAUUAUGGAUAGGAUUUACAAGAAUGUGAUGAGCAAAGUUGCCACCAUGAGUCCAAUCCAGAAAGGCCUUUUUUCUCUGGCUUACAACUACAAAAUGAAACAGAUCUCCAGAGGCUACAGUACUCCGUUAUGUGACAGGUAUAUCCUGGCUUAAUUCAGACAAAAUCCCAGCCUGAUUUUAUUUAUUUUUGCUUGCUGUGAUUCUAAAGGAAAUACCCCCCAUUAGAUUACUGGGCCACUCCUGUUAAAUAAAGGGGAAAAAAAGAAAAAGGUUAAACUCUCCUUUUAUCCAGCGUCUUCUUAGCCUUACCCUGGUAUUUGCUCCUCCCCUUCUUAGACCAUUAUUAUUGAUCACUGGCAAAUCCACUGCAUUGGAGGCCUAUGUUGCAUGCAGAGUAAUUGCCACUGUUCGCAUUAAAUACAUUGCUUUUCUAUGAGAACUAUUAGCAGUUGUUUGCAAAACCAAAUGUGAGGACUUUUUCAGUAAUUUAAAGUCUUCACGAGGAAAUGCCACGAGAGGCAUUUUCAGCGACAAAUGUGAACAACGUUUACUGCCCGGAUCUUUACACCAAAACUACUACUUUAAGAUGGUUACUGGUAUGUCCCUUUAAAUAUCCAGCAGCUUUACCAGCAUGUGAUGCGUUCCUACACAUUAAAUGAUUGCUCUUUUACAUUCGGCUCUUCUUUCUCCUUGGAAUACAAAAUGUUUUUUUUUCACUUGGAUUUUCUGUGCCUCUUUUUGGUUUCUCCAUCGAUCCCAAAAUACAGUAUACAUGUCUAUAUUUAUUUUUCAUUAUUCUGUGGUAAAAGUAGCCAUAAAAUAGUCUGUAGGAUACAAUGUUUUUAAUAUUCUUCGUUUAUAGUAGUUUUCUUUUGACCUGUAACGUUCAUCUAAAGUAUGUUGUGCAAAUAGCUUUUUUUUUUUUUUUGUGUGCUCGUGUGCCUUUAUUUACCGUUCUCUGAAAAAUCAAUGGGAGUGCUUUUAGUGUGAUUUUGUUUUAGAUGCUGAUCACCGAAAUAUAUCACCGUAUAACAGAAACCCUUGUUCGUCCAACCAACCCUCCCUCUCAUUUCAUAUGUAAUUUAAGUCUAAAAGUUCAGUGGAUCAGUGUUCUAGCAGCAUGAUAACAGACUGCAUUUGCUCAUGACUUUUGUAACUAGUUAAGAGAGCAAACAUUUCCGAUUCCAUGUAUACAUUAAGCAGUGGUCUUUCACAGAUGCCUUGUGUCUUUUUAUCUUUAUUGAAUGUCCGAUGUUUACCAUUGUUGGGAUUUUUCUUUUUGUUUCCAACUCUUGUCUUCUCUUCUGAGUAAUUGGUGUGUGCGCAUUACAAAUUUCCAUUAUUUCCCUUUCCCCCUUGGGAAGCUUUUAAAGCCACGUCAGUCAUUUUAAUGUUGAUGACCGUAUAUUGUUUAGCAGUAUCAAGUCUGGAUAGAAAACCAUGGUGAGUGAAGUUAUUCACCAAAGAUUUGUAUAUCUUCUAGAUGCUUGUGAUGAGAUCUUAUUUAGUAUAACCACAAGUUUUUAUUUAAAAAGCAGCAGCUUUACAUAAGUUCAAUUUUUAAUAUCCUUGCCCUCAAACUCCCAUCACUCGUAAAUGACCGGAUGAGCAAGUCUUCUGCCCCAAUUUAUAACAAAACAUCCAAUAGAAUGUACACGUUUACUAUCCAAAACCCCAAUGUACAUUCAAAUAACUGUUUUAAAUACAGUGAUUUUGAUGAUACUUAAACUAACUUAGGGAAUAUUUUUGUUUCAAAUAUGAGAUCUUAUUUAGGACGUUUAGCAUCAUGGUUAUUAUACAAAUUCUCUGCAAAAGUGUGCUUCCUGGGAAAAAGUAACAUAAUUAUCACUUGUAGGGCAGUGUAAAGACCCCGCUCCCCAAGGCUUACAUAUCUGCUUUUAUGAUGGCAUCUGUUGUGAGCGGUCCAUAUUCUCUGCAGCUCCUUAUAGCUUCAUAUGCCAGGCUCUCAGAUUACUGAAAAGAGGGGAAUCGUCAAUCCAGUGAGACUGCAGGAUCCUCAAAAUCUCAUUAGAUGUCAAAGAUAUCUACUAUCACAACCGAAAUGACGUGAUUUAAGCAGUUUUGAAAUCCCAUCUUUUGCCACACUGUAAUUUCAAACCCAGUUUGUUUUUUUGUUUAUUUUGGUGACAAUGUUACUUUAAGGGUAACAUUUUUGAAGACUAUUUAAAAUGAGAAAAAACUGUUAGAUGGACAAUUCAAUGUGAACGUCUGUAUUAUUUUGGAAGAAUCUGUACUAUAACAGGCAAAAAAUAUACUGUAUAUAAUUAAAAAUAAAAUCAAAACAAACUUUCCUUUUCACUGUUUCCAGGAUUGUGUUUCGGAAGGUGAGGAAACUGUUAGGUGGAAAGAUGCGAGUCUUGCUAUCUGGUGGAGCCCCUCUAUCAGCUGCCACCCAACGAUUCAUGAAUAUCUGUUUCUGCUGUCCAGUGGGCCAGGGCUAUGGCUUGACAGAGACAUGUGGAGCUGGGACUAUAACAGAAAGUGAGUGUGAACAGUUCUCUGGCAUUCGAUAAGCACAUUUUUACAGAUGUAUAGAAAUGUAUGGCUCAGGUGUACCAAAAAAUAAUUAUUGACCAGAUUAAUCACACUUCUUUGAAUUGGAAACAAAAGAAAAUCUGAUUAGGGCUGAUUAGAUUACUGCCUUUGGCAACAACUUCAGAUAUACCAGUACAUUUUUCAUAAACGGUGAAGAGUCUCCACGUUUCCAUGCAGAAUCUGUUGAUCAAUCUAUGAUUUAAGUUGUUGUAUUAUGAGAUAGUAGUAGGCAGUAAAUGAUUUGUUCUCAUUGUAGAUUGGUUUUAUACUUGCUAACAGCUUUUUCAUUUCACAGUGACUGAUUACAGCACGGGGAGAGUAGGAGCACCUCUGAUCUGUAGUGAAAUAAAACUCAAAAACUGGGAAGAAGGUAAUUCCUGCACACGUAUUGUUAUAUACUUUCUGCAUUUAUGUUUCAGUGACCCACAAAGUGUUACGUAUUGUAACAUUAUGACAAGUUAGCUAAAAUUAGGAUUCACUAAAUAAGGGCUGUUUAUGUGUGUAUGUGGGUGCGUAUAGAUAUGUAUAAAGCGUGUGUUAGAAAUUAGAAUCUUUUUCUAAACGUGUCCAGGGAUAACUUGUAUAACACCAUCACUUACCUUGUGGUAUAUACUUCUGUAUUUCUCAGCUGGAGUAUGGAGUUUGGCAUUACAACACAAAUGUGCACACUCAUGUAAUUUUGUUUGUUAGACCUGAUCAAGGUCGAUGUGUAUUGUGUGUGUAUAUAUAAUAUAAAAUGUUUUACCUAGAUGGAAUGACUGCUACAUCAGAUCUGAGUCUUGUAGUAUGAGUUGUUAGGCUUUAGAUAGAGACUGAGGUUUUAGGAGUUAGUUGGGUAGAUCCUUGCAGGGAGAAUGGGUGUUCGAAAUAUAAAGACGACUGUGUUUGACGUAAGAUCAUUAUGGAGUUGAAUGUUGUUGCUGAAGAUUAAUACAUAUAGGUUGUCAUGGAUUUAAUUUAAAUAUGAAACAUUUCUGUGAUGUAUAAUUGUUAAUCUUAGUUUCAUGUGUUUUGGUCACUUGUGUGACAGUGAUGUAAAUGACUAAACCUUUAAAGUGCAAGAUAAUUUGUUAUAGUCAAACAGAGACAGAUUUCUUAACACUGUAUACAUGUUCCCAGGGGCUCUUUGAUUGACGAAGCGUGCCAAAAUACACAUACAAAAAUCAGUCUUUCUCAAGUAGAUGAUAAUUUACUGUGAACAUACACAAAAUCUGCUGCUCUGCAUAACCAGUAGGAGUCAACAGUCUUUGACUCCCAUUGUGUGUUUUCAACGCAAUGUUUCUUAAAGUAGGCCUGAGAUCUCCAUUUGUUAGCAUUCUGAAAAAGCCACAUUUAAUAACUUAUUUAACCCGUACAAAAGCAGUUCGAACUUUUUCAGAGGUUGCAUUGUUCAGAUGGUAUGUGUUCUCUGCGGUACUUUAAAUCUUUGUGGCUAUUAAAUUAACUCCGUAGUACGUAGCAUGAAAGAGUCCAGUUUUAAUCUUUAUAAGUGAUGGUAACUGAAUGGAUUUAUUCACAAAUGCGUGAAGAGUAACCUCCUAUGUCUACCUCACCCAAGAGUAAAGCAUUAUGGGACACAAUAUAGAUGUUGCUGGGUAAACCUGGAAUUUCAGUGAGCCAGGCAUUGCAAAUUGAGGAAUAUUAUUGCUCAUCUAUUAAUUUCACAUCAUUCUCAGAAAACACGAUUGUAGUGUGUCGGUUAUUUGUGUUUAAAAAUGUUAGAAUGCUGUAUUUCCAAUAGUAUCUAAGUACAACAAACUACUUCUUCAGGUGGCUACUACAAUACAGAUGAGCCGUACCCAAGAGGAGAAAUCCUGAUUGGUGGCCCCAAUGUUACAAUGGGCUACUAUAAAUACGAUGCAAAGACUAAGGAAGACUUCUAUGUGGAUGGAAAUGGGCAAAGAUGGUUUUGCACAGGUGACAUUGGAGAGUUUCAUGAAGAUGGCUGCUUAAAAAUCAUCGGUGAGUGCAGGACCAAAUGUCCUUUGCUGGGGCACAUUCGCAGGGAUUACUAGUAGAGAAGAGGGCAUUUUCUAUUUCUUUCUUCAAAUGUUAAAGGCACAGUUUAAUGGUUAUAAUUAUGUAAUUAAAGCAAAUGUAUGGUUUGUCUUGGGAUGUGUGUAUUUUUUGUACACUUUUUUUUUUUAAAGCUGCUCAAGACCCUGAUAUUAAUGUAACCUCUCCGCAUUCUCAUUUUCAAAACCCGAUAAAAGUUGACCACUGGGGUGUGUAGUGCUUGGAGGCCAUGGGUGCAGUCACAGUUCAAAAACAAAGCAGGCUGCUUCUCUUCCCCCCCCGUUUGUUUCUCUUCAUAAUAAUUGAACAAUGUUAUCAUUUCCUUCACUAUUAAAAAGAGGUUUCUUUCACUCAACUAGGUCAUUUUGUUCUUGUUUUUAGCUUGAAAUGUUAAAUCCAAUAUAUAUAUUGGCUAUGUGCGAUGACAACUUAUAAUCCUAAGGUACAAAGUUCAAUUUACAGCCUGAUAACGUCUUUCACAUUUCCCUUAGCCUUUCUAUAACCGGAGAAGCCCCCAAAGCUUUCUAGCCACAGCUAAUUGUAGCAGCUCUCUGUAAUCACUAGAUUGGAUUAGUUCUUACUAACGGAACCUUAACCUCUUUGACCCUGGGUUGUCGAUCUCAUGUGUACCAUCUUUUUUUUAAAUUUAUUUAUUUUUAUUUGACAAGGGAGCAGAGAUUUGGAAAACCUUUGCAACAUUUAUAUAUGAAAGUGUUAAACAAUGUACUCCCACAAACCAAUGUCCCAUCAUAAAUAUUGACACUCAAACAAGGACUGGGUUGUAGAAGAUACCGGUAAGUAAGCACAGUGAUUUGGUACAUUCACAAGCCCAGGGAUCGUUGCACAAGAGUUACUUUAUCAGGGUCUGAGAAGUUAACAUGGUACUUAUAACCUGCCCUAAGGCAUAAUAUUAUUUAUAAUGGAUAAAAAGUAUCUUGCGCUUACUCUGAGAUGUCUUGUUUGUGGUCUGGUUUCCUGUAGAUAGGAAGAAAGACUUGGUGAAGCUCCAGGCUGGUGAAUAUGUUUCUCUGGGCAAAGUGGAGUCUGCUCUGAAGAACCUCCCCCUUGUGGAUAAUAUAUGUGCAUAUGCAAACAGGUAAAGAUACCGUCCCGUCACAUGUGUAAUAGUAAAGUAAGACCGCUGAUUUAGAAAUGUUCAAAAGACUGGAUGUACAGGGUGGACCAUAAGUCCUUACCCAUCUGACACACGUGUAUAUACAGGAUACAUAAGCUAUAUGGAUGGGUAGGGACGUACAGGCCACCCUGUACAGUUGUCCUUGUAUUCACACCAACACUGUUUCUCUCUAUAAUUUUAUUAAAUAAAAUCUUCGCAUUUAGAGUGAUUUCUGUUUUUGAAAUACAUUGCUAUUUGUUCCUAAAAUGUGUGUGUAUAUUACACAUAAUUGUACCUCUUCACACAAACGUUGACGUUGUGUGAGCUGUGCAACUACAACACAUGCUGAGUGGGUCUCAAGUGAUUCUCUAAAAGAUAUUUUCAAAUGAACACUCAAUUCUUCCGUUUGCUUAAACAUGUACAUGUGACUCUACGCAUGUAAUCCCAGCGUAAAGGGAAACUGCAGUCACCAUAACCACUGCUUUUUACUGUAGUGGUUAUGGUGCCAGAAAACCUAUUUACAUACCUGCUAUUUUUGCAAUUUUUCUCUUCAUUUGCCAUAGAAUUCCACCUCCUUCACAUUGAUAUCCUAUUGGAAAGGCUAGCCUCUCCAUUGAGCCAUCCAAACACUCGGACAGCAUGAGCAUGCAUAGACUGCACACACUAGUCAAACAAGUCGUCUUUACUUGUAGCAACAAGUGAACGAACACACACUGCAGUCAGUUCCCUACCUGGCUUAGAGCGAUGAGUGAAUUAGGGAAUCAUGCCUUGUUCACACUGUUAUAAACAAGUUUCAUUUUUAUACAAUUUAGUGAUCAGUCAUAUGUGAUCGGUUUUGUGGUCCCGAACCAAAAGGAAUUGUCAAUUCUGGCUACAAAGAAAGGCGUAGAAGGAAGCUUCGAAUCUCUCUGCAACAACCCGACUAUGGAGAAAGAAGUGUUGAAUGCAUUGAGAGGGUCUCCUGCAGCAGGUGAGCACACACAGUCAGGCAGCUAGAAUCCAACUUUACCUUACAGCUGUGCUAGAAAUGUAGGCAUAGACUUUCAAAAAUCCAUACUCCUGUUUAAAGAAGAAUGUGUUGUUAUAUAAUAAAACCUCAAUAGAGGAUCUGUAUUUAUUACAGAGUACCACUAGGUGGAAUAUGGUUUUGUCCAAUACAUUUCAAAAGCAAGUAUAAAAACAAUCUUCCAGAUUUAACAGAUCAGCUGUUAAAGGAACACUAUAGGCACCCAAACCACUUUAUGUAAUUGAAGUAGUCUGGGUGCAGUGGCCUGUCUGUUUAACCCUGCGAUAUAAAACAUUGCAGUUUCUGAUUUCUUUCAGACAGCCACUAGAGUUGCUUCCUGGUUCCCAACAGAAUUUCAGUCUGUUACUGUUGGAUGUCCUCAUGUUCUGCAUGAGGAUGUCUAACAUCUUCAAAUUCCCCAUAGGCAUACAAUGUCUCAAUACUUUCCUAUGGUGAAGCUUUAAUAUGAGUGCCACUCAUGUGCAUUAGGUCCAACCAUCACUGUGACAUCGCGGGAAGAGGAGAGCUAGCCAGUGCCGAGGGAACAUCAUUGUUGUCAAGUUUUUUUUGUUUUGUUUUUUUUUUUAGCUCUUUAAUCAUCAGAUGAUGGGGUGUGGGACUUAUACAGUUUUGCUAUAGUGUUCCUUUAAUGUUGCAUCCUUCAAAAGAAUAUACAUAGCGUUUAUCCCUUUCUAACAAGAUGUUUGCAUCCAAGGAUGACUUAGGCAACUUGCCUGUCUCCAUUCUUACAUCACCAUAUUGUAUUCUUUAUAUACUGGAUGCUGGUGGCAGGCAUGUGAUUUAAUUUAACAUAUUUAAGUACUGCUUUUCCUCCUUCUGGGGAAAAAGUGACACUUUGAAUAUCCAGUGCAAUAUUUUCUUUUUACAGUUUUGAAUUAAACCCAUACCAGUGGAUUAUGUCAUUUAAAUUCUAACAUAUCUAGAUGUAUCAUUUGUGUGCAAAAUAGUGACCAACUUAAAAUUUGACUAAAAAGGUUUUCUUAAUGUUGAUCUGCUUUUAAACUAUACUGGUUUCAACUUUCUUAUUUCCAAAUUCCCCAGACUCUCUCUUUUGGUGUUUAAACAGCUGUCAAUGGGCAGCUGCAACAGUUUUCCCAAAACGUUGAGUCCUCAACCUUUUGUGGGAAUUUUAAUGUAUUAAAUGACCGGCUGUGUGUGCUUUUAAACAUUUCUGAACAGUUUUCUGGACGAAGUGCUCCAUAGUGUUUAAUCUUCAUGUUUAAAGGUAACCUGAUAUAACUUACCUCAUUCUUCGAUCCAGGGCUGCUAUGUCCUCAGAGGUGGAUGCUAUGCUUCUGUAACACCCACCUGUUUUCUGCCAGGUCUCCCCAGUGAUGCUUUCCCAAGCAGGGCAAACCUCCUCUACGACGCCAACAAUCUGGCUUCAUUGUCAGUCGUCUGAACGGGGUGACAUCACAGUUCUUUUAAACCGUAGCCAGCGCUAACAGCGUCGGCUAGUGUGUUACCCAGAAAUAAGUAAAUAAAUGUUGCACUUAUAACUGCCUUAUGAGUUUCAUGCAAACCAGCAAAUUGCCCCCCUCAGGCUCUUGUGUUGAUGCUUUGGACCACCAUUGUUGCUUUCAACCGAAUUUCAAAUAUACACCUAAAUUAAAGGCUCCGUGGAGGAUUCCAGCAUAAAGAACAAAACGAUCCUGGAUAAGCCUUUUCUUUCACUUUAUUGAUUAUUUACAAAACUUCACAUAAUAGUACAUAUAUUGGAGGACCACGGUAGCCCUCCUUACAUGGUUCAUGCAGUAAACCUACACUUAAUCAUAAGAAUCGGAGUCAUGAGAGAAACACACCUAUUUAAUCUGCUAAUUGUUGCAGAUCACCAGCCAAUUAUUUUCCCGAUGAGAGAGACGUGUUUUUUUUUUUUGGUUAGCUUUUUAUGUUUUCUUAUUUAGUGGGCUAUGUCAUAUUUGUUUUGUAUCACUGGCAUAUGUUAUCUCUUUAAGAGAACAUUGUGCAUACAUUUUGUUUAGUUACUUUAUUUUAUGGUGUUGUAUACAGUCUUUAGAGUUUUGUCAGUUCAGGUGCUUGUGGUAUGAUUUAUACUAUAUGGUGUUGUAUGAGUUGCUGUUUUGUGGUUUGUUUCCCCUCCCCCGUCCUUUUAUUCUUGUGUGGACUCAUUCUUAUCCGGGAUCUUUUUGUUCUUUGUCCUGGAAUCCUCUGUGGAGCUUUUGCAUUAUGUGUAUGUAAUGGGUUAGCAUAUGCACUAUGGUUGCUAUGUGUGGAGAGAGCAGAAGGACCGCCUUUGUGAGGUAUCUUCUUCUCUUCCUUAUCAAUCAGUUCUUCGGCAUAGACUAUGUUAAGAAUUGAUUGACAGGUGUGUGAAAAACAAUUUUAAAUAGGUUUUCUCCCAAUCUCAUACAUUUACUAACAAAUCUGAUGGCACAAUUAAAGAUCGAAUUUAAUUCUCUUUAAAAAGAAGAAAAAAAACAAAACCUGCUAUACCUGUUUCAGUUCUGAGUUUUAUUUAUGUAUUUAUUUUUUUUUUAUUUUUUUUCAGCUACUCUUGAAAAGUUUGAGAUCCCAGCAAAGAUCCGUCUUGUUGCGGAACCUUGGACACCAGAGACUGGACUAGUGACGGAUGCUUUUAAACUUAAACGGAAGGAACUCAAAAGUCACUACCAAGAAGAUAUAGAGCGGAUGUAUGGGGGAAAAUGA